AAAGCAAACAGUUUCUGCUUUACCAGAAGAAGCAGGUCAGUUUGCCUUUGUUGUGUGACCCAGCAUGGCCACAAAACUACCCUUCCGAGAAGAAUGUGAGACUUGGACUGCUAUUCAAGUGGCAGAUCUCCUGAGACAGGUACUGGACCGAUAUGAUAUUCUAGACAAUUGACUGUCCAAAGAUUAAGAGGCAGGCAUGGUUAAAGAGUUGAUGUAAGAUUACUCCAUUCUUUUUGAAGACAUUGGUGGCAAGCUCUUAGAGGCAAUAUGCCUGUGAAAUUCUUCUAUUAUUAGCCUAAAGCACCAAGAAAGGGAAUAUUUCAUUAGUCGCCUGUGUUAUACUGAAUGUUAUCACAACAUGUAUAGUUGUCAGAUUGCCAUUAGGAAUAUGAAUCUGGGUGCAGAACAGUUAACAUAUGUAACAUUUCAACUUCAUGAUCCUCCUCUACAUGCAGCCAUGAGCAGACUCAUAUUCUUAGAGAGGCCUGCACCCUCUCCUCUUACCCCCAACGCAAGGACCUGCCUGGCCAUGCAAGAUGCAGGGUUCAAGAAUUCUUGAAGGGGAUCAUCCCUCCCCCUCAGCUGUGGAGGCCAUGUGACACCCAACAAGUCAGCUGACAGCUUCAAGGGGCUCACCAGGCUGUAAGUUAUAUUAGGGGAAAUUGCUUUGCAAUACAAGUUUAUGUUAGGCAAAAAUAUGUACAGAGAUGUUUACAUUUGGAAAAAGUCGCACUAAAAUGAUUGAUUUUAUGAAGUUUUUUUAAAAAACAAAUGCACACUGGCAAGGCAGCAGAGGAAUAACAGCUGAAAACAAUAUUCUUGUGUAUGUAUGUACAACCAUACUGGUAACCAAUGUUUUUUUUCUGGGGAGUGACACAGGGGUACACAUACCCCUAAACAUUUUGUGAAUCUUUGUACUUUUGUCCAUUUACUGUAUUUAUUUUUCCUGAUCUGAACUAUAAAAUGGUGAUUUUCUUGAGUCAAACUGAGAGUAUCCCUAAACAUUUUUUAAGAAAAAAAGCACUGCUGGUAAUUGUAUGUGGGGCACAGGUGGUGCUAUGGUCUAAACCACUGAGUCUCUUGGGCUUGCUGAUCAGAAGGUCGGUGGUUCAAAUCCAUGUGACGGGGUGAGCUCCCAUUGCUCUGUCCCAGCUCCUGCCAACCUAGCAAUUUGAAAGCAUACCAGUGCAAGUAGAUAAAUGGGUACCACUCUGGCAGGAAGGUAAACGGCAUUUCCAUGUGCUCUGGCAUUCAUCACGGUGUCCCAGAAGCAGUUUAGUCCUGCUGGCCACAUGACCUGGAAAGCUGCCUGUGGACAAAUGCCGGCUCCCUUGGCCUAAAAGCAAGAUGAGCGCCACAACCGCAUAGUCGCCUUUGACUGGACUUAACUAUCAAGGGGUCCUAUACCUUUACCUUUUACAUUUACUAGUAACUGUAGACUCCCCUUCCUCACUCAGGAUAAAUAUUUAUUUUCUUCCUUCUCCUCAUAUUGCAGCCUUGUUCUCUUCAGUAGUUUGUCCUGUCCUGGCUUCUGAAGCAAGCAGGGGGGCAGUAUUAUUAAACUGAUCACACCCUUGUCAUUUUCACCAUUUGUAGAAUGUGUGAUCUCACAGUGGCUCUGGUGGUGCUAAUCAGAGAAUAGCUGCAACCCAUGACACACUUAGCAACACUUACUACCUGGUAAGAGGUUAUGGGGAUGUGGAAGUGAAGCAAGAACUCUGCACUCACAAAGCCUUUUUGUCAAAAUAUUCUCAUUUAGCAAAAAGGGGGUAUAUAAUACUGAGGUAUUUAUGUCAUUAAACAGGGCAAUCCUGAAUGUGUUUGCUUUUCACUUCUAUUUCCUUCUAUAAAGUCACAAUCUAUAAAUCUAUUUCCUUCUAUAAAUUCACCUUCUAUAAAGUCACAUUUUAUUGUACUGUUUUUCCCUGACCUUGCAUUUCUACAAUGGAUGUCUGCACCGCAAAAAAAAAUUCCACUCCUGCUAACUUCCUCUUUAAAUCUAGACAUACAACACAUCUGUCCAUGGUACAGGGUACAGGUCAAGAAAAGAUGACGUUUUCAAAAUAGUGUUGUGUAAAAUUUUUUAAAAGAAAACAACUCCAAAGGAAAUGACGCAGCAAUCUUCUAAAAAAGGAACUGUGGAAAACUUUCUACUGAAAUACUUAGUACAAACUUAUCCUACCCAAAUUGCCUAUUAAUAGGUCAUGUCACUGGCUGUUUUACAACACAGGUCACACGUGUGGCAUAAGCAACAGCAAUUUGAGACACAACUGGAUGCCACAGGAGGGCUUAUGUCUCCUUUCCUGUGGCUCACAUGCCUAAAAAACUGUUGGCCAUCGUGAUACUAGGCAGAUUAUGUCCCAGGGGCUUAGUCUGGUACAGUACAGGGAUCAGAGUAUCAGAAUGGGAUGUAGAGACCCAGGUCCAAAUCUCCACCCAGUCAUGAAGUUUACUGGAUGACAGUCACCACUUGUUCACUUAACUUACCUCACAAGGUGGUUGUGAGAAUAAAUAGACACUGUGCUUAAAAUUACCAUUCAUCAAGGCACUCACUGUGUCAGCCUGAAAGCCAUCUAAAAUGUUUGUGUAUUGUACAUAUCACCAACUCUAAUAUCACCUUUCCCUCCCUCUCCCUUUUCAGUGUGGGAUGCAUGACUGCGCCCGGAUAGUGGAAAAAUUAAAGAUAGACGGAGCUCGGUUUUUGGUAAGCAUUUUUCAUAAUUUCUCUUAGAAAUUGUUAACAGAAAGAUGGCCUCCCUUUUAGUGAAGGUAUACAAGCAGCAAUGAUUGUGCCCUCACACUGUAUAACACUGAUAAGAGUAACACCAGUAUUCAGCCUCAGAUGCAUGAAGGCAACAGAAAAAUACCAAUAUAAAAUGAACAAAAGAAAAGUGAACGUUUCCCUUACCUUAAACAUAUAAGCCAAGCAGUAUAUAUUUAGAGUUCAUUUCCAAUUGUGUUGCAAGAAGUGACGAAAUGUCAUGUGACAAAAGAUCUGGAGGAACUUUCAUGGGCUCUUCCACUUUUCAUCACAAUUUAAUAUUGCUCAACACCGUUGACAAUGUAACAUCAAAUCCGUGGUAAAUUUAUUCUUCUGGUGGCAUUUUGCCAAUGCUGAGUGAUUAGUUAUGUGCAAGUUAGGCUGCUUACAAAUCUAGAACUAUUCAUUUAAACUAAAAAAGAAAAACAAAUACAGGCACAAAUUAAAAUUAAAAUAUUUGGAAAAAGCUUUCCCUGUCUUUCCCCUUCACUGACCUUCCCUUCUGUUAGGAGUCUUGCUUUAUUUAGACUGUAAGUCUGUGUCUAAUUUUAAUUUUAUAUACAGAGCCUGCUUCUUGAAGGAAGACUGUAUGAAAUUUAAUCAUACAGGAAUCAUGAAGAGAAACUAGCAUUUUAUGGCUGUGUGCACUCUGCCAGUUGACGGUCUUGAAAUUUGCGCAGAAUAUGACUCCCUGGAGGGUUUUGUUUUUAGAAGUGUGUGAUUUUAGCCCUCAUGACUGUAGAGAAUUUGUUCUAAAGUUGGGGAACAGCCUGCAGAUCAGGGAAACAAAAGUACACUUUAUGUGCUAUGUUCAGUGGGAUAAAGCUGUGAAAACAUUAUUAGUCUUGUGCCCUGCGACACUCUCCCCCCUGUGUACAGGGAGCAUGUGAAAUAAAUAAAGGAGCUAUACUAAGUUUAGGUGGCUCCCUAACCCAACAGUCAGAGAAUGCAACUUCAUUAAUGCUAAUCUGUCACUAACAAUUGUAGAACUUGAAAGUCUUGUUAUCACCUCAUUCAUUUGCCAGAGCAAGGAGGGACCAUGAAAUUACCCUGGCAAAGCGGAGCAGCUCCCCGUUUCCGACGGCUCGGGGUAGGCUUGGGAGUCGCGGCAGGCGGUGCGCCAAAUAUCACCCCCUCAGUGAAGACUCCUGGGGCGGGUGAUGACAUCACUCCUGCUCUGAAAAAAGGCCCAGAGCUGUGCUUCCUCACCCUACUACACUAACUGCUUUCUCCCCGUGGGAUUGGUGCCCACACCCCAAGUCUAAUAUCAGCUUGCUCUCCCUGAAACACUGGCAAAAACAAGACUGGUUUAAAGCUUCCAGACAAUAGGGCCUUCCUUGUACCAAAUGGGUUUUCAGAAGCAAUCCACAGGCUAUUACUGAACAUGUAUCCUUUAUUUUCUACAUAUAUUUCCACACAUAAACCUCCAUCACACUGGUCCUACUACUCACCCAAAUCCAUACCUUCUUUUACCUUCCAUUGUUCAUUCCUUGCACACAUAUUAAAUGAUAUUAAAUAUUAAGAUUCCAAAUAAUGUAGGGUUGCCAUAUUUCAAAAAGUAAAAACCAAGACUCCCCAAAAAUGACAAGCUUUUUUUUCCGAUUGACUUGCCUAAGAUCCAAGACAAAGCGCCCCCUUUCAGAAAUUCCACCGUGACAUCAAUUCCAUCUUUGGAAUCCCGGUAAUGUCUGGGGAAAUCCAGACGUAUGGCAGCCCUAAAAUAAUGCAAUCAAAUAAAUUAAGCAAAUGUAUGUAUUUCACUGUAAUUAAAAUCAUGAGGGCAGAAUAUCUUCAAUGGCAUUUUAUUUCUCCCUCCUCCCUUUCUAGAUUAGAAACAGUCCUGCUUUGCAAGGCAUUUUUCCAAAUUAGGAGACAGUUGAUUCAAUUCAAAGGGUUUUAAAUGCCAAGUUGAGAAGACGCAAUUGGCUUCAUUUUUCUCAGAGCACUGAACAUUCAUUACCGAGGGAAGAGAGUGUAGUAACAGAACAAACAUAUAAAACUAUUGCUAGGGGGUGGUUUAGUUUCAGAUCAUAUGUCAAACACUGCACGUUAAUUGAAAAUGAGUCUGAGCGAUUCAAUUGGAUAGAGCGCUAAAACCUGGCAAUUAAUGCCAUGCAAAUAUCCGAUGGUGCCAUAAAGCAGGCCAAAGCAUCUUCAGUUAAUUGGUCCAGAAUUAAAACAACAAGCACAAAAUUUAGUAAUAAAACUGGCACUCAGAUUCAUCCAGAGUGUGCCUCUUUUGCACAUUCCUCAGCCGCCUUGGGCCUAUUAUAGCCCAACUGCUUUUGUAGUAGUUCUGUGUUGCAAUGACAAAAUCAUGGCAUCUUAAGACUGCUGGCUUGUUGGUAGCCAAAAGGGUAAUCAUUAGACAAUUGCUCUUAAGUCCUCCAAAUGACGCAAAAGCAGACAUUGCCUCACCCCCACAGCUAAGGAUGAUGUAACCUCAGUGUGUCUGUGUGAAAAGAAGCAAUAGAAACUGCCAUUUAAGCAGGGAGCGAGACAAACUGAUAAUUUUCCUUCCUGUUAAACUGUGAUGGAUUUGCUGCAUGUUGCCUCUGACAGUUGUUAAUUGGUGCUAGCCUGCAAGCUCAACAUCUAGAUCAGGUACAGGCAACGUGUGGUCCUCCAGGUGUUGCUGGAUGCCAAUACCCAUCAGCCCCAGAUAGCAGAACCAAAAAUAUAGUCAAGGAUAAUGGGAAUUGUAGUCCAAAAACAUCUGGAGGGCCACAGGUUCUGAUCUGGAUUCAAGCAGGGCCAGGCCAUCUGUGAGGCAGAGUGAGGUGGCUGACUCAGGAAGCAGAUACUAAAAGGGAAGGGAGGUUGAUUUUAUUUAAUAUUUGCAUUCUGCUUUUCCAACAACAAAUGUUGAGCUCAAAGCGGCUCACAGUAACCACAAUAGCAUUAGGAGAGGGAAAACAUUGUAAACACCAUAAUAUUAAACACAGAAACAUAUAAAUAAAGCAAACAAUAAAUUCAUCAAAACAGCUAAUAACAGUUCAGCAAAAUCAAAAUAUGGGAAAGAGCACCAGCCCUGUACCAGAUGAUUUCUUCUCUCUUGGAAGGUGCUUCUUUGCUCAUGGCAGCAGGUAUCACACAUCCCAGGCAAUUUUAAACUUGACUUCUUUUCACCCUACUGCUCCCUUGCUUGAUCUGAGCACAGCGCUGGACCCAGUCCAUCUCCUGCUUCUGGUUCUCUUUGAAAGGUGACCCAACAACAAAUGAUGGUUAGGUGUUAGAGGACUGAGCGGCAUGUGAUGUGCAUGAGCUAUCUUGCACCCCCUAAAAUCUGAAUUGCUAUCCUUAGAAGAUGCAGAGGAGGAUGCUGUCCUGUUGCCAGCAUUGAAAGGGUUUUCAGCUGUCAAUCCAAUUGGCUUCUGUAUGUGGAAUUGAGAGGGGAUGCCAUCUUGUCAUUUGCUCAGGGAGCAAAACACUGUGGGCUGGACAUGGAUUCAAGAGAGGUGUUUGGAGGGUCACGCUAUUAUGGAUGCAUUUUUUUAUGUCUGAAUGUUGCUCUGGUGUUUUAUCCUCCCACACUGAAGCUCAUUGAUCAUAGAUCAUUCAGGUUAAUGCUGGUGUUCAUAGAUAGGGUUCUAAAGGAGGUAGGGUCCUCAGCUGAUGCUUGAACCUUGUGCUGCUACUACUAGCUUCCCACUUUCUGUUUCCAGGCUUUUAGUCUGCAUGCCCCUACACUGGCAUUCUGAAAAGCUUCUGGCUAUGGGUGGUGGGUAAUGUCUGUGGUCCCAGGCAAUAUUAUAUCCAUGAAAUUCAGAGCCAGUACUAUUGUCAUUGGUGUUAAAAAAAAAAAGGAUGCCUACUAUAGUCAUCACCAUUCCUUAGCUGGAAUUAAAAGACCUCAAGUGAUAUGCCAUAGCUGUGUAUGAUAUUAUUUCCUUAUAACUGGCAGUAUAAAAAUACUCCAUUCAGCUACUGUACUGCUUUACAAUACAUAUCCUUAUGACAGGAGUUCCCAACACCAGUAUUAUAGUGACAAUCCUAAAAUUAUCUUGUAAAAACAGAGCACUUGGAUUAAUCCCAUUUUCAUUCCAAUGGUUUUAAGUUGUCUCAUGCUUCCCAUCUUCGCUUCUUUAUAGCCUUCCUUAAGAUCACUAGCUAUGCUGGAACUGCCUUGGAGGACAUACUGAAGCCCUUCAUUUUCAGGCUGCCGCUGAUCUCACAAGGCCACCAAGCUCCCUUUCCAUUUUGAACCCAAAAUUAGAGGAUGCUCUUAGGUUGAAUUGAAUUGAACCCAGAGUCAUUCCAAAGUGUAACUAGAUUCAAGAAGGCAAAGUAGAAAGAUCGAGAGACAAACUUAUUUCAUAACCAGUGUUCAAAAACUUAUAUACAGUGGUACCUCGGGUUAAGAACUUAAUUUGUUCUGGAGGUCCGUUCUUAACCUGAAACUGUUCUUAACCUGAGGUACCACUUUAGCUAAUGGGGCCUCCCGCUGCUGCCGCACAAUUUCUCUUCUCAUCCUGAAGCAAAGUUCUUAACCUGAGGUACUAUUUCUGGGUUAGCAGAGUCUGUAACCUGAAGCGUCUGUAACCUGAGGUAUCACUGUACUAGUAACGAACUCUUUCUCCAAGUGUGGAUUAUUAUGUAGCCAAAACAGUACAAUCUAUGCAAAAGAGGGAGGUAUCAGCAAGCUUCAUGGCCAUAGCCAAAGGGGGGCGGGGGGGGCAGCUGCCCUCCCUAUAUCUAGUACAACAAUAGAAAUACUUAACUGACCAAUCACAUCGGUUCUGCCCCCCCAAUGAAAGGCCUGCUCUCCCUAAAAAAGACCUGCCCUCCCCCCAUGGCAAGCUUAGGGAAAUAACUAGGUUUGCAUAAGGGGGGGGAAAUCUGAGGAUGGCAAAACAGAUCAAUGAGGACUGAGCAUGCUGGGCGCAUACCCUCCAACAUUUCUCCAAUGAAAAUAGGGACGUCCAUUCCAUAAUGAUAAUUUUACUAUUUGUACCCCACACAUCUUAUCGGGUUGCCCAGCACACUGGGCAGCUUCCAAUGUAUAUAAAAACAUAAUGAAACAUUAAACAUUUUUUAAAAAGAACCUUCCCUAUACAGGAUUGCCAUCAGAUGGCUCGGAGUUGGAAAACUCCAUACCCUCUAACAUUUCUCCAAUGGAAAUAGGGACAGCCGCAGGAAAAGCGGGACAUUCCGGGAUCAAAUCAGAAACUGGGACAGCUUCUCUAAAUAAGGGACGUCCCUGGAAAAUAGGGACACUUGGAGGGUCUGUGAAUGGCUAUGGACUGGAGGGCCCCCUUCAGACUGGUGGUAUUUUGUGGGUAUACACAACAUGCCAGAUACAAUAAUUGUGCAUUAAUAGUGGAUUCAUACUGUGCUGUGCACACAUCAUUCUGGUUUACUGAUUGUUCUGUGAUGCUUCCCUAAUGAUACCACAUUACUGUAUCCUCUUUGUCCCACUCUAUGGUCUUCUUGAACCGUAGAAUGGGACAAAUAAAAAACAGCCUGGGUGGAAAAUUGUAGUAUAAAAUGUUACAGGAUUUUAGCCGGCAUUUCAAGACAUGCUCAGAUCGGAAACAGAGCAAUAUGACUGUUCCCUAACUUUUGCAGACGUAAGCAGUACUGAAAGUGGGGCCUCAAAUAACUGACUAUUGGGUGGGAAUGGAAUAUUUAGAAGGAAGCUGUGGUUGGCUGAUAGAUCUCACUUGCUCUGCCUGAUAUUGGUUAUUUUAAAAUGGAAUAAAUAGUGGAGGAAAUAAGCACUUUUGUCUCCUCCAUUUCUAGUUCAAACAUAGAAAAUACAAAAUGGAAGAAACCCCCAUGGUCAGUAUUUGCAUCAUCCCAGCACUUACACAGCUGUGCUAGAACCUUGGAGAAUCUCUUUAGACAAUGAGUUGUUUAUUCCUGUAACAGUUCUUUUAAUCUGUAGUUCUUUCUUAACCUCCUUGGCUAGCUUUAUAUUUCCUGGCUCCCUCUACUUCCCACGUCCCUUACGGCUGGGGAGUGUUGCACUGCAUCAACAGUCCCAAUGCCCUUCAUUUGCAGGCUGCAGCUGAUUUCAGAGGCCACUAAACUCACUUUCCACUUAGAACCACAGUGAAAGGGUGUUUCCGAGGUAGAGUUGGAUGCAGAGUCAAUCCCAAGGGCUACCUUAUUUCCUUGUUACUUUUCAGCAUUCAGCUUUAUACUGGCUGCUGUGGCCAAAACAUACCGUAUUUUUUGCCCUAUAGGACGCACUUUUUCCCCUCCAAAAAUGAAGGGGAAAUGUGUGUGCGUCCUAUGGGGCGAAUACAGGCUUUCGCUGAAGCCUGGAGAGCGAGAGCGGUCGGUGUGCACCGACUCCCGGGCUCCGCGUAGCUCUGUGCAACCCUCCGGAGCCUGGCGCGAAGCCGUGCCGGGCUCCGGAGGGUCGCACAGAGCUGCCUGCGCUCCCGGGCUCGGUGCAGCUCCGCGCGACCCUCCGGAGCCAGGCGCGAAGCCGCGCUGGGCUCCUGAAGGUCGCGCAGAGCUGCCUGCGCUCCGGGUCUCAGCGCAGCUCCGCGCAACCCUCCGGAGCCCAACGCGAAGCCGCGCCGGGCUCCGGAGGGUUGCGCAGAGCUGCCUGCGCUCCCGGGCGCGCAGCCAGAGCGAUGCUGAAGCUGCGCGCAGCUUCGGCAUCGCUCUGGCUCCCGUUCUGGGGGCUGGGGUCGGAGGAAGCUCGGGCUUCCCCUGCCCCAGCCCCACGCCUGUGUGGGGGAGAAUAAAAAAUAUUUCCUUUAUUCCCCCCCCCCAAUCUAGAUGCGUCCUAUGGGCCGGAGCGUCCAAUAGGGCGAAAAAUACGGUAAAUUGAGUGAAAGAGGAAAGAUAUCUCCCCUUCUAGAUUUGUGGUUUUGAAAGAGGAACGACAGAACCGUAGAGUGGGAUGGGACAUGUUUAACACUUGCCUUGCAGUUUAGUGCGAACCUAAUGCUUUAUUAUAGCUGUCACUGUGUGUGUGUUUUUAUAUAAAGGUAUGUAUCAUCAAUAAUACUUUAAGUAGAGGAGGGAGCUACAUUAUUUAUGCUUACUAGAUGUUACCAAUGACAACCGUGGCCUAGUUAAUGUACUGUAAGCAUGCCAGCUACUGCAGAUAAAGAAAGGGAAUGGUGCCUUUAAAAAAAGAUACAGAUAGAAUUUAGAGUGCUUGGCUAUCUGCCUCAAAACACAUUCAAUCUAUGUUUGCUGUGUUGAGGAAGGGCUACUGUUCAUCUUAGAGUUAUUCUUUAUUUUAAAGCUUUCUGGAUUACCCUUGACAUAUUGUUCUCCACUAUAUGGUGCAUUUAUAAGCCUUUUGACUGGUGCAACUCCCAUCAGCCCCCAGUCAAAGGCUGGUGUAAUCUAUUGCUAGCAACGUGUGACACUAUCAUGGGCAUUUAUCAAAGAAAGAAGCUGAGGGUUCUAACAAGCAAAGGUUGUUAAAGCAAACGGCAUUUAAAGCAAACGGAACAAGGAGACCUAUUUUAAAACCUGAGUUUAGAGGAUUUAAUACAGUGGUACCUCUGGUUUCAAACUUAAUUCAUUCCGUAGGUCCGUUCUUAACCUGAAACCAUUCUUAAACUGAGGUACUACUUUAGCUAAUGGGGCCUCCCAUUGCUGCUGCGCCGCCACCGCAUGAUUUCUGUUCUCAUUCUGGGGCAAAGUUCUUAACCAGAGGUACUUGUUAUGUACUGAAGUUCUCACCCUGGGCCAGCAGCGGGAUGGUGUAGAUAGUUUUCACUCAGGUCCACAUAUGCAAAUAGGGGAUUGAAAGUGACGUUCAGUGAUUGGAUAGUUACAGAAAGUAGUUACAGUUGUGUUCUAGUGGAGCUCUAUAUAAGCAGGCUGGCUGAACCCUUCAGUUCAGUUCUGUUCUGGCCUUUGAAUAAACAAGAGCUGUUUGAAGAAUCGCUGUGUCAUCUGAUAUGUUCACCCACAACUUAACAGUACUACUUCCAGGUUAGCGGAGUCUGUAACCCGAGGUGUUUGUAACCCGAGGUGUUUGUAACCCGAGGUACCACUGUAGCUGAGUACAUUUGCAUUCCUCUUAGUCUCUUUAACAAGCUAUGUCAAUAUGCCUCCAAUGGAAUGCAAACUAUAAAAAGCGAAGACAUAUUUUUGUCUCUUUAUUUCUUCCUACAAGAAUAAGACAGAAGCCAAGUUAAGCAUUGUUGUGUAACCAUUACUGUUGAUGACUAAACUGUCACCGAUCAGUAAUAAGCCAAGGAAAUGAGUGAGGAGAAAAGGGGCAAAAUAUGGCAGGUUCAUCUAAAAAGUCAACACAUAUACACAUAGGCUUAAUGUGUUUCCAGUGCUGGGUUUUUAAUCCAUGUGUGAUAUUAAUCCAAAAUGCAUAUGUAUCCUUUAUUUUGCUAUAAGAUGCUUCUGUAUGAUGCAUAUUCCUUAAGCCUUAGCAUUCCCACUCAUCGACACCUCUUGGUGUAUGCACAAAUUGAAGCUGUGCUGAUGUGAAAAGCUAGGGGGCAAAAAGCUGCGAAACUCACUGGAAAAACCACUAAAAACCCCGAGGGAGAGAACUAUGAAGGUUUCUGAAUAAAACAGCCCUCCCCAAGCUGGUGCCCUCCAGUUACGUUGAACUACAGCUCCAAUGAGUCCCAGCUACCAUAGCUAAUGGCCAUGGAUAAUGUUAGUUGUUGCUCAAAAAAAUCUUAAAAGCACCAGGUUUAGGAAAGGCAUAAUAGAAAUCAUAAUUUCUCAAGUUGUUGGGGAUCAUAGCAGCCAAUGCCUAGGAGCUAAGCUCCCUUGACUCCUCUGAAUAUUUGAUGGGCAUUGCCAUUCAAAUGGUGUCUGUGUGCUGUAUCUUAUGCAGGGUGGGGCUUACCUGGGCUCCCCCCUCCAUAUUCCCUUGUUGGGAAUGGGGAGUUACCAGUUCCCUUUCCAGUUUCUAAUGCAACAGCAAGUUAUUUCUACAACAACUACUACUGCUAGCUGUUAAUGUACAUGUUACAGGGAAACAAGCGGAAACAAUCCUUUCCCUAUGAGGAGUUUCCACUCUAAAUGUUGAUAGUGAGAGAGGGUAAGAAAAUCCCUUCGAACCAAAUACCAGUACUUCUUUAGUCUAGCAUCCUGUUGCACAAAAUGGUUAACUAAACCAUGGUGGCUGUUAUUCAUUGGGGCUAUAAAAAAGGUAAAGGACCCCCGAUAGUUUACCAGUGGCAAAUGACUCAGGGGUUGCGGCGCUCAUCUCGCUUUACUGGCCGAGGGAGCCGAUGUCUGUCCGCAGACAGUUUUUCUGGCUCAUGUGGCCAGCAUGACUUAGCCACUUCUGGUGAACCGGAGCAGUGCACGGAAACGCUGUUUACCUUCCCGCCGAAGUGGUACCUAUUUAUCUACUUGUACUUUGACGUGCUUUCGAACUGCUAGGUUGGCAGGAACUGGGACCAAGCAAUGGGAGCUCACCCCAUCAUAGGGAUUCAAACCACCGACCUUCCGAUUGGCAAGCCCUAGGCUCAGUGGUUUAGACCACAGCGCCACCUGCAUCCUAGCGCCACACGCUAUAAUAAAUAAUAAUAAUACCCUGCCCAUCUGGCUGGGUUUCCCCAGCCACUCUGCACAGCUCCCAUCAGAAUAUUAAAAAUCCGAUAAAACAUCAAACAUUAAAAACUUCCCUAAACAGGGCUGCCUUCAGAUAUCUUCUAAAGGUCAGAUAGUUGUUUGUUUCCUUGACAUCUGAUAGGAGGGCGUUCCACAGGGCCGGCGCCACCACCGAGAAGGCCCUCUGCCUGGUUCCCUGUAACCUCACUUCUCACAGGGAGGGAACCGCCAGAAGGCUCUCGGAGCUGGACCUCAGUGUCCAGGCUGGAUGAUGGAGGUGGAGAUGCUCCUUCAGGUAUACUGGGCCGAGGCCAUUUAGGGCUUUAAAGGUCAGCACCAACACUUUGAAUUGUGCUGUUAUUGUGGAAGGCAGGGAGGCCAAAAGCAGGUGGAGCCAAAGCCAAUGACAGGCAGAGCUGCACCCUGACUUUUCUGUAAGCCAGAAGGCCGGCAGGGGGGCUAGUAGAGCCAGGCCCCUUCCACCCUAAUGGACCGGCCUCCAUUGCAACCAGAUGCCUAUGAGAAUCCCACAAGUGCAAUAGUCCAGUCUCACUCAUGAUAAUCUCCAGAAACAGGCAUUCGGAAUCAUACUGCCUUCGAUACUGUACAUAAUAUAUAUCUGUCAUGAUGAGUAGCCGUCAUUAGCCACAAAUAUGUCUAAUUGCAUUCUGAAUGCAUCUAUAUUCUCAACGCAAAACAAGCCAGCCCAAAUUAAAAAGUGGGGGGGGGGAGAGAGGAAUGCUAGUACAACAGCAAGGAUGGUUUAUCAUAAAAGGAUAGGGUACAAAUGCAAAAAAUAAAUAAAUAAACAUAAAUAACUCAUAUUCGCAUUAAAUAUAGAUCAAAAUAAUAUCCUUUGAUGUCAAACCCUUUGUUCUUAAAGUUUUACAGCUAUAUUUUCAAGUAAGAUGAAAGCUGUUACUUGGAGGUAACAUACUCUGGGUGCUUGUAAGUGGCUUUGUAAAAUACCCCCCCCCUUUAAAAGAAAAAAGAAAAAGAAUCCCAUUCAACAGUAGACAAACUUGGAAAAUUCACCCAGCAUUUACAUAUAUUAAAUGAUGCCCAGUUGCUGGUCCAUAGUUCUUAAAAGUAAUUUUCUUAAAUCUCAUUUUAAAGAGAGCAAGAACCUUUCCCACCAAUUUCAGUGGGAUUUAAGGCAGAGCAAAUAACUUUCUCUGUAUUGCAUCUGAGAGGUGAUAUAAUAGCCAUCUUCAAAUAUCAAAAGGGCUAUCACAAGGAAGAUGGAGCAAGCUUGUUUGCUGCUGCUUCAGAGGGUAGGACCCAAACCAAAGGAUUCAAAUUGCAAGAAAGAUUUCUUUGGGAGGAAAAUAAUGAGAUCUGUGAUCCACAUGUGGGAAAACAAAAGAACUGGUUGGACACCUGCAUUCAAAACACCAGGCUUUAUACGCUCUCUAGCAGGAGAAAGCCCGCACUGGAGAAAGCUAAGCAGCUGUAUAGCCUGGGAAUGCAGGUUGUUAGACCCCUAUUAUAUUGGCUUACAGUACUCACCCCUUUGUUUGCCAGAGGGCAAUGAACAAACCACAAACUGUUAAGUACCGGUAAGUUUAAAAUACUUUACUUACAAAACCCAAAGGUCUGAUUCAUGUGUUAUUCCAUGCCACAGCAAGGAAACCACAGGUAGAAUACGCUUGGGUACAAAAUACAGAAAUAGCUUCAAGCAUGCUGUCUGAAGUGAGGGGGUGUGACCUAAUUGAGUCUAAGAACACAGCUCUGUGGUCUUAACCCCUUCCUGUACCAACUAGCACUCACACCUUUUUGACUGUAAUUUCCCACAAUUCUGACUAAACAUAAGAGCUGUUCAACCAAGGAAAGGACUACCUCAGAAGGUGGCAGACUUUUGUUCAUUGGAAGUUUUUAAACAAAGAUUGGAUGGCUAUAUGUAGCUGUGAUUCCUGUAUUGCAGAGGAUUGGACUAAAUGGUUCUUGGGAUCCCUUUUAACUGCAAUUCUAUGACUUUUUCUCAGCACCCCCUUCAGCAAAGAGCUGCUGAUAAGAAAAGGGACCCUCUGCUCCCCAAGAAUCAGAAACUGUAGUUUGCCCCUCACAGACCUAUAAUUCCCAGCACCUUUAAACUACAGUUCCCAUAAUUCUUUGGGGGUACUUUAAAUGGGCUUUACAUUUAUGGUGCAUAUGCAGCUGCCAUUUUAUAUUCAUGGUGCCUUUGGGGAAGAAUUUAGCUCAAAACACAUUGGCCUCAAUAAAUAUUUUUUUUUGUGCCUUUUCCCUUCUUUUCUUGUCAUAAUACCAGAUAAGUUUGCCAUGAGACAAGCCAGUGGGCUGGUGACAGCAGCCAAUAAUUAUCACUUUUAUUCUAUUACUCCCUACCCCACAUGGUUCUUAUAAUAGUUUGGCACCUACUUCCAACCACACAAAGCUUGUCUGAGCUUCUCAAAUUACAUUUAAAAUUAUGCUUAGCUAUGCAAAGCUGUUAAAGGUGGAAAGGAACUUCCUUGAUGGGCUUCACAGAAAAAGUACAGACUGAACACUCAAGAUUUCCCCUCACUAAUAUGAUGACUCCAUCCUGCCUUCUCCUAAAUUACACCAUCUGCUAUGAAUAUGAAUGAAGCCAAACAAGCAAUGGCAGGCACAGAAGAAGCCAGAAGAGAAAUCAGCAUAGGCCUAAUCACUAAUUAGUGUCAACUUGCAAUUGUUCUCAACUUAAAAGGCAAAAACCACCAGACUUUUCAGGGUUGCCAGCUAUCUGCAAAAGGGGACAACUAUUCCUUUAAGAGAUUUGCCUAAGAGCCGCUCAGGGGCUGUGUCAAGCUUUCCUCUCUGCGGGAGCUCUUAAAGGAACAGCAGUCCCCAACUGGGCUGGAACUGGCAACUCCCGGUGAAACGCGAACAAUCUGUCCAUUGUCAGCAUUCUCUGCCAACGAAUGAAAACUAGCAGACAUUCCUCUCAGUGAAGCAGAGAAGGUUAUUAAAAUAUUUAUCAGCCAUUCCAUAUUUUAAAACCCAGGGAGUUUGCCCCCGUUACAAACAAAUUCAAAGGAAACAGAAGAAAGGCUCCGAUUGCGGAGGGUUGCGGUUUUCCCCCCCACCUGCUAGCCCUGUUUGGUUCCUCAGAUUUUAACAUUGUGUAAUCUUGUUCCAAAUUUUGAUUGCAUUUGCUAACACACACACACACACACACACACAUAUAUAUAUAUAUAUAUAUAUAUAUAUAUAUAUAUAUGCGCGCAGGAUGGUGUCAACCAGCAUGGCGAGUGACUGGUGAGAAAAUAUGUUCCCCAAAGUUCUCCCAGUCCUGUGCAUAGCAGGAAAUGCUUAGAUGUCUUGAUCGUUUUAGAGCUCUUAGGCUCCCAUCCUGUACUUGCUUACCCAGAAAUUACAGUAAUUCCAGUGAACACAGUGGGACUUGCAUGUUUACUGCACUAACUGCAAUUCACUUCAUUAUCCCUCCUAUGGACACUCUAUAGUCCAAUGCCUGUCCUGUAUAAAAUAGUAUGUUAUGUCAAGGGUUGCACUGCUCAAGGCAGUGUUGUAUAGCUCCACAACCCCCCCUGCUCAUUGUCUUUUACAUAAGAUGAACCUGCUGAAUCACUCGAAGGGCUCAUCCAAUGGCCAGUCUAGCCCACAUCCUGCUCUCACAGUGAUGCCUGAUGCCUGCAGGGUGCAGAUGAACAAGAUCAGCAGCAACUGGUAAUUCAGAGGCAUCUGACAGUGGAAGCAGUGGAAGUACCACCAUUCAACACUGGUAAUGCUUCCAGUUUAGCUUUACUUUUCACAACUAGAAAUGGUUGCAUUAGGAAGCUAAAAUAAAUACCAUGUCAAGAAAGCAGACAAACAAUGGCUUCCUACAGAGGUAGCCCAUUCCCAUCAUCCCUCACCAUUGCCCAUGCAGUUUGGGGCUGAUGGCGUAGGGCAUGUCAUUUUAGGAGGUGAAACUUAAUUUUUGCAAAUUGCUUCAGUUGUGGAGAAGCUUAAAAAUAUUUCGGGGGUAUGAGGAAUUCAAAUCUGCUACUAAUUCUUGUAACUGGACCACAUUUAGCUUGGUAAAUCUACAUUUGAUUAAAAAAGCACAUGAACUGGGCCUUUCUCCUGGGCAUGGUCGGCCAACUGGUGCCAAAGAAGGAUAGAACUUUUUUUAUGUAUGCAACAACAGCAGCAACAAUACUCAUUGCAAAGUAUUGGAAGACACAAGAUUUACCCACCCGGGUAGAAUGGCAGAUGAAGUUGAUGGACUAUAUGGAACUGGUGGAAAUGACUGGCAGAAUCCGAGACCAGGGAGAAGAAUUGGUGGAAGAAGACUGGAAAAAGUUUAAAGACUAUUUACAGAAAUAUUGUAAAAUUAAUGAAUGUUAGAAAAAUGUUGGAAUGAAAUUAUAUGGCUUUAGUAGAAAUGUUAUAAGGAAAUAAGUAUAAAUAGAUUAAUAGAGUAUUAAAGGAAAAAUAAGAUUAGAAUGUGUUAAGAUAAUUAUAGGAUAGAAAACAGAGGAAGAUGGAAAGGAAUUGCUGAAACAAUUAACAGAAGUGGAACACAAAAAGGGAGGUGUGAGGAGGUCGUGUGUUUAAUGUGUCAAUGUUAUGUAGUGUUUUUGUAUUGUAUUGUAUUGUAUUGUAUUGUAUUGUAUUGUAUUGUAUUGUUUUUGUAGUGUUUAAAUCGUUGGAAAAGCAAUAAAUAUUAUUUUUUUUUAAAAAAGGACAUGAACUGAUCUCAGAAAACCAAAGAAGCUUGAUUUUACCUUCUGAAAAUGUCAGGUAAUACUAUAAAAUAAUUAGUUUCUCCGCAUAAAACUUAUCCUACUAAGCAUACAACAUUGCCUUGUAAUCAUAAAACAUUAGAAGGUAAUGGUAUCAGUUAAUAAGAACUUUACACAACAAAUUUCAUCAAGUUUUGCUUCGUUCUGGGACAUCAGCCACCAACUUGUUUCUUGGCCUCACAUUUCUCAUGUCUGUACACCCUACCUGCUGCCUCUAUGACUUGUUUCACACACCUCUCUAUAGACUGAGCAUGGCAGGGCCACUGUGGAACUUGCAUGGGCUUUUCAAUGAACUUAUUUACUUCCACGGAGUAAGUCUACAUGUCAAAGGAGGUCCAUAUACCCGUCAGACCAGUCCACCAGUUCCAACAGGGACAAAGUACUGGGGCUGAUGGAAGAUGUCUUCCUUGGACAUAAAUAUCUUCCAAUAUGCCAUCAUCUCCAUCCCUCAAGUCAACAAUCUUUUGGACACCAGCUCUCCUCUCCUGUCACCCGAGCUCAAUGGUCAGGUAUGAUGAGGUUGCAGUCCCGCAACAACUGAAGGGCCCAUGCCUAUCUUACAGGUUCACCCACUCCCCUGCCCGCAUCAAUGAAAAGGUCAGGAAUGACAAACAAAUUUGAGAGACAUCUUGCCUAACCAUAAACUAUUUCCUUACACUGCACCGAUUUAGUGGAGUGUUGGGUGUAUUCUAGGGCAUGCUGUGAGUUGAGGAGACUGGGUGAUAUCAGCCAAGGUUCUAGGGUUUUGCUGCUCCUAAAGGAAAAGAAAUAAUGUGAAAUGCUCAAUUCCACAUGUGUACGUUUAAAGUUCAUUGUUAAAAGUAGCUUCAUUUUAAUUGUGGUUGAUUGUCUUUGGGUGCUUCUAGAAGCUAUUGUUCCCCUUGUUAACUCUGCAAAUGCUCUAGGGAAGCCAGAUGGCAUCAUAGCAUGAAGGCAGAGCCAGACGGUAGCCCUUUUUGGAUCACGCAGCUGCCAUCUGCAUUGGUGAGUGAACAGCUUUGGCGAGGGGUAGUCCUAUGCCACCCUGUUCCAAUUUCCAAACAGGAAUAAAGUCCCUUCUUGUGCUUCUUCCUGCCUACUGAACGGCAAGAGAUGGAAAUGCACCCCAGUGUAGUGCUCUCCAACCUGACAGCAACCCAAAUAAACUGUACAGUGCCUGUCUGGCAGGUCAUCAAAAGCCUGUUAGCAUGUCAUCAGGUGGAAAUAGCAGUUUGUGAACUCUGUUGUGCCUUGGUCCUCAAAUUCUUUGUCCCCUACCUAAUUUCCAUAGCAGCCAACGAGAAACAGACAACUCUCUGAAAAUAGAAGCCAACAUUAUGUUAUUAAUUUCGCAGUGAGGUUUUUAGAGAGUUUAGAUUUUACAGAUCAAUAUCUGUAAAAACAAGAACUGCAGGCUCCCCCCUUUUUUAAAAAAAGAAAAUCUUUGUCUUUUUCAUAAAGAACAGUAAAUCUGCAUUAAAGUAAUUUCCCCAUAACUGCCCUCUCUGCUCAUUUGCAGCUCGUUUAAGAAAUUGGUUUUUCUACUUCCUGAUUUGAGAAGUUGUGCCAGCAGAGAAAGUAUAGCUUUUUAUUGCUCUUCGGAGAGUUAGCAAUUUAAUUGCAAAAGAAAAGCUGGCAUUUGUAGUGAAGCUCUAAGGAAAUGGAACCUUAUAUCUGAAGGGAUGAGAUCAUUGCUGAUGGCAAGGAGCCACUAAUGAAAAACAAAAGCUGCUUUGGCAAGUAGCGCUUAGUAAUAUUUAGUAAGCCAUUAAGUAGUUUGGUAACAAAAUUGCUUUAAUUAAAAUUGAUUGAAAUCCCCCAGUUAACACUGUGUUUUGAUUCUUCUUGCUUAAAGACGAUUGGCUCCCCACUGACAAAUACCCUAAUAAAACUGUUACUUAAGCUUUCCUAACACAGAAGCUGAAUAACCACAAUCUUUUGUGAAAAUCCAUGCACUGCUUGCCUUAUGCGCAGAAGCAAUUGUAGAAUUUCAAUAUCAUUUACUGCUUUUGAGGGAGAGAGAGAGACUGAGGGGGCGCAUGCAUUGGUAAACACCCGCAGUCUACAACAGCCUGAAAUAAACAAAUGUGCAAUACCCCUGGUACACAUCUUCUUGGUGAGUAAUGGGUUGUGAUUUGGUAACCAACAUAAGCUACCACUUGCAGCUCAUUCUCAAAUCCUGCUUCAGCUAAAUGCCAUCCUUCUGCAGAAGAAGUUAUACAAAGCCAUUGAGACAGUUAUCAAUCUCGCCUCGCUACAGGAUUUCAAUGUAGCAAUCUUGAUCCUUCCUCCAAAGUAUCCCCUGAAGCAGAUGAGGAAAUGUUGCUCAGGAACUUGUUAGAUGCCAACUACCACCAGUCACCACUGCCAAUCAUCAGGGAUGAUGGAAGUUGUAGUCCAAACCCAUCUUUGCACAUGUUUGCCACCUGUGUCUUGAACCAAUUGACCUCCCUCCCUCCCUCUCCACUCUACUGCACUAUGUAGAAGGUGGGGAGGUUGUUAGGCGAAGCCAGCUUGCUUUUGUAGAGCAAGAAGAUAGGUGAGGUUUCACUAUAUGCUGGCAUGAGGGUGCCAGUGCCUGAUCUUUUUCUCUGCUCCUCUUCACAGUAGAAUUCUGAACCAGGCUGCUUGACUGAUGAACAAAGGCAAGCUUCUGGGUUCAUUCAGCAGUCUGAUUUUUUUUUUGUCAGUAAUGCAAAACUCUACUGAACAUUGAGGUCUUGAAAUGAAAUUUAGGUGCACUCAUUCUAGGUGUAAUUCCACAGUUCAGAUUUGUGAAAAUGUUGAGCCUGUGCCUGUUUUCAAAGAGGUGUGUGGGGAAAUCCUGUGCAAAGCAAUCUCUCACUUGAAGGUUCACCCCUUUCUAUUCCCAUGUAAAAUGAACACAUGAGCAGGAAUGAGAAUGCUGAGCUCUGGUGUUCUGACAUGCAGUUCUUCGUAAGCACAAUAUAUAUGUAGCUCAUACACUCAGACUGAUUUACUUCUAAAAGAUAUGCAAUGGUAAUAUUAGCAUGAGACAGUUUAUGCUCACAGAAUCCUCAUCACAUCAGUAAUUGCACUUAUUUUAAUGGGCCUAUCUGCUGUUAUAAAGAACUCAUUUGAUGAAGGGAGGUUUUUGGUUGUUUUUAAAAUGCAGUAGUGUUCUCCAGUCCCCCAAAGUAUCAAAUGCUAUUAUGGGAUAAAGAAAGUAUGGUAAUGUACAUUUAGCAUACACUGCUAGGAGCCGUAUUUCAGUCAUGUAGCACAUUCCACCUGUGCUAUAGUAUGAUCACCAUACUGCAACAGAUAAUGUUUACAAACAGUGGCGUAGCGUGGGUUGUCAGCACCCAGGGCAAGGCAAGUAAUUUGUGCCCCUUAACCCGUGGAUUUGCACACCCUAACCCUAACCCCCAGAUGUUGCGCCCGGUGCGGUCGGCCCCCCUGCACCCCCCACGCUACGCCACUGUUUACAAAACAGCUGAAGAGCUUUUAUACUUUUUUAAAUACAGUACAUGGUAGAUUUUUACUAAGCCAGCUAAAAGCAAAGCUUUGCAGCAUCCUUGGCUGUCUGAUAUAUUAAAUGGGUACGUUUAAGAUAUAUGUUGGGUGGAGACAAAAAAAUGGUAACCAAACAUGGGGUGCCAGUUCUUCAGUGCAAAAUGUAAUUCAGCCAUUUUUAAAGCAAAUUUUCUGAGAUUUGGUCCUAUCCAAUCCCUGCCCAAUCCAUUCUUAUAGGACAGUGGGUGCUUCUCAUGCUGGCAAAUUUGUGGCUGAAGUCAGAUACAGUCAUACCUUGGUUGACGAACGCCUUGUGACUUGAACAUUUUGGCUCCCAAACGCCACAAACCCAGAAGUGAGUGUUCAGGUUUUCAAACGUUCUUUGGAACCCAAACGUCCAACGCGGCUUCCAUGGCAUCUGAUUGGCUGCAGGGGCUUCCUGCAGCUAAUCAGAAGCCGCGUCUUGGUUUCCGAACAUUUCCGGAACAGAUUCCAUUCAACUUCCAAGGUACCACUGUAUUAUCAUUGACAUCAUAAUGACAGCCUGCAUUCCUUGCUCCCCCCUCCUUUAACCCAGAUUUAUAAUUUCUGGGUAAAAAAACAAAAAACCAAUGUUGUUGGGUUUUUUAAUGUUGCCAACUACCUAUUUAGGAUAUCUCAACAACCCAUUUUCAAACUAAGCAACCAAAUCUGGAAGCACCAGAGCCAGACCUACUCUUAGGCAGAGUGAGACUGCUACCUCAUGCAGAAGUCACUGGGGCUGGGAAGGGGCAGCAAGGUGUUGGAAGACACAGCUGUGUAUGCCACACAACCCAGCCUGCAACCCCUUCUACUAUCCUGCCACCCUCAGGUGCAGCGAAGGAUGUGGUCUCCGGUCUGGUUGUCUUCUUCUGUGUAUGUGAAAUGCUGAGGGAGAGACCUUGUCUUUUGCCUCAGGCAGCAAAAUGCCUUGUUGUUGCUGUUUACACUCCCCUCCUUUUCUCAUUCUCCACUGAGCUAUUUCCCACACUUUCUUGUUUUUCUCAUCCAGAUGCAGAACAGGAGGGAGGGAGAGAGAGAGAAACAGCUACUUUGGCAGUCAGUGUCAGCAGGGAGCGGUUCUGCACAGUUCCCAGGCCCUCAGCCAGCAGGGACUCAUUAGAAUACAGAGGUGACUGACCACAGUCUUCAGUCACAAGCUCUUCCUUCCAUUAAAUUCUUGUAAACUCUUAUUCUCCCCCUCCCCCCAAUCCAAAUGUUUGCCUUGUGAAUAGUGACUGAGGAAGGAUCCACACAAGAUGAUGGUGCUUAAGGAUGUGGUAGUGUUAGUCCUUAGGCUUCAGCUACUGCUGGAGUUUAACCUGUGUUCUCAUGUCAGCACUCAGCUCCAAUCAGUUUCAUUUCAAAGAGUCAUUAGGCUAUUGCAAAAAAAAGCAAAUUUAGCUCCCCCAAAAUUACAUACGGUAAUCAAAAUGAAGCUGAUACAAAUCAAAUUUACAAACGUGCAUGACUUGUUUAGCAGCAAGACACUUGUAUAAGAGCCAAACUAAACAGGACAUUUGAUGCAUAUAAGCAUUUCACAUAUACAUUUUUAAACAUUUAAAUAUAACCCAGAGGAGGGAAACAGGUGAGGGGUGAUGAGGAUGGGAUUUAACCAGACAAAACUUGCCUCAGAGACUGCAAUUAUCUCUGGGAGGAAAGCUUCCAUUGGUGACAAUUUACUUCUAUUCUUAUUUGUUAGAGAGCCACCUAGAACUGCUUAAAACAAAAAUGAUCUGCAAGAUAUAGCCACAGAUGAGCAUUCUGCAUAAGUGUGGCAACGGAUGCAAAGAGAGAGAGAAAGAAACCUGGUCCAGAACUAUUUGGCCCUUCCCAUUUCGUUAAACACUGUUAUAGAUUUAUAGGUGUUAGGAUUUUAUUGAGGCUUGGAGGUGUCAAAGCUAAUUUCCUUGGAAGAAACAGCCAGACCCAAGUGUAUAUUAAGGCUGUGGUGGACUCACUGAUAAGCCUCUGUUAUUGUAAAAGCUAGUUAAGUAGGCACACUGGCUGGGUUUUGUAUUGGACCUUGUAAUCCUCACCAAAUCAACAAGUGUUAAUGAAGUCAGACAAACUUGUUUGUGAGAUGACCACCUGGAGAGUUAACCUUUAGGAGUUCAAACCAUCAGAGGAAAUAGGUGUUAAAAUGCAAAUGAAUGGAGUCCUCCCUCUGUAGAUAAAAAGGGCUGUCCUGAACCCCUGGCCUACCUAGCAGCAAGUCAGUAUGUCAAGUCCAGGGAUCGAGCCACACAUGCAAAGUCCAAAGGUCAGGAAAUGCAGUCCAAGGUCAAUCCAAGUAACCAAGUCUGAAGUCCAGCAGUCAGGAUACAGUCCAGCAUCAAACCUAUAGCACAGUCCCGCAGAGGCCAAGGUCCAUCAACAAGGGCAGUUCAGCAGACACAGCACCUCAGCUCUGCUUCCCUUUUGCAGCAUCUGGGCUUGAUGAGGCAUGUGACCCUCACCUGCUCAGAGUCUACUGCAGCUGAGGAAUUACAACCCUCCUCCCAGAGCUAAUGAGCCCCACCUGGCCAGCUAAUGAGCUGGGCUAUGGGCCCUUGCCUGCCUCAGCCUCCUAGAGCACCUCUCCUGCUGCUCCCUACAUCUCAGAGUCUGCCAUGUUCAUGGAGAUAGGGGCCCCUCUGGCUCUGAGGAUGGGUCCUGCUGCUCUGGUUCCUGUGCAUUGACCUCCAUCCCCCUGCCAUCCUCCCUCACACUGUGAGUACUUUCUUCCCCAUCUCCUGCUUGCCCCUGUGUGUCCCAGUCCUGGCUACACCUCUCAUCAGGAUCCUCUUCCUCCUCCCCGUCAUCCUGCCAGUUCAUGACAAGGGUUUAGUUUAGGGAAGGAGGUUGGCAGGGUUGUAAUGAGGAAGCAGAGAGGAACAGUUAAGCUGGCAAGUAUCCUGCAGAGCAGGAGAGGCUAUGGAGAAAAGAUAUUGAUACUGUGGAAUAAGUUUUGGGCAUGUUUUGGGCACUGCUGCUGUGAGCUCCUCCAUAAGCAGGUUCAGGUUAUAUAUCUGUGAAAUUAAAACCAUAUCUCUUAAAGACACUUCAAUCUCUGUUGUGCCUCAUUUUUGAACCCUGGUUAAAUGCCAAGACACCUGGAAUCUUGUGCACAGCUGGGCAGGGGUUGGGGUGACCGGUAACAAUAUGGAACAUCUAUAAAAAAAAAUCCUGCCUGACAAGAGUGGAGAUAGUAGAUUUCUCUUUCCUUCUGGUGCAAGCAGCAUGCAAAACAUAUACAGUAAAGGCCAAAUCCCUUACUGCCUUGGCUCGGUAAAUGUGGAACCUUGUAGUUGAACUCAGCAAAUGCAGGUCUUUAGAGCAGGGAAAUCUCAUGGCCCAUGACCCAGUACUCAGAUGAGAACAAAGUUCAGGAUACCAAGGGGGAAACGGCCAGCUGGGAGAACAUCCAGGGCUCUCCCAGCUGGAGGACACUGUCCUGCCAUUACCCUCUGACUCGGAGAAUGAGUCGUCUGCAGCAUCUCUGCCUCCUCAGCCUUUCAGAAGCUGAAGACUACAAAAUAAGGUGACGGCCCUUGAACCAGCAAGCCAGCUCCUCCAGGCCUACUUAGGCGACAUGAGUUUUCAUUUGGCUAUAGGUAAAGGUAAGGGGACCCCGACCAUUAGGUCCAGUCACGGAAGACUCUGGGGUUGCGGUGCUCAUCUCACUUUAUUGGCAGAGGGAGCCGGCGUACAGCUUCCGGGUCAUGUGGCCAGCAUGACUAAGCCGCUUCUGGCGAACCAGAGCAGCGCACGGAAACGCCGUUUACCUUCCUGCCGGAGCAGUACCUAUUUAUCUACUUGCACUUUAACGUGCUUUCAACUGCUAGAUUGGCAGGAGCACCUUCUGAUCAGCAAGUCCUAGGCUCUGUGGUUUAACCCACAGCGCCACCCGCAUUUCCUCCAAAAACACCUCCUAUGGCAUGGCUGAUUUAGGAGGGCCACUUGGAGUUGCCCAAAGCCCUGUAUGCUACCUGCCUCGCUAGGGAUCUUGACUUUGCCUUUUUCUCCUGAAAGCUCCAAAGACACACACAGACUGACAGGUUAGGAAAGGUAUGACUGUCCUGAUGUUAUUGGACUACAAUUCCCAUAAUCUCUGAUCAUGCUGGCUAGAGGUACUAGGUACUGGGAAACAUCCAUGGGGCCACAAGUUCCCCACCCUCACUUUAGAGCAUUUUCUUGCAAGAGGCUGAAAGGCAGGAAGUGAAAAGCUUUUCGUCAAGCUAAUGUGGAUCAAAAGUGGGGGAAAGAAGUCAUAAAAAAUGAGGAGGCUACUGGGAUAAAGCCACAUUUGAACCAUUUUGUGUUAUCAUCAUCAUCUUUUUUUCUUGUACCACUUUUCCUAUAAACUCAAGGCAGUAAAUAUGAGUUUCUUCCCCUUCCUCUUUCCAUUUUAUCCCUAUUUAAACCCUAUGUGGUACGUUAGGCUGAGAGAUGGAUAUUGCCUAGGGUCAACCAGGAGACAGCGGGCAGCAUUCUAAUAUAACAUAGCCCAGGGAUGGCUGAAGCCUGCUGCCCCUCCUGAUAUUAUAGGGCUCCAGCUCUCAUCAGCUCUAGCCAGCAGUGCCAGUGGUCUGAGAUGGUUUGAGGCUGAGGACAAUAAUAGCUAGAUGGCCUGUUCUGUACCCCUGGCACAUCUGAAGCUGUGUUGCCGCCUCCCAAAUCACUAAGUUCUUUGGGCAGGUAACAGUAACAGUAACAGUAAAAACAUUAAAAUACACAUUUAAACCAUAAGAUUUGGCUCUAUCCCUUGUUCUUGGUGCCAGGUAUGUCCAGAAGGUCAGGUUUCCAUGGAAAUAUUUGGGCUCGCUGCAAAUCAAGAGUCAAAGAUCUGCCCCGAAUUGUUUAUUAACUGGCCUAACCUCCCAAGCUAAAGGCUUAAGUAUGCAAUUGAUAGUUAGCAUUGCUACCUGAUUAGGAAUGCACACAUUGCAUAUUAAGUUCCAUCCAGCAGCGGGCUAUGAGUUGGAUGCAGUGCAGUGCUGGUCCUGUGUCUAUUGGUGCUGGGGAGCUGUGAGCAAGAGCUCCAGGUCGGCAGUGUCUAUACAUAUUUGCACAUCUGCAGGAUGUUGCCACUGCCAGCCCAGAGCUCUCCCAACCUCACUGCUGCCUUGGCCAACCCCACCUUGAUCAUGGUGAGCAGCAGCAGCAGUGCAGCUAUCAGGAGGGCACUACAGCCACUGCAUCCUUCGUCAUGCAUUGCUGCAGCCUUCACCCUGUAACGCUGCAUGAUUAUUUGAAGGAAAGGACAUCUGAAUAUAAGAGCCCUGUUGCAUCAGAUGCAAAAUCUGUAUCCCAGAGUGGAACGCAAGACUAAACUCAAAAUAUGUUGCAUUAUUAGAGGAGGGCUGAUCUGGGUGAUUGCAUUCCUAACCCACAAAGUCUAUUCUGGAUAAGAAAUGAGCCCAUUUCCCCAAAAUAAAAAGUCGUUAUCUCUAGGGCUGGAUAUUGCUUUUACCUGACCUCUGGCCACACUGUCAAUAUUCAAAGGGGCCAAGAGACACCCGUGUGUUCCACCACUGGAAACAGUCAAUUGACCUUUUAAUUCUGAGCAAGCCCUUGAAGUUGUAAACCCCAAACAAAAGGAAUCUGAAAUCCACAUUUAAUUGACUCCUUUUCUCUCUCUCUCUGAGUGAUUCCUGUGAAUAGAAUCAAAUGCUGAACUCGGAUCAAAAGGUAUCUUUCCAUGACCGUGCAGGCUGGGUGACAAGAUACAAAGCGUUGCUGAGUUGCUCAACAACUUUCUUAAAACUAGGUUAUAUAGCUAUGAGAGAUUUUAUUUGCCCAGAAUUCUAGGGUUCCUAAAAAGAAAAUCAGCAUAAUGUUUAGCAACAAUGUUGAUCUGCCUUGUUGCUGUUGUUGUUGAGUCGUUUAGUCGUGUCCGACCCUUUGUGACCCCAUGGACCAGAGCAUGCCAGGCACUUCUGUCUUCCACUGCCUCCCACAGUUUGGUCAAACUCAAGGUGGUAGCUUCGAGAACACUGUCCAACCAUCUCGUCCUCUGUCGUCCCCUUCUCCUUGUGCCCUCCAUCUUUCCCAACAUCAGGGUCUUUUCCAGGGAGUCUUCUCAUGAGGUGGCCAAAGUAUUGGAGUCUCAGCUUCAGGAUCUGUCCUUCAGGAUCUGUCUUACUGAAGAUUAAUUUUUUGUAGUUGAUCCCCACCCUCCCAUACACACCCCUUUCUUCAACUCCAGAACAAAUAAGGCUGCAAUCCUAUGCACACUAUUGUGGGAAUGAUGUUCACUGAAACGAAUGGGACCAUAGUAGACAUGCUUUAGGGAUGCUCUACAUAGUAUUCUGUUACAGAGAGGAUUGAUUUUGUAGCUUCUGUCUUUUGAAAGGUCUAGGAAAGGGAUGGGGAAACUGGGGCUCUCAAGGUGUUGUUGGACCCCAUCUCCCAAAGUGCUUUGAGAUGUGGGUGAGAAGUGUGUAUAAUUUUUUAAAAAUUAAAUUAAAUUAUUCCUGACCAUAGGCCAUACUGGCUAUGGCUGAUGGAAGUUGGAUUUCAACAACGUUUGAUGGAUCAGUGGUUAGACAUCCCUGAUCCAGAAGAUGGAGGGGCUUCUCUAGGUUCAAGGAGGACCAUCCUCCAGCUAGGAAGGCACAGGAGAAGCUACUGAAGGUUCUCCCCUGUGGAAAGUGUCCUGAGCCUUGUCUUCACCUGAGUCUUCUGUUCAGAGCACUGUGGAACCGCAGAGCUGGGGACCAUGACAGGCUGGGCCCCUGAAGGCACUGACAACGAUCUUAGAAAUGUCAUUCAAAUAGAAAGCAAAUCUAGCAGGUAUGUUACCUAGAGACAAAAAUGGACUUCCCACGUUGAAUGCAGGGGCCGAGCCUCAAUGUUUGUAUUAGUCUCAUGAACGACAACUGCCAAAAAUUAGAGGAGUGUCUACCCAAAGCAGACAUCUUCUGUUCAUGCCAGAGAUCCUUCUGAUAUUCUGCCUUCUUCAACACUAGAGUUUUAUAUUCUCUUGGACGGGCUACCAUUUCUUGUUAUUUUUAAAAGGAUCCCUCCCACCCUAUUAAAAAUAACUUGAAUGGUGUAGUCAUCAGUAGGCUGUUUAUCAUCUGAUUUAGAACAGCUAAGGAACCUGCUGGUUCCCUAACCCAUUGAUUCAACAGAGUACAGUUUAUCUGUAGCAAAAUGCAGUCGCCAAGGUAGCUUCUGAACUGAUGCCAAGACUAUCACAAUAUCCAAAAUAUAGAAGUAGUACGAAGGCACGCUUAAGAAGGAAGGAAUGAUGCUGGCAAGAGGAACAUAGAGCUGGCAGGCUUGAUCACACUAAACUGCAAGCUACUAUUGCAUCAUUGCAGCUAAAUAUAGUUUUACGGGAACCUUGAUACAAACUGAAAUAGUCUAACCUUCAGAGGAAGUUCUUCUCUGUGUGCCAUGGCACGGCGAGGCAUGUUAUGUGGUGAUGAGAGAAAGAGCCCUCUUUGAAGUGAUGUCCUACUUUUGGAAUGCCCUUCCCUUAAAAGUGUACUUAGCACCCAACCUUUUUAUCAUUUUGCUGUGGCACCUACUGAGUGGAAAGACAAUAUUUCAAAUAAAGGCUGAAUGGGCUUAAGUUGAAGCAAUGGGCUUAAGUUACUGAAGUACAUUAAUUUCAGUGGCUCAACCCUGAAAUUAUUUAGCUGGAUACAACCCAUGAUAUUAGCUUCUGUUGGAUGCAAGGACACACAAAUUGUUAGGAGAGUCAAAGAGGCAUUUCAUAUGUGACACUAUACUGGAGUCACAAAGUGGUUUCCAAUCAAGCAGAAACACCAGAAAGCUCCUGUUGGACCCUUCUCUAGCAGUGAGCCACUUCUAAUCUACUGCGGGUCAUUUGCAAAUGCUACCACACUUGGGGCAUCCAGAACUCAGAGGCAAAUUACUAGAAUGAAUGAACUCCAAUCUGUCAGAAAGUCAAUGCCAGUCAUAGUACAAGUCUAUCCUUAGAGCUCUCAGAUUUCAGGAGAGAGCUGUGUCUUUGAAUGCACAACUUGGGUGUAUUCUGGAGUUGCUAUUGUUGUUGUUGUUAAAUUUUCCAAGUAAUAGUGAAAGAAUACAACCAGUAAUGAUAAAUAUAACAGCUUAGAAAGGCAUAAGAUUACUCAGCCUUACACUUUCAAAAUAGAAUACUUCCAAAUAACACCCAUAUAGAAAUAUUUUUAAAACAGAAAAUUAAUAAUUUAUCCUUAUAGGUUUUUAUGUAAACACCCUUAUGAGUUUUUUAUAACAGAAACAUGAAGAGGCAGAAUUUGAAAAGACUGUUCCAAAUAUAACAUGCAGCUGAAAUGUGUCCUGUCUGGAUCUUAUGUUGGCAUGCAAGGAUAGUUUGCAUAUUAUUUUAAUUUGCAAUAUGUUAUGCUAUUAAGCUUUUUAGAUGGUUUGAAUCUAUUUUUCUCUUUUUAUUAACCUUUUAAACAAUAUGUGUGAAAGCUUUGAGAACUGGGGGGGGCAAGUCUUAUUCUUUUUAAAUUAAAAAAAAUUAUUUAUGCUUUUACCGUAAAUUGGUACACCCAUUUCACAAUAUUCUUCAUUAUCCUAUAUUAUUUGACUUCCCCACACCUCCCACCAUGGUGUUCCUUUUGACUCUUAGUUGUGCUACAUAUCUUUCUACACCUUGUAAUUAAUUUAGCUGCUGUUCCUAUAUCUAGUCCUACUUGGAGAUUUAUGUAACUGCUAUAACUCUUUAAAUAUUCCCCAAAGGUUUCACACUCCUCUCUUAUGGUAUGUUCAUCCUGGUUUCUUAACUUUGCUGUCAGCAUCACUAACUCCACAUAUUCUAUUAACUCAUUCCGCCAAUCCUCUUUGGUUGGACUGUUAUUGUCCUUCCACAUUUUUGCAUAGGUUAUUCUGGCUGCAGCAGUUGCAUAAAGAAAAAGAUUUAAUACAUUCUUAGGUAUCUUUUAUUUAUUUUUCUCAUUCAUGCAUACUUAUCGCGAUGUUAGGAUUUGGAAGAUAAUGUGGUCCAACCUUAAGGCAGGAUCCUGAGUGCGCGAUUCUCUCCCACACCACACAAAUCUCUCAUGGGAGUUUCAAUCUCCCAUCUGUAAGACUGGAGCAAAAUUAACUGUAACAGGGAUCUGUUCAACAGCUCUGUUACAAAGUUGAACAGGUGUUGUACAUCACUUUUACUUUUUGAUAGUCUCCCUCUUUAUCACACUCCAGGCCCUUGUUACUGGUUCUGUGGUUCCGGCGCUCACAGUUGCCCUUCUUGUCAAUGUUUGUUCAUUUCCUUUCUGAAACACCACAACUGCCCCUGUUUUGCAACAUACUCAUGCCUUAUUUUAGGCUUAAUUUAGCACAUUCCUGCUUCCAACAAGUGGAAUCCAAUAAAAGCAUACAGAUUAAUACAUAAAUGUUUCUUUUAGAUGCCUGCAAGGUCACUUUACUAUUAAAUGAGAAGUGUAGUUUUAAAACUCUUCUCACCAUUAGUUUUUCCUUUGUUCAGGAUAUGGCCUAUUAAAGUUCUGGUGUGUCUGACACGAUCCAGUCUUGCAAGUUUUUCUAAGUUCUAAUUUUGUAGCUCUGGCCCAAUUUGCAAGAAACAGAAAAGCAAAUUGUGUUGCCCAAGAGCAUAGGAAGAAAAGGAUAAAACAUGACAAAUGCAGGAGUCAUUGCAAUAGUGAAAGAGUAUGAAAUAACUAAUUUCUGGACACAAGAAGAAUGUUAAGAUAAAUGACCAAGCAACUUUGGUGUGAACAGGAAUCGUCUUCCUGACCACUGGCAUAUCUGGGAAAGCAGCUUGAAUUCUAGAUGCCACAAAUACAGCACAUCAAAGCACACAGUACAUUCAUAAAAAGAAUUUAAGUGAUAUAAAAGCCCUUUCUCAUUUCUUUUUUUCCACAGUUAACUUCACUUUCAUUUAAAAAUAUCUCAGAACCCUGGCUUUCAAUUCGCAUGACAUAAAACAGCUUCUGAGAAGAGUUUUUAAAUGCACUUUUCAUUAAGACCGCCAGAUGUCAGAGUUUUCUACACUGAAAUGGCUUUGAAACCAAAUUAUCUCCUUGCUUCAAUCAAUGCAUAUUUUCCGUUUUAACUGGUCACAUGCCCUCCUCUAUGUUUCCGAACUCUGGUUUUCCACCAGAUAUCCUCACAUGCCAGGAUGAGAGGUGCUAUUUGACUUUGUAACCUCAGUUUGUGGCUUAGAGAAACUUAGACGUACAUACAUUACUCCACAACCUCAAGGGUAUUUUCACACCUUAUUGUACAUACUUUAACAAAUACUGGAAAUAUAACCUUCUCUUGACUUCCACAUCCUUCUAGAAUACAUUUCAAAGAAUACGACCAUGAUCCUCCCACUUGGUUCAGUUCAAAUUUAUUAAUAGUCUACAAACCUUCAUAUUCGGGGAGAGGUAUUUGAUUCCAUACACUGCCAGUAGUCUAUAUGGUUUUUUUUCCUUAUUGUUUUGCAAUGUUUGGUAACUGAUACAUUCUUAAAUUAUGUUUGUGUUUGUUAGUCCUCUUCGGUUUGGUUUUGUUUUUAAGAAAAGUGGAAUAUGUUUAAAAUGUUUUCUUUUUAAAUGGGAAGAAGAUUUGGACUUCGGAUCUUAUUUUGGGGGAAGUAGGUUAUUAUUCAGAACAUUCAGAUUUUAACUUUGAACUCUGGGAAGAAAUUUCGAAUUGACUAAUUCAUUUCUGUAUAGCUCAUAAAACAAGCACCAUUCCAUACUAAUUAGCCCAAUAUUUCUCUCUCUUUUUUUGUCUAGCUGCAAGGAAUGCUGGGAACCCAUUCCAAGCUCUUGUUAGAAAAGCUUUGGAAAGCAAGUGAUAAGAGUCCAAAAGAGACAGGCGAAAAAAGGAUUAUCUCAGUAUUAAUUUACUGACUUGGCUUACGCAGCUAAUUAGGGGUUGUAAAAGCAUCCACUGGUUGCCAAAUGCUGAAAUGGUCCCAGAGGACAUUAGCAAAUACUUCCAUGGGGAAUUCUAGGACUAGCUGGGAUAUUUUAGCAUUCAGAAUUGUGUGUGUGUUUUGCUCAUAUCCCCCACCCACUGUUUGGUAUUGUACAAGAAAAGUAGAGUAUUAAACUGCAAAUGUACCAGAGUACACAUAAGAAAAGCUACACCUUUCCUAGGGUGAAGAGUGGGUUAUGAGUGUUUGCACACAUGAAGUCUUUAAUGUUGCCUGAAAAAAGUAUGGUGUGGGACAUUUGCGUAGCCAUCAACAAGUUUGCUUUAGGAAGUGACUUCUCAACAGAUGUUACAAUGCAGGAAGUUUUUAUUUGAAGGCAGGAGCACAGUCUACUUCCUUAAAGGCAAAUGGUGAUUUGUUUUUCUUUUAAACCAAGCAUGCAUGGUUUUCAGGCUAGCAGGCAUGUGAGCAAAAUCAAGAGGUGGAGGAAAGCCAGAAUGAAUGUUUGUGCCAGAGUUUCUGAAGCAUUUUAUACAGUGGUACCUCGGGUUAAGUACUUAAUUCAUUCCGGAGGUCCGUUCUUAACCUGAAACUGUUCUUAACCUGAAGCACUGCUUUAGUUAAUGGGGUCUCCCGCUGCUGCCACCGCUGCCGCCACGCCGCCGAAGCACGAUUUCUGUUCUCAUCCUGAAGCAAAGUUCUUAACCCGAGGUACUAUUUCUGGGUUAGCGGAGUCUGUAACCUGAAGUGUAUGUAACCCAAGGUACCACUGUACACACGGAAGAAGGGAGUUACUACAGCACAAUGCUAGAGUAACUCAUUUCUAGGUUUAUUUUCAAUUAAUCACAUUCCAGUGAACUUGAGGUUCAGACCAUUCAACUAUCAAUAAAUAGUACUUACCAUCUAACUACUAGAUGUGGUUUUAUACGUGUAGUAAGCUGUCCAGAGUGACUGGGGAAACCCAGCCAGAUGGGCAGGGUAUAAAUAAUAAAAUGAUUGUUGUUAUUAUUAAUAAUAGUAAACUGACCAAUAAAAUCCUUAAUUACUCCCUAGAUGAAUGCAAAAAUCCUUCAAGAAUAACCAAAAAGUUUGACAAAGUGAACCAAGACUUUCCAAACAUUAAGCACUCUGUUUUAUAGGAAGUAUAUCUAAUAUGUUAAUUCCUAAGAUCAGUCUGUCCAAAUGAUAGUAACUGUUUUAUUUCCAGUUUUUGGUGGUAAAUUGUUUUGGCAAAUCCUAAUAAAUACUACCUCAAUUUCUGAUCUGAAUCAGAAUAGUGACUAUACUAAGCUGCCUUGUUGUUGUUUAGUCGUUUAGUCGUGUCCGACUCUUCGUGACCCCAUGGACCAGAGCACGCCAGGCACUCCUGUCUUCCACUGCCUCCAGCAGUUUGGUCCGACUCAUGUUUGCAGCUUCGAGAACACUGUCCAACCAUCUCGUCCUCUGUCGUUCCCUUCUCCUUGUGCCCUCAAUCUUUCCCAACAUCAGGGUCUUUUCCAGGGAGUCUUCUCUUCUCAUGAGGUGGCCAAAGUAUUGGAGCCUCAGCUUCAGGAUCUGUCCUUCCAGUGAGCACUCAGGGCUAAUUUCCUUAAGAAUGGAUGCCUUUGAUCUUCUUGCAGUCCAUGGGACUCUCAAGAGUCUCCUCCAGCACCAUAAUUCAAAAGCAUCAUAGUAUUGUAGUAAUUCCUGGGUUGCCAACUUAAAAAUAAAUAAAAAAAUAAAAAUCCCUCAUCCAUCCUACCACGGACUCCAGGCGUUGCUACAUGGCCUCUCCCAAGUCAGAUGUUAGGGAGCAAUAACCCUGAGUAUCAUCAUCAUACUGACAGUACUGUGCCCCCAAACUCCUAAUGACCGCUCCCAGCUGCUUCAUAUAGAUGUUAAAUAGCAGUUGGGUUGAAACAAGUGCCCUGUGGCACCACGUACUGGAACUGCUAGGGAGUCAAAAAGCACUCUCCCAAUGCUGCUCUCUGGACUUGGUCCCGUAAGUAAAAAAGAAGAAAGGUAAAGGAUCCCUGGACACUUAAGUCCAGUCAAAGGUGACUACAGGGUUGUGGCACUCAUCUCACUUUCAGGCUGAGGGAGCCGGCGUUUGUCCACAGACAGCUUUCCAGGUCAUGUGGCCAGCAUGACUAAACUGCUUCUGGUGCAAUGGAACACCAUGACGGAAACCAGUGCACACACAAACGCCGUUUACCUUCCCGCCACAACGGUACCUAUUUAUCUACUUGCACUGGCAUGCUUUCAAACUGCUAGGUUGGCAGGAGCUGGGACAGAACAACGGGAGCUCACCCCAUCGCGGGGAUAGGAACUGCCAACCUUCUGAUCGUCAAGCCCAAGAGGCUCAGUGGUUUAGACCACAGCGCCACCCGCAUCCCAUAGGUCCCGUAAGUAGGACUGGAACCGCUGUGGCACAGAACCCCUGAUUCCCAUUCCCCAGAGCCAGCCCAGGAGGAUACCAUGUUCAGUGGUAUCAAAAGCUGCAGAGAGAGUGAGAGAGCAAGAAGCCGCAGCAAGGUUCCUCUCUCCCUGUCUUGCUUUCCGUAAAAGUCAUCCUUUACAAGUAACUCAUAACAGGCUUGAACCCAGACUGAAACAAAUCUGCAAGGCAGAUCCUGAUAGCGCAUGUUACAGUAGUCAAAUCGAGAUGUAGCUAAUACAUAUAGGACCAUAGUCAGGUCUGAGCAUAUCAGGAAUAGGUGCAACUGAUGUGCCAGCCAAGCGGGGGAAGCUCUACCCAUUAAAUUUCUGCUUCUCAUGCAGAUCUUAAUGGCACAUGAAUUGAGGCAGAAAAAAGGCUGUCUGCCCCUUUCCUUAUCCAUAUAUAUAUAUAUAUAUAUACAUAUAUAUAUCUCCAUAGGAAUUUGCUGAUUUUGAGACCUAGUCAGGCAUCCCCUAAUUAUGGUACAUGCAGUGUGUGAAACUAGUUUUCUGUUUUGUCUUACAGUAUAAUUACAGGAUUAGUAUUAAAUAUAGAUGGUUUUCUAGAGUCUGAAAUGCCACAUUUUCCUAAUGCAGAUAAGAAUCAUAAUGAGAAGCAGGGAUACAUUUGAAUUUGAAAACAGUCUGUAGAUACACAGUUUUGCUGAGAUACUGCAUAUGCCAUAUAUAUAUGGGUUGGGGGUUGGUGGAAACACUUAGUUCCACUCUGAAAUCAGUUUUAGCUGAGCCAGCAAUAUCCCGGAUUAGAUUUCAGAACCUGGACUGCAUUCCAUUCCGUACUUGUGAAGAGAACAGGAUUGCCAGUUCUUGAAAAUAAACAUUAUAGUACCCAGGCAGGGACAUUGGUGAAGCAUGGAUUUAAAGGUGACGUCAAGAUUACAGAGUUUUUAGGUGGGUCUGCAUGUGGAGUUCAGUGGUCUACAUUAGGCCUGGAGGUAAAGCUCAGAGCAAAAAUGGACUCUCCCAACCAAACUUUCCUAGUAGUUGCUCCCCCUCCCCCCCCCCCAAAAAAAUCCCAACCAGGAUUUACAAAAUGUUAAUAAUAUUCAGAAACCAGGGGGGCAACAAGAUCACUCUGCUUCUGACCUGAAAGUCAGCACUAGUUAACAAUGUAGGCAAAGGCAUACUAAGGCUGAAACUGCAGAGCUAGAAAUAAUCAGAUUUAAUUUUGCUCAUUUGAGCUUGGUCAAGAUGAUUUGUUUUCUCACUACAGCUAUUGAAUAGCAAAGCUAGGAAGACUGAAGAGGUGCAUGGUCACUGAACUUACCUUACCUUUGGGCUUUGUCCCACUGACAGCACCUCUAGCAUUUCUUGGCCUUUUGGACAGACUGUUUGCAAUUUGUUUUUCUAAACCCAUUGUGUGUUUACCUGUGCAUAGGUAUGUGCCAACCUUCACCCCACAAUCAAUAUAUUAGAUGUCCAAAGAGUAAGUCUUGCUCUCACUGCAGAACUUCAACAUGACUAUCACUCUGGAUUUGUAUUGGCAUAAAUCAUGGAUUUCAGCUGAAGACUAGUUAACUUAAGGUACUUUACAGAACAAAAGUUGUGUUCCCAGUGUCUCAUCCUACAUCACUCAGGAAGGGCCCUUGACCUUCUGGAAAGGUUUGGGGGGGCAUGGGUAGUUGCAGGGAGGACAUGAACUUCCUUAAGUUAUCUUAUCAGAGGAACUGAACUCAUGCUUUCCAUGCUAUCUGCUUCUCAUGCUUUCUGCGAUAAAGUUGGGGUUUUAAAGCCCCGUUUUGAAGUUCACCCUGCUUUUUGCUUUUAGAACACAGCAGAAAUGGUAAAUCUAUCAAAUUCAGCUUGUGUGCAAGUAGACAGAUGGUUAUAAAUUUUGUAAAAAUAACACGCUCAAGCUUAUGUUACAUCAAGAUAAAAAAUGCAGUGAAAACUUUAUAAACAGAACGUUGCUGUCUUCGGUUUGAAAGGGUCUGCAAAUAAACACUGAAGUCUGUGCUGAAAUAUAUGUUAUUUGUCUGAGUGAUAACAGUAAUACCAAUUUGUCAUUGUGUGCAAUAGUAAUAUUUAUAAUCCUAAUGAUAUGGCAACCCAUGAGUUCAACUGGAGGAAGCAAAAAAUAAUAAUCUUCUAAAUAAAUAGGAAUAAAACUGGGUUUGGUGAUGUUAAGUUCUAUAGAUGAGGAGUUAUGGCCAAGGGCAAAGACUCACUGAACAGCAAUGGCAGAGUGGAGGGACACUGGAUGCGGCCUUCACUGGUAGAAAUCAAGACUUGGAUGGCAUCCUGCCAUGCAUUCAUGAGCAUAAAACUUGGUGAAUGAUGUUUGCUCCAAAUCAGCUGUAAAGAGUGAGUUUUCCUGAGGAAAGCAGUGGGGCAAAUGGAAAACUGCUUGGACUCAUGCCUAGAAAGUAUGGGACAAGCAGAAAACUUUGGACCUGUGCCUUCUAGCUAUGGGGCAAGUGGAAGUAUGGGUAGCCCUGAAUGCCUUCAUUUCUGAGUAGCAGUGUUCCUUGAUGCCUCUCCUUUCCCUCAAACUCUCAAGGAUUGCAAGACUCCUGGAGCCUCAGUGGACAUUCUGUGGAAGCUCCAAAAAGGAGACUCAUCCAAUUCAUCCUCUUGCUUGCAGUUUUAGUAAUCAUUCAUUAACCUGUGUGUUUUUCUUAUGCACAACAUUCCUAGGAAGAUUUUGCACUGUACAACAUGUGCCACUUCCCCUCCACAGUAUCACCAGGUGUUAGUAAUAAAGAGUUAAUAAGUAACCAGGACUUAAUCCUUCAGUGGCAUUAAAAGAAUAUGAUUACUUAACUCCACAGAGUAAUCUAACUGUCCUCCAGCUAAAGUGAAACUCAGUUUCAAUUAACUCCUCAUUUGUUUUGGCUGUUCCCUACAAAAACACUUCUCUCUCUCUUUCUUUCAGAAUUUAUCAGAAUAUGAGAUGAACAGAUUCUGUAUAAUGGACCAGCCGUAAGUUUUCACUUUUUUGGCCUUCACAAAGUAGACAGAUGUUUUGUUGCAAUUCAUAGUUAAUUUUGUAUGAUUCAUAUUUAAUAUCCUCCUUUCAUUCCCCCUCCUUUUUUUUAACAUAGAAGAGAAUCAGAUCAUAACCUCAUCCAAACCGCUAUAUGUAUUUUGUGUUUGGAUUAGAACAAACUGGAUUGGCCUUGCAGAAUAAAUUCCACCUUUCGUUUGGGUAUAUCAGACUAUAUCAGCCAUAAACACUAUGAGUUUAUUUUAUUUUGUGAUUCAAUCAUGCACAAAGUAAACUGAAAAACAAGACAAAAACAAAAGCAAAAAAUAAAGAUCAGUCUCAAAGCAGCAGAUUGGACACAAUUAUAUUAGUCUGUUCUUAUUUCUGCAUUAUAUAUUAUUUCUGCAAAUAUAUUUAGUACAUUAAGUAUAUUCACACACACACACAUAUAUAUAACACAUAAAUUAAUAUAUACAAUGUAUAAAUGGUCUAAACAUUAUAAAUGAUUUCCUAUAAACAGUAAAAUGUACCAUUAUCAAAAGAAGAAAUAUUUGUUUAAAAAGCAAGUCAAAAAUAUAUUUGCAAAUGAUACAACUUCUAAAGGAAAGACAAAUUAACCCAGUCUCUAUUAAUUCAGCUUUACUUGAAAACCACGUAUGGUCUGUUCUGAUCCCUAUAUUCUUUUCUUAAUUAUUUGUGUGACUAAGUACCAUCUAUUUGAUACUUCACUAAGUAUUGACAUAUAAUGCCAUAAUGUUAAUUUUUUAUCACUUCCAGCUUGUUCUAAUAAUUUCCAAAUGAAGUCCUGUUUGCUAGACGUGUAUCCUUACUUCCAAAUCUGAGCUUAAAAAUCCUUGCUAGUGUAAUUAUACGCAGGACAGGUUACACUUUUUUUAGUUGCAGGUCUUGUAAGGUUUGCAUCUGAGCCCGCAGGUGUGUCCAGCACUCGCACAUACUCAAUGCACACCUUCAAGAGAAAGUGGAAUCUGUUAUGAAUACACAUUUACCCUUAACCUUAUGCCCCACACUGGGAAAGAAAGGUUGGUUUAUUACAUGAAAUAAAGGUGGGAAAGUAUAUGGAUGCUGUUUCAGACAGCAAACUUCCUGCUACAUAAAAGUAAGUCUUAGGUUGUGGUUCCAUACACACCUAUGUAGGAUUAAAUACCAGUGAACUGUUAGGUUUACUUCUGAGUAUCUAUGCAUAGGAUUGCACAUCAAAUUGCUCAAGCAAAACAGCUCUGAAGUAAAAGAAUUCUGAUCAGGACUCUUGUGUGAAAAUACCCUCCAAUAUUUGUCAUUCAGGACAUUUUCUAUUUAAAUAUCUUCUUAAUUUCUAAGUGCCUAAACAUUGGUCAUAGGUAAGUAAAAGAACCCUGGAAAAAUAACAUAUUUUUGUAAACAUUUGAGCCCAGAACUGUCUUUGUUUUCAACACAGUGACUGCACCAUAAUUAUAUCUGCUUCUUGAGAAUAUAUUUCCAAAUUACAGGCCCAAACCAGACAAUUAUCUGUAAGAUUCACACCAGUUUUUGCAACAUGCAAAGUACUAAAUUCUAGUCUCCCUUGCAGUGCUCAUUAAGCAGUAACUCAUGUGAGUUAUGUCUGGAAAGGUGAGGGUGAACACAGAUAUUUCAUAUUUUAUAUUCACAUUUUUUAAAAAAAUAUUGCACAUUGCUCACUAAAGCUUCAUGGUAUUCCUUGAUUGGUACCCAGGAAGAUUUGGCUAGCUUAGCUUAGCCCCCAACUUCCAGCUCUAUGGCUGCAGAGUUUAUUCCUCAUAGAGCUACAAUUCCCAGCACCCUUAACAAACUAUAACUCCUAGGUUUAUUUGGGGAAGAUGAUGUGCUUUGAAUGUGCUUUAAAGGUAUAGUGUGCGCACAGCCUGUUUCUCCCAUAUGAGCUCUUUCCUAGAAUGUUUCUAGUUGGUCUAAAAAGUUGGUGAAUGUGCAUUUUAAAGAUUUUUGUAUCCAGUUUCCUGUUUUAUUUUCGUUACAAAAAAACCCAAAAACUUAUUUCAGCUGGUGUUUGUAUGGGCAAUUUAUUUGCUGGCAGCCAUUCCCAUCAGUAAACAAGGGUCUGUCAUGUGGUGAUUCACAUUAUGUAACUGCUUCCUUAUGAGAAGAAAAUAUGCACCUAUAUUUACCAGAAUGCAAUAGAAGAUCGCUUAGAAGAUAAAGUGUAACCAUGGUGCCACAGUAUCUUUUUAAAACUUCCUCACAUGUUGCACUUGCUGGGUAACUUUGUACAAAGUCAUGAUCUUUCACUCUAUGGCCAUUUCAACGAUUGCUUGGGAGACUUUCACUUACACGUAAUACAUUAAUUUCCUACUCCACAUCCUUUGUUGAGAAACUAUUGAUGUAACAAUUCAGAUUCAGUAGGGUCAAAAAGAGAAGGAAGCAUAUCUUUGGGAGUGCCUGAAGUUUCAUGUGAAGAAAUUCCAGGAAGUAAUCAGCCGUCAUAUUCCAGAAUUCCCAUCAAAGGGUCUCUCUCAUAUACUCUUAUAUAAUAUAUUCUCCUUGAUUUAUCAGGAUUACUGAUAAAAGAAGUCUAUAAUUAUGGAAAUACAUAUUUUUUUCCUCUUUGUGAGUAUCUGGAACAAAUUAUGCAUUUGGAUAUGAAUAUAUUCUAACACACACACAUUAUGGGGUUAACAUGAUUUCAGAACGUGUGGCCAUUGUGCAUAUUGAGCACACAUCACAGAGAAUUAGCUGUGUUUUAGCAGCAUGAGCAGGCAAUAUGCAUAAUAUCCAGGUGAGGAAUUUGCAAAGUGGAAGAGUAAUGCAUGAAGUGCCCUAUUCAUGUUGCGAAGUCAUGCGCAUUUCCCAACAUCACUUGGAGACUAAACGUAUUCACCUGACAAUGUCCCCUGCUUAUGCUGUUCAGUUUUGCUUAUUCGCCAUGGUAUCUGUUGAAUCUGCACAACGGCUGACGUUUAUGCAUGUUCACCAAUGACUUCAAAUUAAUUACGCAUGCACUGACUUAUUUUUACAAAAUGAUGCAUCGUACCCUCACAGUGGAGUAGGAAAUGUGUGCAUCAAAACAAUUACAAUUCCAGUGCAAAGAAAUCAAAAUUCUUCAGCAUGAAAACUCAAAUGUAUUCAAAGGCAUGCAACCCGAUACAAUAUAUGCCUAUAUUGGUUUAUUCUGCCACAAUAAACAUAUCUUAGCAGCAGGGCACUUUUGUAUAUGCAAAUUUAUAUGUGUAGAUGCAAACUUCAGGGGAGAAAGCAAAGUUGAUUAUUUUCAAAGUUUUUUGGAGGGAGCAGUCAAUCUGAGACGAAAUGGAAAAACCCAGGGUGCAAGACUCCUGAACCACCUCCAGCAAUACCACUGUUUAGAAUGAGUAACAAUUUGCCCUGCUCAUCUGAACCAGAAGGCCCCAUGCAAGAUAAAAUAACAAAGAUGAGGCCUUGCCCUUUUUGCAAGGUCUGAGCCCCCCGCCCCCACCCUUCCCUCUUUCCAGACAGUCUGGUAGAAAGUACUGCACCUGGACCUCAGCAGUGAGAAGAAACUUGCCUUUCUCUCAAGCAUGAAGAAACUGCACAUUUAGAUUCUCAAGCUCUGUAAGGAAGGAAACUGUGAACAGAUGCAUCAAGUAAUCUGAAGUCCUAUCUCUUUUGCAUUCGACACUGAAGUUAUUUGUGCCUAGUGUGCUGUCGCCAUACACCAGGCCUCGUUCCAAUCUGAGGACCAGAACACUUGAUUGUUGCUAUGAUUGCCCCAUGCUAUAAAAGCCAUGUCACAAAACACAGCUGAAAUUGCCUUAAAGUAUUAUCCCAAACAAAAAGAGAAAAGUAUUCUCAAAUUUAAAACAGUUUUAGUUAACUAGUAAUAGUUUGAACUAUCUUUUUUUUAAUGGCACAUUGCAACCUAGAUUUGUAUUUUUGCUAUUUCAUAAAAAAGAGAAAUGUGCAAAUGAUUCCACAUUGGCACAUUUCCCCCUGUCUGUUUUUCCAAUUCUGUUUUGUUGUUCAUAGCAUUCUCUAAUUAAUUUCAUUUAAUUGAAAAUACUGGGCUUUAAUUAGCACAAUUACUAAUGAAUUAGCACACUAACUGUGAACUUCCGUGCAUGUUUACUCAAGUGUUAAAUGGGGCUUACUCCUUGAUGAGAGUGCAUCAGACUGCAGUCUAAGUGGGAAGACAGUUUACCUCUUUUAUGUCUUUAAGAUAUAUUUCUCCUGGACAGCUCACUUUUAAGAAAUGCAAAUUCAAAAUUCUGUUCUCCCAUACAAGGUAUAAGCCCACUGUCUUUUUGUAAAACAACAAACAACUGGCACAAAUAGUGCAGCAAACACGGGAAAACAAAAUGUUGUUGUAUUUUAGUUUUCUUCUGCAACAAAAUAAACCCAAUUCCUCUGCCAUUAUGUGUCAUGGUAUCCUAAUAAUGGAAAUUUUAAAUCACUCAUAUUCCAUGGUCUGAGAGCUGCACAAAUAAUGGAAAAAAUUCUGUGGUAAACCAUUUUCAAACAGCAAAUUUCCAGUUUCAUGUUACAUUCCUAAGACAUAAAGAGGGAGAUGUUUCUGUCUCUUUACCAAGUAUAGAGUAACCCUAUACUCACUUACCUGGCUGUGUGCCCCAUUGAACUCAGUAUGGUUUACUUCUGAGUAGACAUGUAUAAAACUAUGCUGUGUGUUUCUUUAGCUAUGUUGCUUGGUUAAAACAUUUGAAAUACUUCAGGAAAAAUUAUUUUUACUGAUACAUAUAUAGAUAUAUUAAAAGACGCCUGCUUAUGGGAGAAAAGCAAUAACAAACCUAGACAGCAUCUUAAAAAGCAGAGACAUCACCUUGCCAACAAAGGUCCGUAUAGUUAAAGCUAUGAUUUUCCCAGUAGUGAUGUAUGGAAGUGAGAGCUGGAUCAUAAAGAAGGCUGAUCGCUGAAGAAUUGAUGCUUUUGAAUUAUGGUGCUGGAGGAAACUCUUGAGAGUCCCAUGGACUGCAAGAAGAUCAAACCUAUAUAUUCUUAAGGAAAUCAGCUCUGAGUGCUCACUGGAAGGACAGAUCGUGAAGCCGAGGCUCCAAUACUUUGGCCACCUCAUGAGAAGAGAAGACUUGCUGGAAAAGACCCUGAUGUUGGGAAAGAUGGAGGGCACAAGGAGAAGGGGACGACAGAGGACGAGAUGGUUGGACAGUGUUCUCGAAGCUACUAACAUGAGUUUGACCAAACUGCAGGAGGCAGUGGAAGACAGGAGUGCCUGGCGUGCUCUGGUCCAUGGGGUCACGAAGAGUCGGACACGACUAAACGACUAAACAACAACAACAACAAAUAUAGAUAUAUAUCUAUUGCUUUAAUGAGAUGUUAAAACAAUACAUUGUCAGAUUUUGACCUGAAUCUUUUCGCUAAACAAAAAUGGUUCCAUAUUGAAGUCUCGGAUUCAAACCACUACUUAAUAGUUAAGCCUAGGGUCUAAGUUAUGAUCAACAUAUGGUAAGAUCCAGGCCUCCACAGCACCAUUGGGUGAACCUGUAUUUCAGGGAUGGAGAACCUGCAGACCACCAGAUCUUUCUGGGCCCCAAUUCCCAUCAGCAUAGGCAAUGGUUAGGGAUUUUUAGAGUUGCAGUCCAAUAACGUAUGGAGAGCCUCUGCUUCCCUAUCUCUCCUGCAUAAUAACAGGUAAGGCAAAAAAUCAAGCCUUUUAGUUGAUAUGAAGCAAAAGUCCCCCACUGACUGAAGAAGCAAUCAAAAUAAUUUUUAAAAAACAAUAAAAGCAGAAGUGUUAACUGUACCUCCAAACUGCGAUUUUGUUCUCAAGGGAAAUUAACUGUGGCUGGAACAGUUGCUAAGUGAAUCAUGAAGACAGAUCUGGCAUGAGAAUGUGCUGUUUUCAUGAAUGCCUUCUGACUGUCAGUGUUUCCUAGUAGAAGUGGAACUGUACUACCUAAAAGGAGUACGUGUGGCCCUCCAGAUGUUGUUGCACUGCAACACUCAACAUCCCUGGCCGUUGGUUUUGCUGGCUGGGACUGAAGGGGAACUGGAGUCCAACAAGGAAUCUUGGAUGUGCAUUGGCACAACUUGUUUUUAUGUCGGGACUGGAAGAUUUUGCAGAUCCUGCAAAAUACGGUAACCUCAAUAAUGCCAGGUCGGAAUGAGCAGGUUGAGGACCAGAGAGCUUGUGUGACUGCUCUGUCAUAUUCCAGCUAGAACCCUAAUUACUCCAAAUCUGCUAAUUGACUGUAUGUAUAUUUAACACACAUGACUGUCCUCAAAGAAGCCUGGGAAACAUAGUUUGUUUAGGGUGCUUGGAACUGUACAUCUGUGAGGAGUAAACUACAGUAUAACAUUUACGGAUCUGUCAAGGUCACAAAACCUUACAAGAAGAGAAAUGAUUCAUUUUGGAAUUAGGUUUCAAACCCUCAUGGUUGAAACCAGGUGGUGACAUUGUGAAACUCCAAGAGGCACACAAAGUAGCAAAAACAAAAUAAAAUAACAUAAAACAAUUUUUUAAAAAACAAUUCCUUCCAGUAGCACCUUAGAGACCAACUAAGUUAGUUAUUGGUAUGAGCUUUCAUGUGCAUGCAUGCUUCUUCAGAUAGCAAAGAACAGGUGUUGGAGGCACACUGAAGAAGCUGCUUAAUUUUAGCAUCUUCCUGAAUUUGAGAGUGUGAUAAUAUCUGUAGUGCCCAGACCCAGCAUUAGAGAUGGUGCAACUACUACAGUAAAGACUGGAAGCACUCUUCUCAAAGCAUCUUAUUUCACAUGACCCCACAAGAUGCUUCAGCCCACAUAACUGACCAGAAUAGGACCAGAGCGGGUGGUGCUAUGCUCAGUUCCUUUCCAUUGGGCAUGAGGGGGAAGUACCCAACAGCACCCAGUCAGGAUGCAAUGUGGAAAACAUCUGAAUACACCUCUGCACUUGGACUUGAAUGCCCAGGUUCAAUGUCCGCACCACACAUUCAAAGCACGCGGCUUUCCCCAAAGAACCCUGGGAACUGCAAUUUUCUAAGGCUGCUGGGAAUUGUAGAAGUCAGCUACAGUACUCAGGAUGGGGAAAGCCAGGUGCUUUAAAUUUACAGCGUGGGUGUGUUAGUCCAUUACAUGACAGUGGCCAGCAGCAAUGAAAGUGCAUUGCCUGUUGUUUUUCCAAAAGUGUUCUGUUGUGCCAGUAGUGGUUUAGUCAUGACCCGGAAAGCUGUCUGUGAACAAACGCCAACUCCCUCAGCCUGAAGCGAGAUAAGCACAGCACCCCAUAGUUGCCUUUGACAGGACUUAACCAUCCAAGGGUCCCUUACUUUUCCAAAAGUCCUACUUGAGCUCUGUAACUCUCCAACGGUUUGAGUUAUGCCAGACUCCCAAUGUAAAUUUGACUCCCAAGCUGCUGUUCAGCCAUUGGUGCUACUGGUAGCUUUCCUUCCAAGGCAAAUAGCAGCUCUGCAACUAUCUGUGGGUACAUCACGACUGUGGUAUGGUUCAUCUCCUCCUCCCCAUGCAGGAAACAUAGUCCAAAUCCUAAAUCCUGAUCCUAUUUAAGUAUUUUUUAAAAUAGGAAAUGUAUUCACCCAUUUCACACACCAUCCCACUGACGAGAUUUCAGCAUGCGUGCACACAAGCUGUAGUUCAUUUCAGCCGCUGCUGUGGCUGCUACCACAAUCAGCUGACAGUUUUUGCCUGGUUCCAGGUUUAACAGUGUUUUAACAUGCAGCCCCCUCACUUUUCAAGUUCCUUCACAAAAUCUGUUCUUGCUCAUCGAAGAGGAACAAAGGGUAGUGUUGCAAAACCCGGUUGCCACGUUACUCUCACUAUACACGGUAUCUUCACAGCCCCUUGCCUUUGUUUAGAUCAGUGAGUGUUUGCUGCUAACACUCCCUGGGUGACCUUUCUUUUCCUGCGAAGGGAGCGGGUCAGCACGUUGCAUUCCCAUGUUAACCCUCCCUUUACACUUUCUUUUCAGCAGCAUUCCUGGGCCAAAAGCAAUGAGGUAGCACAAAUGAAUAGGCACUUCAAGAAAGAUACCGGUUGGCAAAGACUAAGGUUGUGUGUGUGCAUUACUGAUUUAAAACACAGCUUGGUCAUUCUCCCCCCCCUCCCCCCCAUAUGCAUCGAAGUUCCUUUAGGAGAAAUGCUUCAAAACACAGCAUUUCAUAGGAAACAACAGGGCACCUGCAGGAUAUGGUUUGUACAGCGCUUGCCCAAGCAGUGGUGGGUGCACGUUGGAUGCAGGGUAAAUGGAAGUGUGUGCACGUUGUUGUUGUUGUUUUGUUGUUUAGUCGUUUAGUCGUGUCCGACUCUUCGUGACCCCAUGGACCAGAGCACGCCAGGCACUCCUGUCUUCCACUGCCUCCCGCAGUUUGGUCCGACUCAUGUUUGCAGCUUCGAGAACACUGUCCAGCCAUCUCGUCCUCUGUCGUCCCCUUCUUCUUGUGCCCUCCAUCUUUCCCAACAUCAGGGUCUUUUCCAGGGAGUCUUCUCUUCUCAUGAGGUGGCCAAAGUAUUGGAGCCUCAGCUUCAGGAUCUGUCCUUCCAGUGAGCACUCAGGGCUGAUUUCCUUAAGAAUGGAUGCGUUUGAUCUUCUUGCAGUCCAUGGGACUCUCAAGAGUCUCCUCCAGCACCAUAAUUCAAAAGCAUCAAUUCUUAGGCGAUCUCUCACUUCCAUUCAUUAUUACUGGGAAAACCAUGGCUUUAACUAUACGGACCUUUGUUCGCAAGGUGAUGUCUCUGCUCUUUAAGAUGCUGUCUGUGUGUGUUCACAGCCUGACACAAACAGCAUCUCAAGCAAAAGAGAGCAUGAAAUGAUCAUGGGAAGCAUGAUGCGCACACAUUGAAAUUGACACGGAAGAGAACAUGCUUGCCUUUCAUGUGCACAGAAGACGCAAUCUGCGCAGAUCCUCCACACUGAAAGAGAGCCACUGCAGUGUAGCAGUUAAGAGUGUCAGACUAGGACCUGAAAAGCAGAGUUCAAAUCCCCACUUGGCUAUGAAGAAGGCUCACUGGGUGAACCUUGGGCCAGUCACUGUCCCUCAACCCAGCCUACCUCACAGGGUGGUUGUGAGGAUAAAAGGUGCUGGAAGGAAAACUAUGUACACCACCUUGAGCUCUUUGGAAGAAAAGUGAGAUAUAAAUAAUAAAAAUGGGAUUCCAAAUAUGUUUGGAUGCAGCCCACUUUAUGGAAGGAGCAUAAGGAGAGUCCUGUGGGCACAGAUCCACAGAAAACCAACAUUCUUUCUCCAACAGCAAGUCGGCCGGGAACACCAGGAAAAACUCUUCAUAGAAUCACACCAGGAAGAACCCUUCCCGGUUUCUUGUCUCCAAUAUCUGGUAUUCCGAGGUAGUCUGCACUGGAACAUGGAGGCUCUGCAAAGCGAACUUUGUGUGUUGUUGGGGGGCGGGCGAGGCAUCCCAUUGCAAGAGAGGAGGGCCUUUCAAGGCAGCAGAACGUGCAGGAAACUCUUCCAGGUAGCAGCCGCUUCAAAGCCCCGGGACGGCGGCAGGAAGUGUUCCCAGCUUGAUCCCUGGGAUGAAACGCCCGCGGCGCACGAGGCAAAGCCGCCAGGACGUCAGGAAGGACUUCAGCCCCAGACGGGGGUGGUUUUGGACACGCCCAAUAGGUGCGGAUCUUCAAGUUUGCACAAACACCCUAUUGCCAGGCAAGCUGGCUCCGUCACAUGACCCCCUCGAAACAUGAAACCCGGCCGGGCGCUCGGGCAAGUUUUGCUUCUCGUCCCAACGCACGAGGAGUCGCCUGGCGGGCCGCGCGCAAAGGCGGCGCUAAGGGGAUCCGCGAGGAGGCGAAGCAGCCAGGGGAGUCAUCAAGGGGAAUCCAGCCUUUCUCUCUCGGGAACGAGCCAGGAAGCCCCCCUCAGUCCCUGCCGACUCGGAUGCCCGUUUGUCCGAGGCAGUCGCCUCGCCUGGCAGCAUGGACAAGUUCAAUAAAAUCACGGUGCCAGCGGGACAGAAGUUCAGGUAUGGUUUGAACCGUGUCCCUUGUUUUCUUCUCGCGCUUUUACGCCAAGGCGCAGAGGCUGUUUCUUUCUCGGAGGCGCGCACGAGGGGGAUCUGGGGGACAGAAGCAGGAAGAGAUCUUGUGGCACCUUAAAAAAAAAUGGGGGGAAAAUAAUAGGGUUUCCUUUUCUAUCUGGCGAACUGGCUUGUCUUCCACGAAAGCUUAUGUCAUUAAAAAAAAAGUCUUGAAGGUGCCACUAGAGUCCUUGCUUGCAGCAGGCUGACACCCUUAACCCCUCUUUGGAAAUGGCCAGGGAGGAUAAAUUUGUAUGUAAGAAGAUAAAGCAAUCGAGGGAGGAUUCAAAAUGGUUGUUAGGGUAGCAAGCUGCAGAGCUGUACAGUUUUCUCAAAUGGGACUCAAAAGCAUUCAGGGAAGAAGACUGUCUACAAUACUUUGAUGGGAUAGUAAACAACAACAACAACCUGUGAAUCGCUUGCUUCCAGAUUGUUGCUAGCUUGGGGUGGGAUUCAGUGGCAUACCAGCAAAUUCAGGUUGGACAAUUAUGGCAACAAACUCACAUUCCCGGAAGAUUGGAUGUUUGGUGAGAAGGAAUGGGAAAGGAAUAGGCAACAUCAUCUAACCUCCCCACUAACCAAGCAGAAUGCGUGCUCAGUGAAAUAGCCAAACAUCAUCUCAUCUCCCUGCAAACAAGUCAGGAUGAAUGUGCAGUAAAUAUGUCAUCUUGAAGCACCUUACGUUUCCCUCUUGAGAAAUGCUUCUUCCUUUGUUGAGUGUCAGCCGGUCACUAAAGGUGCAGUAGCCCAACCAAGCUGGCAGGUUUGCGCCUCAAUAUGCCAGCACGUAUUCAGAACGUCUGGGGGCCUGACAUUUGUUUAAAUGAGGAUACACUAAUGCUCCCUGUGUUCCCUUGUUGUGCUUUUCUCUCUUUUUUUGCAAAUUCAAGAAGCAUUGCUGUUUAUCACAUUGGUGCAUGCAUCCUUCCUUUGUGUGGGCAGUGCCACUAUCUUUGAGCUGUUCCUCUUCUCUGCGUUGGGCAUCCAUCUAGAAUUUGCACAGGUGCUGCACAGUUGGCAGGAAGUGAAUGUGCGAGGUGGUGGUGGUUUUUUGCAUGAAACUCUUCAAUAGCUUUUAUGGCAGCUUUCAGAUUUAUAUUGCAAAGACAAAAAUUAGUCAUGGUCGGUUGACCGGUUACUGAAUGCCUUCCAAAGAGAUCUCCAAAGAGUAGGACUUCUCUGUCUGCUUCACAAGGGAAAACCAACUACUGCAGAUACACAUGUGUUCUACAGGUGUUUCUGCAGCAAACAUGUCAAGUUUGGGUGAUGCCAUGCAGGUGUGACUCAGCUACACCUGUCUGGGAACUUUAUAUGACAAACUGGCCUUGAGACAGAGUGUUUCUGAAAGUGCUGUACUGAAAAUUAAUUUGAAGAAACUGAUGGCACGAGCAAUCCAGUGGAUAAUUAACAGUGCCCAUGGGACUUUUGAUGAUGGGACAUGUAAAAAUGUUCUGUGAGCCAAUCGAUCUAGGGGAAGAUAAUUUGGUUGGAAUAAAAAGUAAAAUCUAAGAAACCAUAAUUUUAUGGAUUGCAUUUCUAGACUUCCAUUUGUCCUAUAGGAGCACAGAGCAGUUAACAAAAUAGUAAUAUAUGAAACAAAAAGUAUAUGCCUCUUAAUUGUAGUAAAAUUGCAGUAAACACUUUACAAGAAACAUUUAAGCCAUCAGUAAAAUCAUCGACAAACAAUAACAAACCAGUAAUCGUAAGCACUUAAAUUUACAUACCUACAAAUGCCACAGCAAUUAUACUUUCCAGCAGAUUAAAAAAAACUAUUAAUUCGAGGUUUUAUACAGAUAUCCCACCAAGCAGCUCAAGGUGACGUACAUGGUUCUCCCCACCACCACCACUUUAUCUUCACAACAACCCUGUGAGGGAUGGUGACUGGCCCAUGCUUACCCAGUGAACUUCGUGGCUGAGUGGAGAUUUGAACUUUGGUCUCCCAGGUGCUAAUCCAACACUAAUCUCUACUACACCAUACUGGCUCUUUGAUAUGAUGUCAGUGAGGAAUGAUAUCAAUGUGGGGAAACAAAUGCAAUUACAUACACAUAAGGCAAUUGGAUGUUAAUGAGUUACCAGUGCUUUGAGGGUGCAGGAAGGAACAGGUAUGCAGUAAAGGUAAAACCCUUGUCCGAUGUUCAUCACUGUGCUUGGAGCAUGGAUAAAACAGUACAGGAGCGCUGACAAAGCAUGUAAUUCGUCAGCCCAUAUUAGCUAAAGCAAUUAUUGCAAACGAGCAUUUGGCAGAGGAUGGCUGAAUAGCUAAGCCUAUGUCUGUAAAUUUUGCAGGACUCUCUGUUCUUUCCUGACAGAGACAGAGAGAAUUUAUCUUGCCCAGUGUGCUAAUUCAUCUCAAGUCUUGCAAGAAGGCAGGAUAUAUCUUUAAACAAAUAUCUAACACAAUUGUAUAAGUGUGGCUGCUUGAAUUUAGCACUGUUGUUCAGGACUUUUCUCCACAGAAUAAGGGAGGAGCCUGGAGUCGGUGUUGUGUUGAAUACCACCUCCUGCCGAAACUUCUACAUGUAGUAGCAUGUCGGUACUGCUAGACACUUUUCAAAGAGGCGCAGUCUGCAAUCCCACGCAUAUUUAGUCGGGAAUAAACGCUACCAGAGCUAAUAGGACAAGAAGUGCUCGAAAGCGGGGGCACAAUGACGUGAGUGGGAACUUUUGCAGCUCCCCACCCCCACCUCGAUGGUGAGAAAGAACAUCCCACAAACUCAUGCAUACACUCUUUGGACACUUGCUGCUACGUGCAAAGCUUGUUCCUCCACCACUGCUCCGUCAUAGAAAUUAAAAGGGAAAUGAAGCAGGAUAAGAAUUAAAGACGAUAGCAGAGCUUGUUAAGAGUGUUGUGGACAUCUGGGAGAAGACAGCAUAGAACCCAGAAAAGCAGUUGCUCCGGAGAUCAAGCAAAGGCCCAGAUUCUAUUAGGAGCAUAGGAAACUGCCUUAUUCUGAGCCACAUCAUUGAUGCAUCUAGCUCAUUAGUGUAUACACUGACUGGCAGCAGCUUUCCAGGCUUUCGGACACGGGGGGCUCGCAGUCCUAUCUGGAGAUGCCAGAGGUUGAGCCUGGGACUUUCUACAUGCAAAGCAGUUAACUAUAUGGCCCCUUCCAUAUCCAAGUGAUCUGCUCACACAUUAAUCAGUAAGAGGUGUUCAGCAGUGGAAAGGACUACCUCAGAAGGUGGUGGGUGGACUCUCCUCCAUAGGAGGUUUUUAAGUAGAGGUUAGAUGGCCAUCUGUCUGGGAUACUUUAGCUGUGAUUCCUGCAUUGCGGGGGGUUAGACCAGAUGACCCUUGGGGUCCCUUCCAGCUCUGGAAGUCUAUGAUUAUAGGAGUGAGGCCACACUGAUCAGCUUUGCCCUUGGCAUUGUGCCUUCCAGUUAGCUCCACCUCUGGCAUUCUCACAUACAGCACACUUGUAUCCUCAGGGUUCCAGAUCACACAGAAUGCACAAAUGUUCUCUGCCUGCAAACAUUUGCACUGCAAGUCUGGAUGCCAGCUGGAGCAUACAAACUAGCGGGUGCAAUCCUGUCCACACUUUGAUUGGACAAGUGAACACGUCCCUUUAAUAAGGCUACCAAAGUAAUAAGUUGUAGGAGGGAAUUUAGAAGAAAAGAAAAUAAUUUGAAAGACAGAGUUUCUGGCUGUUCCAGAAACUGAGGAUAACAUAGCAGAAACUAGCAAGGUGGAAGUUUAAGUUACAAGGAAGAUGAUAUAUGAGAUUGACCUUUUUUCCCAAUACAGUGGACGCGCAGGUUGCGAUUCAGCGGUUCUGCGCAUGCGCAAAGCACAAUUUAGCACUUCUGCGCAUGCGCAACCGCCAAUGCCCGGAAGUAACCCAUUCCGGUACUUCCAGGUUUCGGCGGUCCGCAACCCGAAAGAAACGCAACUUUAAGCAACUGUAACCCGAGGUAUGACUGUAGUCUCUGUGCUGUUAACAGGCAUUCAACAGGCAGAAAUGCAGCAAUCCCCACACCUGAACAGCUUCACCCCUCUGAUCACAUUGAGUGAAGGCGAGAUCCAGGUUUCCUCAAACAGACUCCUCCACGUGGCUGGGAGCCCCAUCUGUGAGGGGUUUCCAGUCGCAUGGAGGAACCUAUGGAAGUCAAGCUGUCUUCCCCCUUAAGACCUUUACCAAACAGGCAGAGAUCAGAGAGGCAGAGCUGGGCAGCAUGUAACCUCACAGGUGGGACCAGCUGCCUGUCCUACUCUCCCUUAUCUAAAUGUUAUCUUUCAGUGCAGCAGAUAUAUGAACAGGGCUUUAUAGCCACACAAUCAGAUAGACCGCGUUAUUCCCCAGAAGCACUGGGAACAUUUUGACUACCUAAAUACUCCCAGAAUUAUUACUGUCAUGCACUUCCUAAAAUAUGCACUGGGAAGUUGGCUUGAAACAUGAAAUGAUGAUGGUCAUCGUAAGAGGACCCCCCUUUUAGCCUAUAAACAUUUCAGCUAAAGAAACAAGGAAGCUAACGAAAUCCCACCAAAGCAGCCGACGUUCAUCGCCAUGAGCAGGUCUAAUGAUAGCUUAGAGACAGUAUAAAGAAAAUCAGCCGUACAGGCCACAAUCUUCUGCUUUCGCUCCAGCUACUUCAUUGUAUAAACAAGCAUUCAUCUACCUUAAUAACAUGCUUUGCCCUGCUUCACUUUAAUAGAACUACUCAUGCUUAACAGAAAUUAUUUGAGUGACCUUUCGAGAUACCGCUUCUGGUCCAGUUAUGUGGAAUGAAAUCAGUGGGACUUACUUCCCAGUAAACGUUAUGAGGACUAAGUGUUUGGCAACCAGCAUUUUAAAGCUUGGUUUCCCAUUUUGUAUGUACAGGAAUAAAUGGGAGGUGGGGGUGUUCUGCCCAGGUUGAGGUGUGUACAUGUCAUAGGCAGCAAUGACUGCUGUACAGUAAGCAAUAGAAACAGAAAUAAUGUGUGUAUCGGGGCGGAGACCAGGAUAGAAAGAUGUGGGGGACUGUUUUUCCCCAAGCAUUUGUUUUAUUUUUUCCAAUGGAGAAAAAAAUUGUGAGAAAUUGAAAAACAUCUUUAUGAUCUAUUUUCCUUUUGUAGAAUAACAAAGAUAACGUUUUUAAGGCAGGUUUUACAAGUAUUCCUGAAGCUGCACUGUGCUCCCUUAGAAUGAUUUCUAGUACCAGUAUACCGUAUUUUUCCAUGUAUAAGAUGCCCCCUAUUUUGGGGGACUCAAAAUUAAGAAAAUGAGGAGAGAUAGCCCCCAUGUAUAAGACUACCCCCCCUUUUUAACAUUCUUUUUUAGUAAAAAAAACAAAAACAACAUAAUCUUAUACAUGGAAAAGUACGAUAAUAACUAUGUGAUGCAAUAUAAAGUGUUGGGUAAUUGCAAAUCCCUCCAUUCUUGCGGUGGCUAAUUUGCAACCCCUGCAGAUGACAUUGUGGGACUCCAGCUCCUAUCAGACCCAGCUGUAAGAACAUAUGAGGAACAGCCUGCUGGAUCAAGCCAGCAUCCUGCUCUCACAUUGGCCAACCAGGUGCCUGUGGGAAGCCUAAAGCAGGACAUGAGCAGAAAACACUCUUCUUCCACUCCUAUGCUCCAGCAACUGGUAUUUAUUCAGAGGCAUGUUGGCUCUGUAACUGAAGGCAAUAUGUAACCCCACCAUGUCUAGUGGCCAUUGACAGCCUUAACCUUCUGCAUGGCCGAUAGUUAAGGAUGAUGAGAGCUGGAGUUGUGGAACAUCUGGAGGGCCAGAUGUAAACUGAAGACAACUCAAAUCCAAUGCUGCUUGGCUACAGAUAGAUAAUUAACUCUUUUAAAGAGAGGUGGAGACAGUUUGAAAGAGGAAUUAUUGUUUCUUGCAUUUUAAUCGUCCCAUGUUGUGGAGAUAUACCGUAGAUAUUUAUGGUGGCAUUUUUUUCUGUUUCUGGAUCAUUAUUUCCUAAAUCAAAUGUGUGUUUCUAAAAACAAUAACCAAAAAAACCUACCCUACUACAGCACUGUUUUAACCCCCAUGAUACUUUUUGACGCUUCAGGGUGCCUCAGUUUUGAUGCUCCAUCUGGGUUUAUAUGUAAUGAUUUGAAUAAACUGACAGUGUAAUUCAAUACAUGUUUACUUGGAAGAAAGUCCCACUGCAUUCAUUGUGGCUUGCUCUAAAUGUGUGCUGGGUUGCAACUGAUAGAGUGUAUGCUUCUGAAUUUAACAAAUAUAGCCAACAUGUACAAUUUCAUGUACUCUGAUAUACAUAAUGCAUUUUAGGUUCCAAACGUAGUAAAAUAGGCUUAGAACUGACAAGAAAGUAAGUGCUGCAUAUAUUUCUAUUUCCACACCAAUUUCCUUCUAUUUUAUGGAGAAGGGAAGAGUGAGGAUUUCCCCGUCACCCUCAGCUUCGAAAUAUUUGGAAAUUGUAUAUAUUUUACCAUUCUUCUACAUAAACCAUUUUCCUCAAUUUGUCUCUUUAAAAAAAUGGAUAAUUGUAACACCUCUGGAACACUGUUACAGUGUUACAGAGGAACAAUAUGAAGCACAUCUUUACAUAAAUGCUGAUGAAACAAUGACUUGGUUCACAUGUCAUGCAAGGCCAAAGCAAUGGCUUUAGUGCAGGAGUGGAGAACUUCUGCCCUGGGCCCAUAGGCCAGUCUUGGGCCAGAGCCAUGAGUCACCCACCAAUCAGCUGAUGGACAGGGGAGGUCAGUCCUGCCCAGUUAAGAGUGUGCAAUAGAGCUCCCUUGUACACCUGAACCCGGCAGAAGCAGGACAGAACGUCAGUCGUGGUCUGUUCAGGAGCAGUAGGUUCCCUUUGCCUGCCAACCACCUGUCAAAUCAUCUGACACCCCAAUGAUGUGUGACUGACAAGUGGGUUGUUAAUAUUACUUUCAUUUCUUGUUGAAGUAGAAUGCCAGACUUUAAAAAGCAGCAACAACAACAAAAGUGUGCUAUUAAAUAUCAGCUCCACUAAUUAAAAUAAAUUAACUAAGCAACUGAAGCAGUAGUCAAUUCAUCCCCUAAUUAAAGUUGGCAUACUUUAACAAAACAAAAAAAAGUUUGUUUUGGUAAGAGUUCUCUCACUGAUAAGUAUGUGAUCGAAGGACAUUUUAAAAGUAACAAAUAGCCCGUGCAGUCUCCCAAUACUUGUAAUUUGAAAGGAGCUGUGCAGUGCAGUCCCAGACACACACACCUGGGAGUGUAUCCCAUUGAAUUCAAUGGAGCUUACUUCUGAGUAAGCAUGGGUAGGUUUGCACUGUUAAUUGUCUCAGGUUUCUCAGGACCCAAAGGUACAUUCAGCAAAACAUUGACCCUGAGAUGUCUUUAACUUUGGAUUCACCUGCUUCUAUUUUUUUAUGAAGCUAAACAGAAACCUGUUUGACCUCUUCUCAUCUGUUUGUUUUGUAUGAUGGCUGUCAUUUCAGCUUCUUACUUUGCACGCUUGUUUCCCAGACCUGACUGACGUUAUAAUCACAUGUCAUUGGCCAGCAGGCUUUUCUAAAUAGAGAAGAACCUUCAAGGAGUGUGACGCUUAAUAAAAGGAAAAGCAGAAGCACUUGAUGAAGAUAACCACACAAAAUCUCAGCAGGAAGGCAAGGAAGGGCAAUCUGUAAGAUGUGACAAAAUUUUCAAUAAAGAUCCAGUAGAGCCGUGUUGAAAGCUGGUGUUCCAAAGGUUGCAAGGAAGUGCAUGGCUCUGGGGAAGCAAGUGUAUCUCACAUUUUGUGGGACAUCAUUACAGCUGUCAUUCAUGUCCCCAUGAGAAGCAGCUGCUUUUCCUGUAUAAACUUCUCAGAUGGGGAAAUCUGACCCAUGGGUCAAACUCCAUGCACUGAUACCACUGUUAUUGCCAGUCCAUCGUGGGUAUGAGUGCUUCCCUCCCAUGCUUGGCCUUUUGUAUGUUGGGCCCUCUUUUUUUGUACGUGACAUUUAUUGGCAUCUGUCUGCCUCGGGAGACAAUGCAGUGCGCUUCCAGGGGUGAAGUCUAACCACUGCAUUAGCAACACCCAAGUGACCUUUCUAGGGUGCAAGCUUGGGCAGUGUAUAUGGAAAGCCUGGGCUGCCCAGAUGACAGGACCUCCCUCUUGCCCCCUGAUGUGGUCCAAAGCAGAGCAAUAUGUUUGCUUGGCUGCAUGAGUUGGCGGAAGGUGAUGCACAAGGUGCUAUCCAACCAUCUUAGGGACUCCACUCCAGGUCUGUGUAGGGUUUAUUCCUUAGCCUCCCCCCGCCCAAGGCAGUGGACGUUCAGGAUCAGAGUUAUCCUUCUAGAAGGGCUACCUUCCCAGGUUGAUGAGCUCCAUCUGCUCUUCAGUUCCCUCUACAGCAUGUGCAGAAACUUCCUUCUUGACCCACUAUUGGUCUCGUCCGCUCCACCACUGGAGCUUAUCGCAUGCAGCAGGAAGUCCCUAAUUCACUGAGGGCUUGAGACCCAUCAGCUACCCUCACCUGGUUUAGCCUGCCUGUCAAAGCCAUUCCUGAGGUAUGGCCAUUUUAGAGUUGUCACAUGCAACUCUAAAAAACCCUUUAUCUCUUUCCACAGAAAGGAGUUCAUCUUAAAUCCACGUUGUUUGUAGCUAAGAGUGAAAUAUCAUUGUCAAGUGUGCAUAUGCUGAGCGCGUUGCUCCAAAACAUGAUCUCACAAUUUUGUUCUUGAGCACUGCACUUAUAAACGCCAAACCUUUCAGGAGUAAAACAUUUACUGGAAGUAAAAACAGACUGAUUUAUGAGAAUGAAACAAGUGACAGCCCAAAGUUAAUCAGCCUAUUGCCAUGACUGUUUACUCAGAAAUAAGUUGACUCCAUAGGACUUACUGCCUAGCAUUGUAUAAUUUGUUCCUUAAAACUAGAGGGACUUAGUCACAAAUCAUUUGCCCUGUUUAUUUCAGCAGGAUUUAACCGCGGCUUUAUCUAGAUUGGGACCCCAUGCAGGAGAGUUCUCUGGACAGGGAUCAUAGCUCAGUGGUAGGCAGGGCCACCCAAGACAUUUUGUGGCCUGAAGCAAUGGGCGAGGUGUCACCUUUUCUCUUCCACAAACAGCCACAUACUCAGCUGGCAGUUGAGUCUUACUUAAUUACUUAUUGACGAUGGCACAGCUUCCUGCAUUGCAUCUGAGGACAGCUUAAGGCGGGCAGGGCAGUUCUGCAUCUGCCGUCUGAAGCAGUUGCCUAACUUUCCAAUGUUAGGGAUGGCCCUGAUGGUAGAGCACAUGAUUUGCAUGCAGAAGGUUCCGGGGCAAACCCUGCCAUUUCCAGCAUAAAAGCAUGAAGUUACAGAUGACUGGGGAGAGCUCUGCUGAGUCCCCAGAGAACUGCUGCCAAUCACAGUAGACAGUCCUAAGGUAAAUGGAUAAAAUAGCCUGGCUCUGGUAUAAGGCACCUUCCUGUAUACUAAAACUCUGAUUUCUAUCCUACAGAAAUGUACAUUUAGAAGUUCGUGUAUUGUGAGUCAGGAUGUGCCUUGGCAAAUGGGAGGGUGAAGAGGGAAGGGAUCCUUGAUUCUUAAAACAUUUUCCAAAUCGGCUACUAUGUUUUUGCUUUUGUUGUUUUAUUUGGUGCUGCAGUUUACCUGUUUCAUUAUUUGUUUUUAUAUAUGUAUUGUUUUUAGUAAAUCAUUUAGAGACUGUUUCGGUAUUAAGCAAUAGAUAAAGAUAUGUAAUAAGUAAAUAAAUAUAAUAAGAAAAAUAUAUUUGCAAUAUCCAUUAUUGACUUAAUAUUUGCAAAUAUCUGCAAAAUAUUUGGGGGUGGGGUGGGUAAUUCCGCUUAGACCUUUUUAAAAGAAAAAAGAAGCAAGUUCCUAAUUUAUAACUGGGGGCGGGGGGGGGAGCAAUGGAUUGUAUACAGAGUAGCUCUGACACAUUCCAUCAACUCAAGAAUUUCUACUUGUACAAGAGAACUUUGCCCUCCCUUUGUACAACUCCUAAAUCUGUUAACAGGAUCAGGCCAAUGGCCCAUCUAGUCUAGCAUGCUGUUCUCACAGUUGCUGACCGGAUUGUGCAAGUGGAAAUCCUUUGCCCUGACAGAAUACAUUAGUUGGAUACCUACUGCCUAGUGAUCUUGGCAUAGAUACAAAAAUCAAUGCAAGUGGUAAUUGACUGUGUACCUAAUCCAUGGAACACCUGGUCGGUACUGGCAGCUCAGACACUUCCCAUCUUCCAGUUAAGAGGGAAAGGGGAGCAGAAUUAAGUCACCAACUGAACCGUGCUACAUUUGAAUGGCAUUACCUGCCUUACUGGAUUGACAGCAUUUGUAUUUGACUUUGAGAAUUUUAGAACCAACAACAAGAUUUCUCUGUCCUAAGUUAUUUUUUGAGGUUGGGCAUAAUGCUGAGAAACCAGUCUGAUACCCCCUUUUGAGUGAACACAUCCUGAUUAGAUACUAUUUAUUUUACCUGUCUCAUUGAAGUAAAGGGAAGAACUGAGGGGGCAUUCCUAACUUCCAGUGGAUUUUUACAAUCUGCCUGGAGCUGGUGAGCUCCAUUCACUGCUCAGAAACUAUAAUCCUCUCUCUUUCUUUAAUUUCUGUUUCACCUGCACACCUGUUUAUACGAAACUAAAAGUCACGUCUACCAAAGCAAAAACGAGCUGAGAGGUAAUUACUAUGUCAUUGCCUGAGUACAGUCCAGCUCCAUUGAAAUAAUAUUGACUAAAUGGGAACAAGCUCUUUGACUCCCUUUCUACAACAGUGAGGUAGAGGUGAAAUAUGUCUCUUCUACCCCUCAAUGUAGGGGCAAUACUAGGGUUAACUUGUUUUCCAAGACCAUAGGAGCUAAAAUUGUAAACUGGUGACAUCAACUUAACAUCAACUUGAUGUACAAGAAUUAGCAAAUAAGGUUGCUCAUGGCAUGGGUAUAAGCUUUAGCACUUGAUAACAUCUGCAGAGUUGGGGAUGCGGGUGGUGCUGUGGUCUGAACCACUGAGUCUCUUGCACUUGCCGAUCAGAAGGUUGGCAGUUAGAAUCCCUGGUGUGCUCCUGUUGCUCUGUCCCAGCUUCUGCCAAUGUAGCAGUUUGAAAGCAUACCAGUGCAAGUAGAUAUAUAGGUACCACUGCAGCAGGAAGGUAAACUGCAUUUCUGGGCACUCUGGUUUCCGUCACUGUGUUCCAUUGUGCCAGAAGCAGUUUUGUCAUGCUGGCCACAUGACCUGGAAAGCUGUCUGUGGACAAACGCCGGCUCCCUCAGCCUGAAAAAGAGAUGAGCACCACAACCCCAUAGUCUCCUUUGACUGGACUUAACUGUCCAGGAGUCCUUUACCUUUUACCUUUGCCUAACAUCUGCAGAUCAAAUGGUUCAGUGUCUGGCUUAGAGAUGGGAAAUAUGUGGUCCUCCAGUAUUGCAACUUCCAUCACCCUGAGCACUGGCCAUGCUGGGUGUGGCUGAUGGAAGUUGGAGUCCAACAACAGGCUCCCCACCUCUAAUUCCUAAUACUGCAAGGGUGCUCUAAUUCUGCAAGGAUGCUCAAAAAAGGCGUGAUUAAAUGGGAGGGUAUUCAUUAUUAUUGCAUGUUCUUUUGCAGGACAGAUCAGGUUCUGGAAAAGGUGUCUUGAGCCUACCAAAGGUCUUUUAGUUGAAAUCUUCCUUUCCGCUAAUUAACUGAUUUGGGUUGAUAAAAUUACACAUGGUACCGGGAGAGACCAGAUAGAGAGAAGAGUGUGUGCACUCUCUCUCGCAUAAUACUACAAUCUGGUUUAUCCAAUGAAGCUGAACAGUGAAAGAUUCAAGACAGACAAAAGAUCUGGUGUUGGUCACCAACUUAAAUGGUUUUGAAAGCGGAUUUAGACAGAUCAUAAAUGAUGACUAUAUACUACCUCCAGGACCAGUUGCUGCGAAGCAACAGUGGGGAAGAUAAUUGUCCUCAUGACCUAAAUCUCUUAAAGUUUGCAAUCUUUUUAAAAAAAAAUUAGAAACCUUUUGUAAACUAAAAAAUGCCAAAGAUUCCCAAAAAAGGAAUGCCAUAGAUUCACUUUCUGAGAAGUUGCUCAAUAAGCUGAUUGAAUCAUUGUCAUCAGACCAAUGAGAAGAUUUGCACUGUAGCACUGUGGAUGCUUAUUUUAGAUUGCCUCGCUACAGAACACUUUGAUGAGUUUUUCUCAACAGAUGCUGGGUUUACCAACAGCUUCUGAGAAGAAUUAACACUUCCACCAAGAAAAAGAGUGAAAGAAAGAAGUGGUGUGGGGGGGAAAAGGAACAUAUGACAGCAAAUAUGGGGCUUUUGAUGUGUCUAGUUGUAUAUGUUGUAAUACACCUUCUUGUUCUAUUAAUAACACAGCCAUGAUGAAAGAUGUCCAUGCUUUAUUUUCUACAGGCAACUUCAAAAGAUAGUACACGAUAUCAAGAAAAAUGACAGCGGAAUAAUGAGCAAGUUCAAAAAGUAAGCUAUGCACAUCCGUAAUUUACAUGAUUGAAUGUUUUACUCAUUUUAGUGCCUAUUUUUGAUACAUGCUCAGCAGAAGACUGUGCAUGCCUACUCAGAAGUAGGUCCCAGCGUGUUCAAGGGGGCUUACUUCCAAAUAAGUGUGCAUUAAAUGGAACACUUUGUGGUAUGUGACGGGGGGCCCAGAUGCCCAACUGAGCAUUUUGAAAUUCUCAGUUUUGCUCAUAACAAACAGUUCUAAACAGUCUUCUUAAUAACAGUAUGUAUGUGAGGCCGCAUUCACUCCAUACCUUUAGAGAACUAUAAUAACACUUUAAACAUGAGAGCCAGCAUGGUGUAGUGGUUAAGAGUGGUGGACUCAUAAUCUGGUGAACCGGGUUUGCGUCCCCGCUCCUCCACAUGCAGCUGCUGGGUGACCUUGGGCUAGUCACACUUCUCUGAAGUCUCUCAGCCUCACUCACCACACAGAGUGUUUGUUGUGGGGGAGGAAGGGAAAGGAGAUUGUUAGCUGCUUUGAGACUCCUUAGGGUAGUGAUAAAGCGGGAUAUAAAAAAAUCCAAACUCUUCUUCUUCUUUCUCCAAGUUGUGGGCUCUGUAGUCUGUUAAGGGUACUGAGACCCCUUAUUCCCCUCAGAGAGCUACAAUUCCCAGAGUUCCCUGUGAUUGGUUGUUAAACUACUCUGGAAAAUGCAGUCAUCAUAUGACACAUGCGCCAUUUUGAACCUCGAAGAUGGUGUCUCAGAUUUGGGCAGUGUUGUGUUGGAGGAUAUGCAUAGAUGCCCAUAACAAAGCAGUUUACCCAACAAGCCGUAAAACAAUCCAUCAGUCAAAAUAAUAAAGUGCUAUAACAAAACCAAAGGUAGAUAACCUAAGUUCCAUAAAUGACUUCCUUAAAAUGCCUGCUGAAAUAGAAAGGUCUCUGUCAAGCAUCUGAAGUCUAGCAGAAAGAGGGCCUGUCUCAUCUCAGGCAGGGGAGGGGAGCUUCACAGUAUCAUCUCCACAAUGCUGAAUGGUGAAUACAAAUCAUGGACCUGAGCCAUAGGAGAUCCCUAACAGAGACUUACCCAAGGUGAUCCUUAAGGUAACCUUCACCCAAGUUAAGGGCCUUGUUAAUUGACACAAGAUCCUUUAAUGUGACCCAGUAAUAUGGGCAACUGGUGCAAGCUUUAAAGCAUCAGACUUAUGUGAUGGUGGAAUUCAUGGUGCCUCCUUGAUCUCCCCUGCAGUAUACAUACCAUCUCCACAAAUGUCAGCUGAAGAGUUCUCUUCAGAUGUUUCUCAGUGACAACUCACCACUGUUCCUAGGUGUAUGUGAGCUUCAGAUGGUCUGCUUCAUUGACAUUUGCUUGCAAAUGCAACUGAUUAAGAAUUACGGCCUCUUCUUUGUCUGAAUGAGCCAGCAAAAGAUGAGGCAGAAACUCAGGUGUAUGUCAAAAGCCGGCUGAAAGUUACAUCACGAAUGGUCUCAGCCUCAGUAGGAGCACUGUUACUGCUCCUCUGCCUCAUGAAAUGCUCAUGGUUAGGAAGCAUAUCUCCUUGUGACGUGCUGUUCUACAGAGAUUACCUCAGAAGGUGAUGAACUCUCCUUCAUUGGAGGUUUUUAAACAGAGGUUGGAUGGCCAUCUCUCAGUAAUUUUUUCGCUUGGAUUCCUGCAUUGUAGGGGGCUGGGCUGGAUAACCCUUGGGGUCGCUUCCAACUCCACAAUUCUAUGAGGCGAAGGAGAACUAGAAGGAGCAUGCAGCUCACCUUGCAAAUAAUUCCACUGAAUAACCUACAGUGGAUUCAUUUCAAAGUGCUCAGACUUACAAACAGUGCAAUCCCGGCCACGUCUACUGAGAAGUCCAACUGACUUCAGUUCUGCUUGCUCCCAGGUACAUGGGUUUAGGGCUGAACUUUUAUAAGGGCAUCCCGUUUUGACCCAGCUGUUAUGUAUUGUCCUCCUAUUGGACAAGCACUUUCAACAACUGUGUUUAAACUGGCAUCUCUGUAUUACAAUGGCAUGAUAGCAACAUGUCUCAACAACUUCUGUUGCAACAGACCUGAUAAACCAAAUCAACAAGGUUGUUCUCCCUCCUUCAAAGAGCUUGCAACAAUUCUUUUCUUUAGAGAGAAGAGAGAGAGAGAACCAAUUUGCCCCUACCACAACUGCUAUGUGUGUGCUCUUAACUCUGUAUUUAUCCUUAAAACACUUAACUAAAUAUAGAUGCCUACAGAAAGGCACUCUGGAGCUAGACUCGUUUUAUAUUAGCUCAUAUAUCACUCCAGCAAUUAUUACCUUCCUUCCACUCCAGAAAAUGCUUGUGCUUCUCCUUGGCUCUAAUGGCAUCAAUAGAUAGCUGUGGGCAAAAAAAAAUUAGUCCCACAAUCUGUUACCAAGAACAAGCAGCCAGUUUUGCUCACAUGCAGGGCAAGAAGGAGGUAUACUAAGUCCCCCAUUCACAGCUGCUGCAACAUCUAUAUCUUACAUUUAAUGCACUCUUAUACCACUUUAACAACCAUCAUUCACCCAAAGAAUCCUUGGAACUGUAGUUUGCUGAGAGUGCUGGGAAUUACAGCUCUCUGAGAGGUCUGCUAAAAACAGAUCCCUCUAGGAGAUCCGUAUGGCUGUAUUUAAUCAAACUUCUUAUAUUUUGAGUGCUGUGAGUUUUGUUGUUGGUUCCUGUUGUGUUCAUACUGUUUUACUGUCUCUAAUUGACUCUGCUAUGACCCUCCUUAGAGAGAGAAAGAGCAGGAUAAGAAUGCUCAUCAUUAAAUAAAUCACAAUGCUAAAGUGAUGAAAGAAAACACACUUGGUGUAACUUUCUUUUCUAUGCAGAAGUGUAGACAUCCUUGAAGUUGUACUGAUGGGCUUGGCCGUUUCUCUGUUAGCAGAAGCCUGGUUUUGAAAGCACCUGCCAAACACCACAUGAGUAACCUUGCACAUGGGCAAACUGGCUUACAUGCAUGACCAAACACACCACAUUUGACAAAUACACGACUUCCUUUUUUAUUUACUGUAAAAGCAAAGCUACUUUGGAGUACAAGAACCGGGUCACCAUCUUUUGACCCUCCCACAAUGGGUAAACGAUAUCAGUGAAAAUAGCUACAUUUUGCAUGCUGACUGUGCAGUCAAGGAAAUGAAUUGAAGCAUAACAUGAAAGGGGAAGCAAUACUGAAAGGAGGGCCAUAAAUUGUAGCAUAACUGAACUAAAAUGGGGAACUAGGGGGGUUUAUGGCAGAAUAUCUAGGCCUCUAAACCUUAUGAUGAUGAUGAUGAUAAUGGAACAUCAGUCAUGUUCUCUCACCUACAGACAGAGGCUUUGUUGUGCUACUUGUUGCAAAGAAAAACGUAGGAGUUUUUCGUUCAUCAGGUUUGUUAUCAGCCUGAUAACUAUUGUGAAAUUUUAUUAUGAGGGUUGCAAACUUUUUCUGCAGGAUCCCACUUUGUGGCUUGAUCUGCAGAUAUCAGUAUCGCUUGCUGUUUGGUGCUAUUAACAGAUACAAGAGCAGGCAUGACCGGUUUCUUUUCCCCUAGUCCAUCAACAGUACUGUUCUUAAUAGCAGGGGCUGAGAGCAUGAUCCUCCCAGAUGUUGCAAGACUACAGCUCAUCACCAAGCAUCGUUCAUGCUGGCUGCGGCUGAUCAGAGAGUCUGACAACGUCUCGAGGGCCACAGGUUCCACAGCCCUGCUUUAUGGUCAAGCCUGUAAAUGUUAUAAUGCCAGUGAUUCCCAAACCAGUUGAGCAAGGUUACGUGACCUGUAAAUGGUUCCAUUCCAUUGACUGCUCACCAGAUGCACACAUAUUCAAGCAGUACACACACACACACACACACACACACACACACACACACAGGAGCUUUCUGUUUACUUUCUCUAGCAGCAGGUUCACCAAUCUGAGCAGCCAAAACUCACAAGACAUAAAAAUGCAGCUGAGUGAUUACUUUAGCAGCUUUUGGGUCGAAGCAACUAGAUACGUCCUCCAAAUGCACAUGUGGAACUCAUACUGUCAAAGACUCACUAGGUGAUACUACAGAAAUACCAGUAGUGUGCAUUUGUGGUUUCGUUCCAUUUGCAAGUACGAGUGUCACAGCUUUCACAAACUGACAGACCUAACCUGCUUGAGAAACGUUUGUCUUUUCUUCUCUCUUUUGAUAUUUAGGUUCCAAAAUGAACAAAUGGCCAUAAUUUGCAAAACUGGAAAAAAUACAUGGGAUCGGUAUGGCGAUUGAGUAUUGCACAAGUUUUGGUUGUUCAGCAUGAAGUCUUGUUGCCCGCUUUCAGUGUAAUGCUUUUGUGUUUUUUGCCAGGGUUUACUUGUAGAAGCAGAGCCUUCUCUCUCCUGUCGAGUCGCUAGACCAUCAGCCUGUUAAUUUUCUUUUUUCCUAAAAGUACAUAGACAGAGCAAACUUGAACAUCCAUUCCACCACGGGACCAUCUCAUGGAUUGUUUUUCCAGCACUUACCUGUGUGGUGCAUGUUAAAAAUGUAACACAUAGUGUUUAAAAGCAUGUUUAAGCAUGUGUUUGAUGUGGAUAGCUGCUGCAGGAAAUUCCAACUCCUUGUAGCCUUGUAACUGUAUCAAAUGAUUUAUGGCACCUACAGGUAUUUUGUGAAAUCUGCUAACAGCUCAGGGCUGUAGAAGUUGGAAUGCAUUUUGUUUAGUUAAACCCACAAAUAAUUCAAACAACCAUGUCAUACUUCAGGCCAGUCCCAUUUGAAAAAGACAUCUACUGCCAACCUGAAAAACAGAUAAAUUUCACUGCACUCUCAUAUACUGUGAUCAAAGAUAAACUCAUCCCUUUUAAGCAUGCCAGCUAUGGUUAACUUCAUUGGCUUGGAUUCUAAGAUAAAUUACCUUAAGGAAGCUCACAGGAAGAAAUACUUCCUAAAUUCUACUCACUACUGCGGUCACAAGAACAAAAAAGAGCCUCAUUGGAGGGUUAGGAAGCCCCUCUGAACAAUCUGAGAUAGGGCAUGGGAGGCUGAGAAUCAGCCACAAUUGAGCAGACCUCCGUCUGAUUUUGAAUGAUUAACAAUGUUAUCCUCUACAUGCCCACUCAGAAGUAGGGAUGAGGGAGACAUUCAUUUCAGUUUGUAUUUAAAUGUGCACUGAUAACAUUAAAAAUCUAAACAGUAUAGGGAUGAAUAAGUAGACACAGCAAUAAUUGUAAACAUCUUUUAAACACUUGCUAAAAGAUGCAUGGCUUUUAAACAGUGCUGGGGGACAUGUGGCCCUCGAGAUUGUUGUUGGACUCCAACUUGCAUCAGCCCCAGACAGCAUGGCUAAUAAUCAGGAAUGAUGGGAAUUGUAGUCUAACAACAUACGGGAGGCUACAGGUUCCCCAUGCCUGGCUUACAUUGUAUCUUUCAGAUGCUACAAAUUCAAAAUCAGAUUGGACAUUUCUUGGAAAACUCCCAUCCACCUAACUAGGAUCAUUCCAGCUAAAACAGCUUAUGAAUCACCAUUAUCUAAGAACCCAGCUCUGCUUAGAUUUGCAUUCAUCAGCAGCUCCUCUUAAGCUGGUCAAGAUCAGAACUGGUCCCUAGGCCCUGUGGAAAACAAAUUGAAAUUUUGAUUAGCAAAGAAGAAAGGAACUUGUUUUCAAGCAAAGAAGCUAGAAACCAAUAUUGAGAUGCAGAAUCAGAUUCUGAUUCAGAAUAGACAAGAAAUACUGGAUGCAUUCAAACCUGAAAUUUGCAGAUUAAAAGGACAUUUCACUAUUUAACAUUCUAAAUGUUGUAUUGGAUAGUUUUGUAACUAACAAUCUGCAUUUCUUACAUCCUUAAUUGUCUGUCCGUUGUGUUUUCCUGCAGAAAUAUCCAUGUUCAUUACAUGCAUUCUUUCCCCAGAAGUAUCACAAACCAUAGAUUUGUUUGCAUCUUCAUGUACCUCUUGCUAAGUGUCUUUGUCGUGGUCUUUUGUCACCAGCUUUUUGUUAUAGUUCGUUUUCGCCAAGUGCUUUGUUGCUGCGCAACUAUUAUUUAAUGGUUUGGAAGUGUAAUAUAAUACUUUUGUAUUUUUCACAGGCUAACAAAUAAACCACCACCAAGUGUGCCACCAGUAGAUUAUAGAGGUAUGAACAUGAAACUGUUUAUUAACUGUUAAUUAAGUCCUGUGGUUUGUACCAACCACAGUUUAGGGAGUUUGGGGCUUAUAAAGGAAGGUGAGGGGCAAGUCAGAUGUAUCUUGCCCUUGGGGGUGCCCGUUCCUUGGUGGGGGCCCAUGCAGUUGGCCCCCACCCAGAUGGUUGGGUUAAUUAAAAGUUAUCUCAGCUACAUGGAAACCACUCACAGAAGUGGUUCCGACAUGGCUAGGGCAAUGGUUAAAUGGGCACUUAAUCAAUGACUUCAUUGCAUAGUGUCAUGUAGCUAACGUGAACACUGCAUCCCUAUGAAGAAAUUUGAAUCAUUACCUCGGCUAUUAGAUGUGAAAAGGCAACCGCAGAAAAGCUGCCUCAGCUAAAAGAUCAAACCAUAAGAAGUACCUAAUGAAACAUGACCCUUUGCUAGCUUUCAGAAUGGUAUUUAGGAAGCCUCAGGAGAAAAGUAGUACUGUACUACAUUUAGGCAUCAGAGGCUGUGAUUUAAGAAAGCAGUUUUGGAUGCCCAUUAUACACAGUGCCUUGGCCUCAGAUUUCCUGAGUAACAUUUUGCAAGAUGUUUCCUCUCCUUCUUGGUUCCUGUUUAAACAGAGAUGCUGACUUUCUUCAAGAAGAGGGGUUCCUGCAUUUGCCUCGUUCCUGUCAGAAGAUUGUAUUAAUGUCUCAUGGAAAUGGUGUGCAGGCAAGGGAUAGGAAAUCAGUGUUGCAGACUGGCUAGCAUACAGCUAUUGGGGAUGGAUGGUCAGGCAUGCAGGCUUCCGCUGGGAAAAACGAUAGCUGCAAAUAUCACAGCAUCUGACAGCCUAUGAGAAGUAGCCAAGAAGAUAAACAAAGGGGAGGGGGAGCAGCUUUCCCGCUUUGCCAUAAAAUGCAAAUACUGUAUAUUGUAGCACAUGGUUAUCGAAUUGUUUCCUCAAGUACCAGUUCAUUUCACUACCAUAAAUCUAAGAUACAGUAUUGGCUAGCUGUAUGAACACCUCAGUUAGGAGCAUUUUGUAGACAGAGUUUUGCAAGAAGGAAGUAUUUGACAUCUUGCUAACCUGCAUGCUCUUCAGUGGCUAGCAAACUAAUUUUAUUUGUUUUUAUGCAGAGGCAGAGGAAGAGGAACAGUGGUCAGAUGAAUUUGUAAGUAUAUUCAUCACACUUCUACCAUUGCACCUAAAUAACUAUAAAUCUGAGUUGUGGAAUUUUUGACUCCAAACCAUCUAUUUUUGCUUCCGUUUAUAUAAAUGAUAUUAUCAGUCUUCUAGUCACACUCUUGAAGAGCUGGAGAUGUGUGGAUGUGUGUGUGUAUCUGCAUUACUACCAAAAUGCUCACAGCAGUGGUCUUGUGUCUGGAUAAUAAGAAGUUGUCACUUAGAUCAGAACUGGAUUUGGGAGUCCAAUAACAUCCGCAGGGUCACGGGUUCCCUAUCCCUGACCUAUGUAGUUCUGAUCCCACCACCCAUUUCCUCCAGCACCACUGCAUGACAAAUGCUGAUAAGGUCUGCUAUUUAGUACUGUCACCCCGCCUCACUGGCUGCCAUUAGGAUUCACCAUGGGGCAUAAAAACCCACUGAGUGUGCUACCAGCAAAAAAGUCACUGGUCCUCUAUUCAAAUUAUUUCUUGUCUUGUUUUCCCUGAAACCCACACCCACAUGGCUCUGUUCCUUUGCACCCAGGGUGGGGAACAUCAGGCCCAUGGUCCAAAUGUGGACCUCCAAGUCUUUCCAUUUGGCCCUUGGGACUGUCCUCAAGCAAAACACCCACAAGCCACACACACCCCUUCUUUCUUGUCUGGAAUGGGUCCUUGACCCCCUGUGGUAAGGUUUCUGGCCUGGAAGGAGAAUGGAAGUGUUUGUAUAUAGAAGCCUCUGACGUUUGCAUAGCUGGAAUGUAACUUAGGCAUGUGAUCAGAGUCCCAUUCUUUGCUUAGUCCACUUUUGCAACUGCCCCUGCCCACCACUGCUAUGCCGCUCUCAGAAGGUGGCCUAUGAAGGUAUGUAGCCCUUUGCUGUAGUUUCCUUGCCCCUGCUCUUCCCCAUAAUCGUAGGCUUCUUUGUAAACUCAGGACAGGUUUAGAUUGUCAACUGAAGAUGUGGACUGUCCCAGAAAAUAUUGCAUCCAAGUUGUUUAUUGAGCGCUGGGGAAUGUUCUCAUGUUGUGACUAGUCUCUGGCAGCCCAUUCACAUCGACAGGUAAUCAUUAUACAUCACAGGGACUAAUCAUGUUCAUGUAAACACAGAAUUAAAAGACUUUGGGGGAGCUGCUUACUUUUUGGGGUGGUGUUAAAAAUAAACAAUACUAUAGCAUAUCUCAACCCAAUGCACGUAUUCUCUCUAAGAGUUGCUUCUUACAGGGUUCUAAGAAAAUGAAUGAUGCACUAUUUUUAUUUUUUUUAGGAUAGUGAUUAUGAGAAUCCUGAUGACCACUCUGAUCCUGAGAUGUACGUGGUUCCCACCGAAGAAAACCCUGAUGACAGCUAUGAGCCCCCACCAAGCGAGCAGGAAAAGAAGAUUCCAGCAGCCUUCUCAUGUGCUGGAGGAGAAUAUGCAGGUAAUCUUUAUGCCUCAUUCUAUGCAGCUGUUUUCCUAUUCCAGAACAUAAUGAAUGGCAUAGAAUUUGAAGGAAGCAGGAGGGAUUGAAAUGGUGGUCACACCCCAUUUCCCCGGUCUCCUAAUCAGGGCUGAGCCUCAGUAGGAUGAUCUUCCUGCAUUCCUAACUCCCACCUUACAAUUGUUUCCUUUAUGUAUCUGCCAAAGUGGGCUUGAGUCCAUGAAAGCUCAUGUCACAGUAAGUAAAUUGGCCUUUAAAGGCCACAAGCCCUUUGUUGUUGUAAUUUCUAAUUGUCAGCUGAGGUUACAGUACCGCUCCCCCGCCUUUUUAAUGGCACACACAAGUCUAGGGUCAUUCAUUGGAUGCUUUUCUGUGAGGUGGAAAAUUAAAUUAUAACAGAACUCAGAGCUGAGCUGCACAUGACACCCUUCACAAAAUUAGCACAAGUGACUUUUCAAAAGUCGAUUUCAAGGGCAAUCUGGACCAAUGGGGCAGAGGGAGUCCAGAGCAGGUUCUCCACAUCUGCAAUCUACUUUUAAAAUGCCAGGCAUAGAAAAGUCCACAAUAUUAUCCCCACCCCCAAGAUAUGAAGUUCCUGUCCAAACAAUGAAGGGGUUUAAAAAAUAUAUAGCUUGUUAUUAAACAAAAAAGCUUUAUUUUAUUUUUAAAAUUGCUGUGCAAGCUGAUAUGGAAAAUAUUCAGAACGCUCAGUUCUCUCAGUGGUGUUGUUUUCUCAAAAGUGAUCAAUUCCAGGAGUCGGAUGAUUUUUAUGACUUCCCAUUCCGUUGCCGGGGAGUCGAGGGUAGGAGGUAUUUACAGCGCCCAGUUUUAAAACCAUGCAUUUUAUGUCAAUCCCCAGAAGUGUUUUUUGGCUGGGAUCUUAGGGAGGGUUUCAAGCACAAGUAACUUUGACUGUUGAUCCAGCACAAUAUACUGAACCUGCUUUGCAGGCACACUAAACCAUAAUAGAAAUAAGCUACAGUUAUUGUGUAUGAGCAGCGUGCUGGUACGCACUGACGAAACCACUCCUGCCAUGCUGUUAGAAAACAAGCCAUGGUCUGGAUUGGCAUGUCAACUUAACCAAGGCUUAUGGUUUGUUUGGUAGAAACAAACCACAAGCCCAAGUUCAGAUGUCACAACUAGCCAGACAGCACAGCUGGAGUGGGAGAGGAGUGACGUGCCCAUAGUUUCAGCAGCAUGCUGUUCAUUCACAUUAAACCAUUGUUUUUAACUAUGGUUUAAUGCACCUAAGGUCAGUUGCAUGUCCUGUUCCCUGUACAUCAGUCGCACAUCUGAAACUGAUCUCAGUCUAUAAGUAGACUAGAUCAAAAUGGAAGGGGAUGGAGGCACCCUUUUGAAAGUUAAGGAUUCUUACUGGAUUUUCUUUCUCGUUUACAGACAACAAGCAGCCUAGUCCACAGAAGCCUUGGCCCGUCACCAAACCACUGCCUACUUUGCCAAGCAACUCUUUAUCUAAACCAAAGAAACUGGCCACUUUGCCCUUGCCGCCUGCUGCUCUCAGGCCAAUACAACCACCUAAGCCUAAGGAUGAUGAGGUAACGCUGACAGAUAAAUCAGGAUAGUUAUUAGAUACAAAAGCUAGGCACGGCCACCUUAAGAAUGAAUCCUCUUGAACAUGGCGAUAGGGAGGUCACAAUUUAAAAUAAUAAAAAUGAUGACAGUAAGGAUUUAAAAAUUAUUGUUCUAGGACAAUUUGCCCAUUAUAUGAAUUUAGCACAUUUCACAUUCUCUACAUACAAAAGAUUCAGAAGUAGAAGGGAGAGUUGUAGGAAGCUGCAUGCUUAUUCCUGUAAAUAAUAUUACCCUGGCACUAACAAGCACUUCACAUACAGUUUAUUUAUAAAAGCAGGAGGAACAGAAUGGAGAUCAAGAUAAUCAAGGCAUAGGGAUAGGCACACAACUAGUGGCAGAAGACAAAUAUUAGAAUUUCUCACUUGCUGUUGUUCUUAAAAUAAUAAAAUAAAAGGAAAUAAUAGUAGUUAUUUAUCUAUUAUUAUUAUUAUUAUUAUUAUUAUUAUUAUUAUUAUUAUCAUCUUCAUCAUCAUACUAAUCUUAAAUCCCUGGGACUGGGAACAGUGUUAAAGUGAUUGUACCAUCUGAGGUCUUACAAACCUUCACAUGCUCAAAGUGGAGACGUGCAAAUGGUCUCAUUUAACAGAAUGGCAGUGUGUUCAUUUAUUGUUUGAAGCAUUCAUUGCAUUGCUCCCCCAGUGCUCACAUCACUUGUCAUACUCCCACAGUUGUACUAAAACCUCUAGAAGAGAAAGGCUCAGAACAGGUUCUCAACCCAGACCUGUCACUCCAAUCCUCGUGUAGGAGCUCGGAUGUUCCCUGUGCAGUUCUGGAAGAUCAAGGGAUGUUCUGCUCCUUCCAGUAUUCAGAGGAUGUGCCCAUAUUAAAUGGGAAUGACGUAUGUGUGGAGCAUUCUCUGCCGUUGAAGAAAACUAGCUGCUCCUGCACAUAUGGAGUGCACUUGUGUGUGCACAAGAGGCCCCAUGGAGCUUUGACUAAUGGACAGUGAGUCACCCCCAAAUUAUUCACAUGCAGUCGCAGUCAGACAUAAUCCAUUCCCAGUAUUACAUUCUGUCCUUAUAACAAACAGCCUUGGUCCCGCAUAAAUUACGGAGCAUCAUUCUCCCAUCCUUUCUUCUUCUUUUGUUAUUUCUUUGUCUUAAGGCUUGAUACAUUCAUACACCAAUCCAGGAAGAAAUGCUACGGAACAAGAAGGAAUAAAACUAUUCAUAUAUCAAAUACAAUUCAUACACGGUUGAUGCACCGAGUUUAUUUUUUUAUGAAUUUAUUGUGUUUUUAUGCUGCUCUUUGGUCAUAUUCCCAGGGCAGCUGGCAAAAUAAAAACCCACCCCAAGCCCCAAAACAAUUAAACUGUAAAUACAACUGUGUUACUGCUGUAAAUACAUUUUGCAGAAUGCAAAACAAAAAGGGGAACCUGGUUCGUACAAGUAAUAAAGCAGGUGCAACAAGUUUUAAUUUCAGUUUAGUACAUUGUUUUCCAAAAAAAAUCAAUACAAGGAUUCUGUUCUGCUGAAAAUUUAAGAAUGGGUUCCCUAAAUGAAAAGGUAGCAAAUUGUUAUCUUUGAAUGUCAUUAUGAUUAUUAUUAUUUCCUUUUUUCUACCAAGAGGGGAGGGAUAGACAUGUGAGAUUUUCUGACUUGGGUCCCAAAAGAAGCUUCCAUCCCUUAAUCUGACCACAUCGCUUAGUGGUCUCAAAUUGAUUAAUAAUUGCAGAAAAAAUCCUUGUGGAAACCAACAAGGAGAAAGCACCUACUUGUACAGAGCAGACAUGGCGAACCUUUGGCCCUCCAGUGCAGCUGAACUAUUAACUCCCAUCAGUCCCAGCAAGUAUGGCUCAAUGGCUAGAGACUAUGGGAGUUGCAGUUCAGCGACAUCUGGAGGGCCAGAGAUUCCCCAAAUUUGCUGUAGAGGAGAAGUAAAUCAUAGCUGUUAGCUCAACUGCUAUUUAUUUGUUAUUGGAUCCAUAGCCAGCCUGCUGUCUCAAAAUCCCUCACAGCAUCUUACAACAUAUAGUUAAAAACAUUAAGCCAAGCAUUGUAAAAGUACAAGUAAAGUAGUACCAAAAUCUUAACUAAACCAACAACCUAAAACAGUUGAAAUCACCCAUAGGUCUGUAUGGAGCAGCCAUGAUGCAAUGGACCCCACUGCAGCUCAGUCCCUCCCCGACUUCAGAAUGGCCCAGCAUAAGGGGGGUUAGUAUUGCACCUGAUGUCAUGCUCAGAUUGGACAUUGAAAUCAAUGGACUGAAGCUUCUUGUUACUUAAUUAAUUCCAUUCAUGUCAAUUCAUUCAUUCUUGAGUCGGAUACAACUCAAAGGUCUCAAAAGGGCCAGUUUUUAUCAACUACAGUCAAACCUCUUCUUACGUCUGCCUCCGCUUGCAUCCAUUUCGCCCAAUGUCCGUGGCAAACCCAGAAGUAACCGUCGGGUUUGCCGCCAUUCGCACAUGCACAGAAGUGGGAAAUCACCACCUGCGCACAACGGCGCCUCUCCCAGUGACCCAUUUUGAACUCCGGUCAGACAUCCGGAAUGGAUUAUUGUCGCAGGUAGAGGUUCCACUGUACUUAAAAUCCUGGUGAUGGAUGCCAAGCAAGCAGACCUCUUUCUUCCAUUAUUCAGGUGCUCCCACAGAAAAACCUAUGCUUCUAGCGCAAGACAGUUUCAGCACAUACAUGACAUAAAACCCAAAACACUCAGUUAAUCUUGGUUCACUGGAGCUGGGGGGUACCGUGGUACCUCACAAGACGAAAGCCUCACAAGACAAAAAACUCGGUAGACGAAAGGGUUUUUUGUUUUUUGAGCUGCUUCGCAAGACGAUUUUCCCUAUGGGCUUGCUUCGCAAGACGGAAACGUCUUGCAAGUUUGUUUCCAUUUUCUUAACACCGUUAAUACAGUUGCGACUUGACUUCGAGGAGCAACUCAUAGAACGCGGUGUGGUAGCCUUUUCUGAGGUUUUUAAAGACUUUGGUGAUUUUUGAAGCUUUCCCAAAACUUUCCCGACACCGUGCUUCGCAAGACGGAAAAAACCGCAAGACGAAAAAAAUCGCGGAACGAAUUAAUUUCGUCUUGCGAGGCACCACUGUAUUUAUGGGAGAGGUUUCCCAAGCUUCGACCUUUGUGUGUGUUUUUUAUUCAUCGUCUCAUAAAGACAAUUUAUCUAGGUGACAUACUACAUCUUCAAUGUGUAAAACAAGGCUAAAACACAACACUGAAUCCAAACCCGGCAUAAAAUAAUGAAACAAACAACAGCCAUAGCAACGCAACUAUAUAACAUGAAAAGAGAACAAAAAUGUACCAACCCCCAUCAACCAGCAGAGAUGAAUGUUAAAAUGAUUGGAAGGGGGUUUUCCUCCCAAGGAAACUUGCUAUUAAUGGCUUUGCCAGGACAGAAAAGAUAACAGUGGCAUUUUCUACAUCUCAUUUAUUUCACAGGAGAAAUCUAAUCAUGUACUGAGAGCUCUGCAUUGAAACCGCAGGGGAACGCACAAUGGUCUCUGGCUGGGUCAUGUGCUAUUUUAUACAUACCCUAUAUUAACUCAUCUCUGCAUUUUCCUUCAGGCAGAUUACGUUGUACCUCUAGAAAAUGACGAUGAAGAAGAUAAUUAUAUUCAACCCACAGAGGAGAGCACUCCGCCGCCUAAAAAACGUAAGCAUCUGGGUUGUUGUUUUUUUACACACAACUUCAUGAAGCCAACCAAGUGGGCAAGGUAUUGGAUCUGAAAUGUGUAGGACUCCAUUUCUGUCCAACAGACAGGAAGAAAAUUCUCAGAAUUGGGCGUACAAAUUUAGCUAGCAGGGCCAUUCCUUUUGAUAAGAUCCAGUCUCUUCCCUUUCCCUUCCAAAGGACUACAGAGGUGAAGGGAAGAAUGCAGAAAAUUAGGGCAAGCAAAAGCCACAUUUUGAAUCUGAGAGGUGAUAUUUUAUGUACCGUAUUUUUCGCCCUAUAGGACGCACUUUUUCCCCUCCAAAAAUGAAGGGGAAAUGUGUGUGCGUCCUAUGGGGCGAAUGCAGGCUUUUUUGCGCACCGACCCCUCUCGCUCUCCAGGCUUCAGGAGAGCCCAACCGCCAGCCCCACAAGCUCAGGGGACAGCGGGGAGGCAGAACGCCGCCAUCCCGCUGUCCCCCGACUUGGUUAGAAGACUGGCGGGGGGAGAAGCCUGCUCCUCCCCGUCGCCAGCCCCGCAAACUCGGGGGACAGCAGAGAGGCGCAAGCUCCCAUGGCUCUGGGUCCCGUUCUGGGGGCUGGGGGAGGGGGAAGCUCGGACUUCCCCAGCCCCACGCCUGGGGGGGGUAAUUUUUUUCCCUUUAUUUCCCCCCCCCCAAAAAAAUCUAGGUGCAUCCUAUGGGCCAGUGCGUCCUAUAGGGCGAAAAAUACGGUACAUUUUUAAACUUUCCAUAGAACGAUGAGGGCUAGAUUCUUGGCUGCUGAUUUUAAUAUCUUUCUUUCUUUUUCUUGGGGUUCUGCACAUGCCACUAAAUUUCUGCUGUAGGAUUGCUGAACCAUGUCUCUCCAUGUUUGAACAGACCGCUUCCUUUUUAGAAAAGGAGCUGUAAUGCAUAUUUAAGUAGAUCUCUAAAAGAGGGGGGGGCUGGCAUAUUGCUUGCAGCAUAAAAGAGCAAAUUUCAGUUUCAAACAGUUUUAAGGAAACUAAUUUAGCCAAAAAUACUAUCCCCCAAUACAUGUGACUUUGGUUUUCAUUAGUGUGACAUGCCUAUGUUUCUUUCAUCAUUUUAAGCCCCAGUGGUGAACAGAUUGAUCAAGCCCAUGCAAAAACUUGAUUCUCCCAGUUCGCCAGCAUUGCCUCCUGUUCCUGCAUCGCCUUCAACAUUAGGUAUGAAAGAAUGUGUAUUAGUAUAAUUAUAAACACCAUUUUAUAUGUUUUGAAGUUGUGGUUAUAUUUUGCAGUCCUUUUAAAAAGCCAUCGUAAAAGCAAGAUCUAGGUUUGUACAUAUAUAUUAUUUUUUUAAAAAAGGGUGUUGGGAAACUGUGUCCCUCCAGAUAUUAUCCCUGACCUGCAAUCAUUCCUAACCAUUGGCUGUGCUCCUUGAAUUUGCAGCAAACUCGGGGCUGAUUUUGCAUCAUAAGUCAUCCUGGAUCUACUAUGUUGCCAACUAGAGGAAAUAGCUCACUGUUUUGUCUGAUAAGACUAGCAGGCUUCAUUAAUGCUGUACAGUGUAAACAAGCCAUGCCAGAGAAGGGAGUCUUUUCUACGCACAUUGUUUGGAACGUCAGAAAGUUCAUUCAUAGUACUCCUUUCGGUUUCUUUGGAUGGUAGCAAUAACUUUGCUUUCAAAUAAAACAGCACCCCCUAGUGGAAUUUAUUAAUGCUAUAACUAUCCCUAAUUUCAUCCUUUGCAUCAAUGACAAGUGACAUUAUUAUUUAACAGAGUUAGGAAAGCUGGGUUUGAAUCAUUUUUCCAACCAAUUCCUUCUAAUAAGUGAACAUACAGACAGUAAAACACUGCAAGACAAAAGCUUGACUUUGUUCCUGCUGAAAUCGAUGGGAUUUAACUCAUUUGUCCUGUCACAUUGAUUUCGGUGAGGCCUGAAUUCGCAUAAUUUAGUCUGGACAUAACCCAAUGUAUUCAAGUCAGAAAAAAAUAGAGCUUUGAUAAAAUGAAGUAUGUUAGUAAUAUGCUUAAGAAUUUUUUGCAAGGAUCCUAAGAUAAGUGAGCAGAAAACUUAACAGAAGGAAAAUUUUCCAUUCCCUCCCCUCAGUCUAUAUCCCCUUAAAACAGUGAUGGCCAAACUUGGCCCUCCAGCUGUUUGGGGACUACAAUUCCCAUCAUCCCUGACCACUGGUCCUGUUAGCUAGGGAUGAUGGGAGUUGUAGUCCGAAAACAGCUGGAGGGCCAAGUUUGGCCAUCACUGCCUUAAAAGCUUUUCUGAGAUGUUAGGGGACCUUCUUCAGUAAUAUGGGGGCGGACUGUUCAGGAAGAGCAGUUCCUGUUAUGAGCCCCAUGGAAACACCUUGACAGGAGUCGGUCCGAUGGGGAGGAGGGGUGGGAAGAGAUAUGGGAACUGGAGGACUCUGACCCGCAGAGGGUCCCAGCAGAUUGGGAGGUGCUGACAUAGACCUGGGGAAGGGGCCGCGUUGGCUGUCAAGAAUACAGCCUGCCUUAGGGUCAUCUGAUACUCCCAAGUGUAAUGUCUUAGCCAGUUGAUGGGACUCUGUUGCUACUCCCAGCCAGCGAAGAGCCACUCCCAAGGGGAGACACAGAGGGAUCAGUCAGACCGUGAGCUGGCACUGUCAUCACCAAGGAAAUUGCACCAGUGCAAACAGACUUCACUCCCUCAACCUGCUCUCAGGAGUGCUUGUUUGUUUGACCAGGCCCAAACCUUGGGGCAUCACAGUGCCUCCAGGAAGCCCUCCAGCAAGACCUGAGGAUAAUAGUUCUCUCCUGCUGUUUGCAUUCAGACCUCCAAACCUGGAAGUAGCACAUAGCCACAAUGGCGAGUACCCAGUGAUAGCCUUAUGCUCCACAGGGUUUGUCCAGUCCAGGGAUCACCAACCUUUGGGGGCAGUGGGCACCCUUGGAAUUUUGGGAAACUGCCAUGGGCACCGGUCCAAAAUUGGCUGCUAAGGGGGGCGUGGCAUAGCACAGACUAUAAACUGACAUCAACUACAUAAAUGAAAGUGUCCAUCACACUCUUCAAAAGGAGAGCCCAGGGUGUGUUUCAGAAGCUUAGGUUCUACCUAGCCAUGAACUCUCAAGCUCUGCCAUGCCUCCAGGAUUUGUGACCUGUAACCCAACUUAUGUUUAGGUACUGUAGUGAAUUUUGGAAUAAAGCUUUCCCCCCUAACAACCCUUUGUCUUACCCAGUAUUGUCAGUGAGGUCCCUGACUGUCCUUGGACAGUGGCGUAGCGUGGGGGGUGCAGGGGGGCUGGCCGCACCGGGCGCAACAUCUGGGGGGGGGGGCUCUCGCACUCACAGCUCUCUGCCCCUACCUGGCUCACUCACUCUCUCUCACUGCAGUGCUGGCUGUGUGAAUCCGAUCCGAGCCGCUGGGUCGCCGCCCACUGUGGAGGGGGUGGGUGCCAGGCGUGCGGUGCGGAGAGAGAGCGAGGGACUAUCUGGGGGAGGGACAGUGCAGCGGCCGCCCAGCGCAGCGCUGAGCGCGGGAGAGAACCACACCAGACCAGCCCAGGCAGCAGCAAGAAGAAGCUGGCAGCGGCGGCAGGUUAGGGGUUAGGGGGCGCAAAUUACUUGCCUUGCCCCGGGUUAGGGGGCGCAAAUUACUUGCCUUGCCCCAGGUGCUGACAACCCACGCUACGCCGCUGUCCUUGGAGGUUUCUUUCUGUGAACUUUUUUCUUUUCACUUGUCGUAGGACUGGAGCCAAUGAUGCUUAAUAUUGCUAAUAUUUUUUGUUUUAUUCUGUUCCUAAAUAUCAGUGGCUUUUCACCUUUCAGAAACAUUUUAGCAUGAUCUACAAGUAUCAAAUGUCCUGCCAAAACUGGUUAUCAUUUAAAAAAAAAAUAGAACUCUCUCUAUAUAUAGUCAUUCCUGUAUCUAUAUUUGUGCAUGCCUGUUUUGAGUUUUGUUUCUAACUGCAGAACAUCCUUCUUUUUCCAGAUGUCUAUGAAAUUCCUGAGGAAGAGGUAAGACCUUAUAUACAUGCUUUGCAAACCAAAAUCUCACCUGUGCAGAAGGAUCCUGUUUUUUACUGGAGAGAAGAAAUAUUCCAUCCCCAGAGUGGGAAAUGGCAUAUGGUCCAUUUUGUGCUCAGAUGAAACCGAGUGCAUGUUCAGAACAGUAUUUCACACAUUUGAAAUAUCAAAUGGAAUACAUUCUGACCACACUAGACAUGGAAGUUUCCUUGUACAGUGGUACCUCGGGUUACAUAUGCUUCAGGUUACAUAUGCUUCAGGUUACAGACUCCGCUAACCCAGAAAUAGUGCCUCGGGUUAAGUACUUUGCUUCAGGAUGAGAACAGAAAUCGUGCUCUGGCAGCACGGUGGCAGCGGGAGGCCCCAUUAGCUAAAGUGGUGCUUCAGGUUAAGAACAGUUUCAGGUUAAGAACAGACCUCCGGAACGAAUUAAGUACUUAACCCGAGGUACCACUGCAUCUAUAAUAUUGUGACGCAGGACUUCCAAGUCCCUUUCCAUUUUCAUCACUUCUUUUCCUCAUUGCCAGGAAUGUUCUGUUCAUAGUCCUUCUUCUAAGAGCAACUCCAUCCAAUACAGCUUAUGUCUCAACUCUGUCCUCUUGUGGGGCAGGUUCUGUACAACCUGUCUUUUAUUUGGAUGGGUGUGUCUUAGUUUUUUUUAGGUUUUAUUGGCUUGUUCAAUUUUGUAAUUGGUUUUAGUGUUUAUACUGUUUUGGAAAUCACUUUGGGUAAACAUGACUAAAUAAUAAUAUCAAUAAUAAUAAACAAUUCAUUCUCUCCCUGCAGGAAAAAGCACUGCCUCCAUUGCCCAGGUAAUGUGAAACCUGUGUGAAAUUCUGUAUAAAAAAUUAUUAUGUGAUUCCCUGCACAAGUGUACGUCCUCCUAGAGGUGUAUUCAUCUACUCCAGAUACUUAAGGCACAUUUAGAUCAAUGGUUUAUGAAUGGACUAGAAUUCAACUCGACUUAAGUGGAAAUAAGGUGGGGUGGGGGGAGAUCAAAUGAGAGGGAGGUUUGGCUUUAGGCACCAGGCAAAAAUGCUCCUCUUCAACCAGGCCUUGGGCUAAUUAACGCCCAAUGCCCUUUUAAAUGUGUUGUGGGAGGGGGCAUCCUUGGUUGGUUGGUUUUUUUCUUAUUUUAUGUUAUAUUUUGUGUUUUUUAUAUUGUAUUUUUAUGUUGUGAACCGCCCUGUGAUCUACGGAUGAAGGGCAGUAUACAAAUGUAAAUACUAAUAAUAAUAAUAACAACUAACACCUUUAGGAUUAUGGCCAUAGUCAUCUGACUGGUGUACCUUAUUUGCAAACUGAAACCAUAUAGUCUCUAAUGCUACAACUGAGACCUAGGAAUUUAUUAGAAGAUUGAUGCAUAUUUAUGGUUAUCUUAAUAGGAAAAAUAUGCCCAGCACCAUCUUUUUCAAGAAAUAUGUCCUGUAAACUUCUUCCAGCAUCUGUCUUGCCUUCCAGUUAUGAGAGUAUCUGGGCAAGAAAACUGCUCAUUAAUCCAAAUUCACAACAGCUGGGCAAAACUUGUGGGCUAGUUCACAUUUUUUGUAAACAUAAACUUUUAAUAUGAAACCUAGACUUUUAAUAUUUUCAUCCCUAAGGAAUUCCAAGCAACUUCCCCCAAAACCUGGACAGAGACCUGAACCCAGAGGACACUCGCUUGAACACAGUGCAGCUAAAGAGCCCUUUAAACCUGACGUGCCCAGGUUAGUUAUGAAUAAAAAUAAGAAUAUCUGUAACAAUCGAUGAGUAUGUUACACGAAAAGGGGUUCACACUGAGCAUUCAGUUUGGCAUUGUGGGUACUGCAUGUUCCAUUUCAAAUGCCCAGGCUCCAUAUGCACUAUGCAUUUAAGGCAGGAUCAUACCAUUUUAAACAGUCAAGGCUCCCCGUAAAGAAUCCUGGGAAGUCUUGUUUUUUAAGGGUGCUGAUAGGAGUUGAUAGGAGACCCUUAUUCCCCUCUCAGAUCUACAAUUCCCAGAGUUGGGAAUUGGGGUUGGUUUUGCUCUCUGCAUUUUUCUUGAAGCUGUUGAGCAGUGAAAAUUGUGUCCACUGUCCCGCUAGGUCGAAAACCAUUUUGGGAUUCAGGAAGGGUAGCCUCGGAUAUAGUUAGGAGAUGUUUUGCUAAGAUCCUUGCAAGAAUUUUGCCAGCUGCAGCUAAUAAAGAGAUGCCUCGAUAGCUUCUGCAGUCUGCUCUAUCACCCUUUUUAAAACUGUUGAUAAUUUUGGCAUCCCUAAAGUCUACUGGGAUCUCCUCACUCUCCCAGAUUUUUUUGAUGAGCUUGUGAAAUUGUUGUACAAGUUCAGUUCCACCCACUUUGAAGAAUUUGGCAGGUAUGCCAUCAGGUCUGCUGGUUUUGUUGUUUUUCAUUUGGUUAAUAGCUGUACACAACUCUCCCAGAUUUGGAGAUACUGCAAGCUCAUCUCUAAUUUGUUUUGUGGAAUUCGUGAGAGGACCUCAGCAGCUAUGGGGGGAGUUGCGGUUAAGGAGAUGCUGGUAAUGUUCUUUCCAGCGCAGUGCAAUAGCUUCUUUAUCUUUCAGAAGUGUGGCAUAUGCAUAGGGGGCAUAUGCAAUGAUUUAUUGGUCCAUAGAUGGUCUUUGUAGCUUUAAAGAAACACUCUGCAUCAUGAGUGUCGGCUAAGUGCUGGACUUCUUGAGCUUUUUUUAUCCACUAAGUGUUCUUUGGUUCUCUGGUUCUUCUUUGAACUUCAGCCUUAGCAUUGGCAUAGGUUUUUUUCUUAGUGGCGCAGUUCUAUCUCUUUGGCAGAUCUGAAAGGCCUUUCUUUUCUUGUCAAUAAUGUGUUCAAUCUCACUAUCAUUCUCCUCAAACCAGUUCUGGUGUUUCUUGGUUUGGUGUCCAAUAGUUUGUUCACAGGCUGCAAUAAUGGAGUUAUCAGGGAACUCUGAAAGCAGAUGGUCCUUAAGGGUUGUUUGGAAGCAAUCUCGCUUAAUAGGAUCUUGAAGGGCUUGAGUGUUCAUUUUGUGCCUUGAUUUCCUUCCUUGAAGCCUGUGUUGAGGUAUAAUCUUGAUAGCCAUCGUGGAAUGUAUUAAUCAGUGAUCUGUCCAGCAGUUGUCGGCACUCGUCAUAGGAGAACAUCGCGGCAAUAUUCAGCUCGGACAAUUACAUAGUCUAAGAGGUGCCAGUGGUUCGACUGAGGGUGGUUCCAUGAUGUUUUAAAUUUAUUUAUUUUUUGUUGAAAGAGUGUGUUGGUGAAUAACAAGGUUGUGCACUGCACGUAUAGUCAAAAGUAAGAUUCCAUUCUGGUUGCUGUUGCCAGUUCCUUCUUUCCCAAUAGUCCCAAGCCACAGAUCAAAAUCUCUCCCAACUCUUGCAUUAAAAUCACCUAGGAGGAUAAUUUUCUCCUUAGGCAUCUCUGAUAGGAUGGCAUCCAGCUGAGAAUAAAAAAAUUCUUUAAUGUCUUCAUCGAUAUCCAGUGUUGGUGUAUAAGCACUUAAAAAUAGUAGCCUGUUGGUUUUUGGUGAGUUUUAUCCAAAGGGUUGAAAGUUGUUUAGUGCUGACAUAACAGCACUAAAUGUCAGACAUCUCUGCUUUACAGGAAGUCCACUAGUCUCUCUCUAUAUAUUCACAUAGUUCAUCCUAAUCAGGGUGCUCGCUACAACAAAAGUUUCAGGUGAAACUGAAAUUAUAGCAAAGCAGAUAAUUACUAUUACAAUUAAGAGCUAAAAGUUUGAUUGAAACAUUUUAUAUGCUUUCCAGAAAUGUUUUGCCACUUCCUAGGAACCGGCCUCCACCAAAAAUUGUAAGUUGUUAACCACCUACCUAGUUUGAAAGGCAAUUACUUGCUGUUGCUUGAGGGACAGAAAACCAAUUACCUUCUGAUUUUUGUGGAGAAACAAGUCCUCUUGUCCUGCUUGUAAGCUUCCCAUUGGCAUCUGAUUGGCCACUGUGGAUAAUAGACUGAUGGACUAGAUACAUCUUUCUUCUUAUCUAGAAAGCUUCUUUUUAUGUUGUGCUUUGAACUAACGAAGAUCUUCACCAAAGGAUUGGAAAAUGGCAUUUCUUUUUCUUCCAGUUUUGUCGAAAUAAUUUAGGAGAGCUCAUCUCCUCUGAUUAAGAUAUUUGUUGGCUCAGAAUCCUUCUCUGAUUGUUCCUUCAGUUUUCUGUGGCUUCAUAAUCUGGCUUUUCUUAUUAAGUAAAUGUUGUUUGGUAUAUUUAUAUACCAAAAUCUGACAACUGUUAUUUUGAUUUCAGGAACCAGAUAGCCUCGGAAUACAAGAUGAUGACAGUAAGUAUAUUCUGCCCUGGACACAAUUGAGGGGCCUUUUGUACUAGGACUGGAGGGCAUCAAAAGCCACUCCAGCACCAAUUUCAUGCCUCCCUCUUCAUUCCACUUAUACUGAAAUCCUAACAGACUGGGGCUACCAUUCAUACAUCUGCACUGUUAAUAUUCUCUGUGUAUCUAAUGCAUAUAUUUCUGUGGCAUAUGUAUUUCAACUUGGAGCCCUCCAGAAGUUUUGCACUUCUACACCUAUCAUUGCUGGGUAUUGGCUACGCUGGCUAGAGAUGAUGGUAGUCAAAAAAGAGGGGGCACUAAACAUUGUGUCUGGAUUUUCAGCUCUCAGCAGCAACAGUGCUCCAGAAUUCAAGGCUCCUUCUGCUACAGUCCCAUCUCCAUUUCCACGGAUUCCGUAAGUUAUAAAAAGAUGUUACUUUAGAACUAUUCCAUGCACUCUCAGCAUGUACUGGAGGCAGUAAAGUAGAGGCUGUCCUAUGCAUUAAACCCAUUAUAUAAAGGACCCCACUGGAUUCUUUUUAAAAUGCUCAUCACCAUUAAGCCGAGCAACAUAAAAGUUGGGUUUCCAUGGGCUGGAUUCCCCACUUCUAAGAGGGCUUUCCUGCCUCCCUGUUCCCACUGCAGUCCUCUGUAAAGGCUCUUGGAAGGUCUAAGGAUUUCUCGGGCAUGGCACUUGAUGUGGCAGGUGGGGCUGGAGGAGGAGGAAGGGGGGUGGAUUCCCCUUGUGUGAACCAAAAUGCCUUUCACUCAUGUAGUGACGCUUUUGCCUCCAAGCUUAUGAAUCACAUGCAAUAACUCUCUCUUUUCUUUCCCUUGCAGGAAAAAAAUACCAAAUCCAGCACUGCCAUCAGUAAGUUGAUUUUGAUUUUUAAAAUAUUAUUACACAUUGAAUAAUAAAUGAGAAUACAACAAAACUUUCAAUCAUUCCAGAACACUAAACAGUGCUUAACACAACCAUUAUCCUAAAUCAGCCACGUUGUUCCAAUUUCUCGGCGCUAAAUGGUAAAGAGGCUAUUUGUACAGUGAUUUUUGCUUCUGCUGACAACCAAAUCCUCAGUGUGCUACUGAAUGGAGCAGAAAUUUAUUACAGCUAAUUGCUGUGGCAGAUAUUUGGUGCUUCUCUUCUUACAAAGUACAGUACUUCUGUGCCUAGCGAAGGAUAUCCUCUACCACAAGCCUAGAAGGGAGCAGGGAUCUCAGUCAGUUGUGAUGUCAGAUCAGUGGAUGAAGAGCAUUUUACCACACAAUCUUAACCCAAUUUACUUCCUGUGUCCUCGUAGAAACCAAGCCUCCCUGACAGAGACCACCUAAGUGUUAUUGAAGGUAAACUACUUCUACUGUUCAAACAUUUGUCUACCAUCUUCUUAUUAAUAAUGCGUAAAACUCUGUAGUGCUGCAAGGCCACAUACACUACUGAAUCCCACUCAAGGCAGGAUUGAUUUUGUCUAAGGCUGCUAUGAAAAUUUCAGACAGGGGUAGACCGUAGCUCAAUGGCAUAGCACAUGCCUCCAUAGCAUCUCCAGUGAAAAGACCAAAUAACAGAAGAUGGGGAAGACCUCUUCCCAAGACAAUGGAGAACUGCUUCCAGCUGGGGUAGAAUGGAUGGGCUAGAUGGAACAACAGCCUGACUACUAGAAGGCAUUUCCCUCUAUUCCAAGAGAGCUUUUGCAAAAUAGAAUUAGCAAGGUAUUUACAACCACAUCCAGUUACUAGAUGUACCAACUAGCAAUGUCAUCUUCUCCUAAAGUGUUUAGCGUGUAUUGCCUGGAUUUGUGCUAUAGGGUGGGAGGGGGUGCAAGUAGAUUGGUCAGUGGUCUACUGGGGCUUCACCAGUCAGUGAUCUGCUGAUGGACCAUCUCCUGCUUGCUGGGCUUCUUGCAAAAAGUGCUGAACUAAGUAGUCUACAUCCUCCAGGUCAUGAAAUAUAGACUAGUAAAACCUGUUAAAGAGAGCCUGGAUAUUCACUUUUGCUUUGCAAAUUUAUCAAGUGCAUGUGAACCAUGCGGAUUCUCAAGAGAGAAGACCACCACACAAGUCUGAAGUCAGCUCUGGCACAGUGCACUGUGCACCCAUCUCAUUCUGCUCAUUUCAACAAGGUGCAGUGGAAUUGGUAAAAAGUCUCGCUUUGUUGCAAGGUGUUGAGCAAGUGGUAUCCAGUUUCCCUUCCACCUGUACGUAUAAUGCCACUCUGGUUGUAGAACUGAGGACUGAAAGCCUGAGAAGCCCGUUUUGCUCUCCUCUUCAGGAUUGUACCUUGUAUUGCUUUAUAGCCAGAAAAUGAAUGCUGUAUGAUAAAAGGCACAAUUCAGAUGAAGAUAGCCAAACCAGAUUCUCAGCAGAGUGCAGAUGAAGGACUAAAAGCUGUUGUGCCUUGACUUUCAGUAGUUGCAGCUGCAGCACAGCAGAAAGUGGAAGGUCAAAUCACAAGGUAGUAUCCUUGCCGCUCAUGCAAGCUGAGCUACGCAGUAUGUCACCAAGGGCAACCGAGACCCAUUUGCAUCCUUUCCCUAACCAGACUUCUCUUUUUCCAAAUGUAGAUAAACCUAUACCAGCCGAACGCCGGCGCGUUUCCAAUCAUGAUAUCCCUCUUCCACCCAUCCCACCCAGCAUCCAAAAGUAAGCACAUAAUUUGCUUUAAAUUUUUCGUUUUUGCUCCUGAGUUAUGAUCUGCUGGUUUCAAAGUCUAAAAAGAAAGAGAAUCCAAAGUGGGUACAACUGAUUAUUAGGCAAGAGAUGGAAUUAGGUACAAAUGUCUUCCUUAACAAUUUGCACAUUAAAUCCUCAUAGAUGAGCACACUGCCAUGUAAUUGUAUUGGGGCCCUGAUCCCCAGUGCAAUCACUGCCAUUGCCUUUCACCCUCAGAAGAGGGGGAAAUGAGCUUUGGAGCACCUAAAAUUAAAGAGUAAAAAAAAAAAAAAUCCCAAGGUGCAAGCAUAAAAAAAGUCAAGACAAGUAGUUUUAACCAGAACAGCAUGUAAGCUCCAAAAAUUGAAAUAUUGUUUCUUUAACCUCCUGACAUUGUUGCACAAAUUGGAGUUUAAGUGCUAUUACUUGAGGAAGCUACUGACAAUUUAGAAGAUGCCCCUCUUUUCUUUGUGGCAAAUAUUUCCAGCAGUUGGGCGGGCAUCAUCAGCAAAACAUAAUGAAUUGGAUUUUAACAAUUGUUCUUAACUCCUCCCAACUGCAGCUCUGCAUCCUUUUCUUCUACAAGCAGAGCAUAGAACAGGCUGCAGUUAGAAGAGAGAACUGUGCAAGUAGAGCUGCCUUCUGCUCACACUAAGGUUCUGUGGAUACAACCCACUGUAUUUAUAAACAGCAGACAGGGGAUCCUGCAAGAGCUUGAGUAAAUUCUUCUCCAAAAAAAAAAAAACCAGGAAUAAACCAGAGGAGAACAUUUCCUUAGGAUUAUAAAGGAUGUAUAAGUUUCCCCGAAGGAAAAAGCAUGUCAGAAGAACCUUGCUGGACUUCCAGCAUCCUAUUCUCAAAGUGCCAACCAGGUUUCUCUAAGAAGCCCACAAGCAGUACCCAAGCGCAACAGUAAUCUCAGCACAUACGUUCCCCAGUGAUCAGUGUUGAAAGUUAUACAGCCUUUGGUAGUGGAGUCAGUACACAGCCAUCAUGACUAACAGCCAUUGAGAGCUUUCUCCUCCAUGAAUUUGUCAGCCAUUGGUAGCCACUGUGAAUUUGUCUAAGCCAGGCGUGUCCAAAGUUUGUUUCAGGGGCCUAAUCCAGCCCCUUGGUUGGUUUAAUCUGGCUCCCGUGGCAGUUUAUUUCCUGGGGUAAAACCCUUAAAAAACCUCACUUUGGUUGGCCCUUCACUUCAUCAAAUUUGGCCCUCUUUGAAAAAAGUAAAUAAACUGCCACGGUAAGCUCUUUACAGUAAAUACCACCCUUUUUGCUGCUUUGUAUUUUUCUUUAUUCCCUGUACGGCUUUCUCCUUUUCUGGUUAAAAGAAAUGGUGAGCAAAAUGCAGUUCCCUCGCUUACCUCAGUUGCAAUGUGUAAUACCAUCCUGCAUUUCCUCAAUUUCUGUUUGUUUCAGACCGCUGCCUCCGAAGCCAGCAACACUGCCAAGUAAGCCCUCCUUCAUUUGACUUAAGUUGGGGUGGGUUUCCAAUUCAUGCAUCUUCAGCACGAUUAAGGAAGAUUCCUCUCAUGCUGUCUUUAUGACUGGCAUGGCAGCAAAGGCAAUAGGCAAAGGGGGCUGCAAUUUUAUAUAACAGAGCCCUCUCUUGUUUAAACAUGGAAUGUUACAGGUUGCCUUGUAUCUUCCCCAGGACUCCCAGAACCUGUGAACCGCACCUCAUGUGCUCCACGUAGCAGUAGCCUGCAAGGUGGUUCUACUGCAGCAGAACAGGUACACCACUAUUGAAAUUCAUUUUUAAAAAGAGGGGGAUUGGAGAGUGUGUUCCACAAACAUUUGGUCAAGAUAUAAUACAGCCGUAGGGAAUUUCCAGGCCCUGGGCAGGGCUCCCCAUUUAGCACACCAGGUCGUUUCAGCCAAGCCACUCUCACCUACCUUACAGCUGAUGUCAUAUAUGAUGUCAGGUGUGCGGCAGGUAAAAACUCAGCUGGGCAGAAAGGGACGUUUGCAAGUGCCAAUGAUAAACUGGUUGUCAGCACUUGCAAAGUGCUGUGCCUGUGUCCACCUGGGUGAAAAUGGGUCACUGUGACAUCAGGUGAUAAGCCUCACCCACCUGUCAAACUAGACAUGCAGGGAGAGGGUACAACAGAUUCCUCCUAUUCUAAAAUGCCAGUCCUCAGUUAGGUCCUUCAGCCAGUUCACCACAGACAAAAAGCAUCUUUUAAAACAAAUAACCUGUUUAACAUUCAUUUCCUUUAUGAGGAGUUAAAUCUGUUGCAAUUACCAUACUCGGUGUGUGGACUGAUUACAUUUAAGGCCACUCUACCAGAAACUAAGCAAGUGUGGGUCUAAGAUGGGAAACCUCCUAAGGACCACAUGGGUAGGUCGCCUUGUGUUCCAUGAUAAAAUAAAGGUGGUUAAUAAAAUGUUAGUAAAUACAGCAGAAAGGUAUGUGGGAACAACUAUUAGCCACACAAUUAAGUACGGGAUAUAAGCUCUUUUGUCAUGAAUUCUGUAGCCUACAUUUAAAAACUCUUCAUAACCUGCAUUUUAAAAAUAGAACAAAAGUCAUUUCAUGAAUAAUUCUGAGAGUACGAAAUAUUACACUUGUGAAUGUCUGGUGGUUCCCUCACUGUGAGAAGUGAGGUUACAGAGAACCAGGCAGAGGGCCUUCUCAGUGAUGGCACCCGCCCUGUGGAAUGCCCUCCCAUCAGAUGUCAAGGACGUAAACAACUAUGUGACUUUUAGAAGAGAUCUGAAGGCAGCCCUGCAUAGGGAAGUUUUUAAUGUUUGAUGUUUUAUUGUGUUUUCAUUUGCUGGAAGCCACCCAGAGUGGCUGGAGAAACCCAGCCUGAAAGCUACGCAAAUGCUAGUUCAUUUAUAGAUAUGUAUAAAUUUAUACAUUGCCUCUUCAUUCAUAUAUGCUUCUGAUCUUAAAUAUGUAUUCCGAUCUUAACAUUGGUUUGUUAAGGCAACACAGCAAAUCAGUGCUUUUUUUUGAGUGUGCAGAUGGAAAUGCCUCUCCUUUUCACAGGAUGCCAGCGUUCAUGGUAAAGCAUGGUUUAUGGCUUCAAGUGAUCGAAAAACAGCUGAAGAUGCAUUAUACAAAUCAAACAUGGUAAAAAAUAAUUUUCCAAACACUCAUAGCUUGUAAUAACUCCUUAGAAGCAUAGAAGGGGAACGGAACUUGAAAUUUACAAAAGAAACAUCAAGAGGCAUAUAUACUGUAUGUCUGACGGGAACAAAUGAUACUAGUUACAGGCUUUUCAUACAAUAUAAUUUGGGAACACUGAUCCCAGAGCCCUCUUUCACAAUGCAUAAUUCAGCCAGUUUGUGCAAAGAUUAAACCGUUCCAAGUCUCUUAAGAAGGCUGAGGGGUUCGCUGCAGGCUGACACAGAGUAAUGGGAUAGAAUUGCCACCUUACUGAUCUUGCAAUGUAAGUUUACCAUAAAGGCAAAAAUGCACAUUAGACCAUGCAAGGGAUGAAAGGAACCACCAAAAUAGGGAUCUAAUCAUUCUUAUUUGGGUCUGUUUAAAUUGAUGGACCCAUUCUGUUCUACAGGAAAGAGUCUUGUAGAACCUUUAAGCAUGAACACAUGUAUUAUGGCAUGUGCUGUCCUGGACUUCGCUUCAUCAGUGAAGUAUUAGCCGAAGUUGCAAUUCCAUAGGUACAUGGUUAGAUGCUAUGAAGAUUUAUCCUGAUGUAGAACCUGUCACGAAAAACUGAUUUUCCAGUCUGGGAAAGGAACCCACUUCCUAACUACAGAAUCCUGCAUUCUAGAACAGAAUGCAAUAUUCUUAACAAAUUCUACACACCUCUCUCUCUCUCUCUCUCUCUCUCUCUCUCUCUCUCUCACACACACACACACACACACACACACACACACACUUAUCUUGUCACAUUCUGUAGAAAAAGGCCAUUUCCUCACUAGCACAUGUAACACUAGCAUAAGCUAUAUAUAAUAAUUCAGAUACAAUAAUGCAGUUUGCCUAGGAGACUUUUAAGCACCAUUGAUGUUAAUUGUGAAGGUAAACAAUAGACUUUGCCCAAGGGGAGUGGGUAGACACCAACAGGGAUGAUAAAACUAGAAGACCCUCAUGCUAAUAUUUGGGAGAGCUGCACAUUAGCUAGCAUUUUUCAGUCUGUUAAGAUCUUAGGAAAGAAAGGGUUACAGGGGGAAAUGAAUAUCUAUGUUAUGAACCCUCAUUAGUAUUUGCUUUUUCAUAUAUGACUUCUAGGAUGGAUCUUUCCUUGUAAGGAAGAGUUCAGGACAAGACUCAAAGCAACCAUAUACACUUGUUGUGCUUUAUAACAAGAGAGUAUAUAACAUCCCAAUCCGAUUUAUUGAAUCAACAAGACAGUAUGCUCUGGGCAGAGAAAAAAGUGGCGAAGAGGUAGGUGAUUGCAUUUCUGUUUUAUUUGGAUGGAAAUUUUAGUUACAUUGCUUCUGGGCAUGAUAAUGUAUAAAAAGAAAAUCUUUUUAAAAACUGAUUUAAUAUUACUUUUCUUACACAUUAAACUAAACAGAAAAGGAGGUGAUUCAAAUCCAAACGAGACCUAAUUAAAAUGUGAGUGCAGUUCUUUUUAACAAUCAAGCCCUUCAUUAAAGAACUCCCACUGGGAGCUCCUAACUGUAGCUUUUCCCUUAAAGACAAUAAAAUGAAAAGCACACCAAAAUACUAUCAUUUAUCCAAACUGUAGGGAUGUUGUGCAGGUGGGGGCUUGUGGGGAUGAUAACAACUUAAUUGAAUGGAAGACAGAUACACUCAGUUCCCACUUGUAGGCCACUUCCCUUCACGCUAUGAAGAAAAUAGCCAAACAGUUGGAUCCAAAGGUGUCUUAUCUUAUUCUCUCGGAACACUUGCUUUACACUUUGCUUUGUGCUAGAGUAUGAAACUAAGCCCACAGAGGGGGAAACAGCACUAUUUGAACUCUUCUGCUACCCUUUAUAUAAGUGGGGCAGCACUCAACACUACACUAAUUUUGCUUGUGAGUAGGAUUCAAACAGUCAUUAAUUAGCAACUUCAUAAAAUUGACUGUACAAAGGACAUUACUGGAUUUAACAACAAUUGCCAUAGUGUCAUGUACCGUCGAUCCAAUUUUACUCUUCUCUUUCAGAAGAUUUUAAACAAACUCUGCUGAUUCUGAAAGUUCUGACCAGUACAUAUUACUUGUCAGGCAACUAAUUUUUGCCCCCCUCCCCACCUCCAAAAAAAAGUGUGUAUUUAAUGUUUGGGGAUUAUAUUGUAAUAAAAGCAAGUGUGUAUAUUGUCUUCUCACAAAACUGGAAAUUUAGUCGAAGUAUCCACUGUUAAAUCAGAGAGCUCAAAAGUAUUGUUUCAUAUUUUUAAUUCUCUCUUGGGGAUAGCCUUUAUAUUUGUGCUAGCACAGUUGUAGUACACAUUGCAGCCUAAGGCUGCAAUCCUAACCGUAUCUACUCAGAAAUCCCACUGAAUUCAAUGAGGCCUUCUCCAAGCAAAGAAUGCAGCCUUUAGUCUUUUUUAAAAAACUAAACUUUAAAAUAUUGAAUGUCCUUGAAAUGUUAAAAACUUUACUGUACUACCGCAUACGAAAGAAUAUCCUUUCACUCUGAAGAGAGUAAAAUGACAUUGUUGAGUUCUUUUGAUCGAUAUUUCAUCUUUAAAUUUUAAGAGGUGUAAGUUUUUAGUUUUUUUAUGAAACGUGGAAGUGUGUUUUUCUUCAGUCUGUCAUUAAAUUUAAGACAAAACGUUAAUUCAAAGCAUUUAGUUUCCAGUGUCAUGAGUAAAAUUUUGCUCUGCUUCAUCCACUUUUUAAUAUGACUCUCAAUGGAGCCUUGUAAAACCAACACAAGUGCUGGAAUGAGCCUGCUAAGCUCUAAGUAGGUGAAACUCGAAAAAUUAGAAUAUCGAGGAAAAGUUCAUUUAUUUCAGUAAUUCAACUUAAAAGGUGAAACUAAUAUAUGAGAUACUCAUGACAUGCAAAGCGAGAUAUGUCAAGCCUUUAUUUUUUCUAAAUGUGAUGUUUAUGGCGUACAGCUGAUGAAAACCCCUGUAUUAUAAUCAAAGUUUAGUUGUUGUUUUUUACCCAAAUCUUGAUGAUUCAGUUUUUGGCUGAACCAGCAAGAUUUGUGUUUUCAUCCAUGUUGAGUAAGCCAUCUUGAACUCUUGUUUUCCCAAUCCAGCACUUCAACAGUGUGGCUGAAAUAAUAGAGAAUCAUCAACGGACUUCUCUCGUUCUCAUUGACAGUCAAAACAACACAAAAGACUCAACCAAACUGAAAUCUAUUGCUAGAGUAUCAUAACUGCACUGAAGAUCCACGGGGGGGAAUCUUCCAGCCCUUAUCUUCUGAGAAUUUAAGAUUGAGCAUCUUAAUAAGCAUGAAAAGCUUUCUCCAAAAGCUUUACACCAAGCACCAUAGCCUGAGAAGACCACACAAUGUGUAAGAAGAGAAAGAGAGAUUUUAUUUGAUAUAGUUACCCAAUCUUUGAAUAACCUACUGGUUGGCUGAAUGAUGAAGUGGCAAUUUUACAGUCACACCAGCCUCUAAGUUGUUAUGUACUUGAAUGUACUUAGGUACUUUUAAGAUGUUCCAAGUUCAGGUAAAGUAUUCCUUGACAUGCAAUAUAUUCAGAAGUGUACCAGCUACAUCUUAACUGUUCUUAAAGCAACUUCUUGGGAAAAUUCACAUUUGUUAAACCAGGAUGUCUACGCCAAAAUGAGCCAUCAUGGAACAAGCUAAAAACUGGACCUUUUUUCCCUGGGACAGGUCUAAAAAUUCAGUUCUAUUUAAUGUAAUGCAGUAGAUUUGUAUUGGCUUCAACUGUGCUAGUUGAGAGCAUUGUUACAUGUUUAUUAAAUGUACAUAUAAAUAAGAAUAUAAAAAGCCUAUGAUAGAGCAUAGUUCUAUGCAAUUGUGACUGAGUGUACUUGUUGUAAUCUUUCACGUUUAAAGUACAACUUACCUACCUCUCAAAUUCUAUUAAAAUGGGACAUAAUCGCACACCUCUGCUUUUUUAGAAAUGGGUAACAGGCAAAUUCCUUGUGCUAAUGAUUUUACUGAUUGUGGGCAUGCAGGAUCAGCUAUCAAGGUUAGACUUAAGUUUGGAAUUUUAGACUGUGUACAAUUUAGGACAGGUGGGUAUAAAAUGAAAGUCUAAUCAUUAACUGAUUCUUGAGGGGAGGGGGGUGUAUUUUCCUCCAUCACAGAAUUUAAGACAAGAUAGAAGGCACAAAACAUGGCUUGGAUCCAGCAAGAUAGCCACAGUGCUUAUGGAGCUUUUCCUAUAAUUAGCAAACAGAGCUCUGUGCGUUUCUUGCCUUCUGUCAGUGAAACUAGAGUUGAGAUUUUGCUCACUUUCCAAAGGACAACCCCCUUAUUUCUAAUCAAUGGCCUUAUUCCCCACCUUCCUUUUCCUUCCAGAUAUAUUUUGCAUCAGUUGCAUUUUACUACACCCCAAUUGUUAUCUAAAUAAUUUUCCACUUGAUUCUGAGUUAUGCUAGAAUUUUUUGGACACAGAACAUGUGGCUUGCCUUCCUGUUACUUCAAAACUGAGUAUUUUUCUUAAAACUCCAAUUUCAAUAAUAGUGUUUCUAAAUGAGAAUUGACAGCAAAGACCUGGGGUCACGUUUUUUGUCAAAGCUCUGAUAACUACUCUCCUUCAGAAGGGAAAUGUAUUUCUGCUCAAAACUACACACUUGUAUGAUUGUAUAGCCAAAUGAUUUUCAGCUCUCAUCUCAAGGUGAAUAAAGGUACUUGAACAAUGCCUCCAGCACUAUCCUAAUUAAACCCAAGCCCAAUUUCAAAAGUCCUUUUCUUCCAAAUCACAGUAAGUCGUGCUGGACCUACACAGGAUAUUAUGGUUAAGACGUGAACUUUUUUCUUUCCAAAUCAAC